GUGGGUCACGUGACAGCCUGCGGCGCGCUCCGCUGUGCACCUGCAGAGAGCGGAGGAGGAGGAGGAGUGGAGGGAGGAGGAGUAGAGUUUGGAUGCUUCGGUCGAGCUGGGCUACUGCUUCUCUCUCGAAUUCAAUACAAGUUGUCGGAGCAAGUUUCAGGGAGGAAGUGUUGGAAUAUCUGGAUCAGGAAUGGAGCUGUCGAUAGCCCGGGUCUGCAGUGUACUGCUGAGCCUCUUUACAGGUAAGUUUGACUCCACCAACGUCCGCCCGGACACUUUAAUUCUGAUGAAGCGGACAACAGCGAGCGGGUAUCGAACAGAGAGUGUGUGGUCAGCCGAGUACGACAACGUUUACACUGGUGUCCACAUCGAAACUCACCUUUUUCGGCAAGUUAGUAACGCUCUGGCCCCUAAAUGCCGAUAAAUUGUGUUUCUAACUACACGAGUAAGUCAAUUAAUCUGUUCUACAGUCAGCCAAACGUCAUUUGAGAGAAACUUGAAGACAAAACCGACCGAGGAGAAACUCUGACUCCAGGUCAGUCUAAGAGUCUGUGAGCCGUACAGCCAAGCAACCGACCGCCAAAACCGACUUCAGCUGGACAAAGUUAACCAACAACCAGUACUGAGGAAAAGCCUCAAUACACUUGUAAACGUAGCUCUUCCUUCAUCAAAGUUUGUUGACUUCAAUUUAGUUUUACUCUUUUUUUAUGUUGUUGAGUUUAUCUUAAUUUCGAAAACUUAAGGUCUAACCUUAUGAGUCUGGAUGGCUAAUGGAUCUACUGUUUGAGGUUCCCACAGUAAUUAAAGAAUGGAUGAUUUUUAAAAAAACAUCCGUUUUUGUCAUUAUUCUUAAUGGACCUCACCUCAAUGCAGUAAGCCCACAGAUCAGUACCUACCCCGGUUUUUCGGUGACGGUUUUCGGUUCGGUUCUGAAGGCCCCAUCCAUUAUAUACCAUAAUCUGGCAUUUUACGAAUUUUAUGGAAAAGAAAGGGUUUAGGUGGAAAAAUCUAGUUCUGAAACUCAAAACAUGUUCUUUUUUAUGACAGCCUAUUGCUUUCACAGAAGAAAAAAGACCCUGCUCUUUUUUCUAAAAUACCAAGAUAAUUAUCUCAGAAAUAACAGACCGUUUUAUUUAGUCAAGUAACUAUGCUGUGUUUUUCUAAAUCAUCAAUCUUGCGAUCUCAAAAUUAAGUGAUUAAGAUGGCAUUAUCACUCCACUUUGUGUGACUUCAAGUACACACCCUUUAUUGUUCAUGUCCCCCAACUUUAGCGGGUUGUUGUUGAAUAGUUAUCAUGAGUAAGUCCUGGCAUGUCAUGCGAGGACUUACUCAUGAUAACUAUUCAAAAAAACGCAUGGAAAGAUCGUAUAGCAAAACUGCAAGUACCAAUAUUCACAAGUAUUUAUUGGACUGUGGACGCUGUACUACAGGGUUUGAUAUUACAUUGAGAGUUGUGGCAUUAACUCAAUAGCUGCUCUUUUUUGUGCUCCAUCUGUUGACCCCUCCUGCUCCCUAAAUCCUGUGCUAUCAGACCUAACUUAACCACAUGUUUGCUCCUGUUGACAGCUUUGUUUUGGCGGACUUGAUUUACUAAACUCACAUCUCAGUGUCAACACCAUCAUUUGAUCAGAGUUUCUGUUUAUUCUCAGGUGGGUGGAUUACAACCAGGGAAGUGAAGCCUUUGAUCAGAACAGUUAUUUUUAAACCUUUCUGGCUUGUGCUAAUUUAUAGUCAGGGAUUUAAAGGUGGAAAUGGGGUGCUCCCCCACUUUAAAUACACACUGAUAUCUGUAAACCCAACUUAAACCACCUCAUUUCCAUUUUUGGGUAGCUGUAACAUUCAGAACAUUAGUCCAGUUUAUUGAAUUCACAGGUCAUGAUAAUUUAAUGUUAAAAGAACAAGGUAAGUCAAAUGUUCUCAAUUUUUCAUUGGUAUCAGUUAAGUGUUUUUCUUUUACUUAGGAACUCCUUAAAUAGUGCUGCUGUCUGGUGACAUAUGAGUCUUUAUUUUCCACUGUUGUUUAUUGAUUGUUGUGGUUUUAAUAGUAUGCACAUGGGCGUGGCUGUUUAGUGUCCUGGAAUUUGCACUGAAACCAGCCGAUCACUCCUCCUCCCUUUUUCGAACAAACAUGUGAAACUUUUGCUUCAGAAUCAUCCUUUGGCUUCGGUCUGAGACUGAGUUAUUAAAACAUUUUCUGAGGUUUGAAUGGGAAGCCACAGAGCCGUGGUCAGAGAAAUGACAUUCCAGUAUGCUGAUUAGUGAGAAACCGCAUGUAAUGAAGUAGUUCUUUGUUUCGGAUGGUUCAGCACAUCUCUCCAUGCAAAAAGCUGGGGCACUGAGGGUAAUAUAAGGUUUACAUAGUGAGUGUGUUGUUCAGCCUUCUUUUGUCUCAUGAUUCACAUUGUUGUGUGUCCAGUAGUUGGGGCUCAUUACCAUCUUAAUGGCAUCAUGGCCUCGUCAUUUGGACGCUGUUCCACUUCAGCAGACAAGAACAGUAUCUGCUAGACUGGAAGCAGUCUUUGAACAUGUCAGAGUACACAACCAUGUGCAAACCUCUCUCUCAAAUGGGAAAAAAAAAAACAAGUAGGAUCAUCCUGCUCCAUUUUCUUUGCUGUCUUUGUCCAUGAUUCACUGCUGUAAGUAUCAUACAGAAGAAAGCACACCUGUGUUCCUUGAAAUUAUAACAAUGUCUUCAGUUUUUUUUGUCACAUUAGGAAGUGGUUGUUUAGUGUUAAGCCAUUAUACCACACAUUAUUUCCCAGGUUACUGUGAAAUCAUUUGCUGUGAAGUUAUGGGAAAGUGACUCAGAAUUGGUGUGUGGUGGUGGUAGGUCAGCUGAUUUUGGACUUCCUUGUACUCUCAGUCUUUGAAAUUUCAAACAGCAUUACAAAUGAUCCACUACAUUAGUAGAGUGACUCAUUGUGACGUAAUCUCCUUUUGUAUUAUCAUUAUCUUAUGUUACCAGUACAGUCUGUACUAAAUGUUAUUUAAGUCAUCAGCCACUUCAGUUGAUCAAAGUCUGGCAAUUUUACCAUGAACUGAAAUCAUGCCAAAAUCUGGACAUCCUCCAUCUUUGAUUCCCAUUGUUUUGUAGAAAGUAUUGUAGUCAUGAUGACCCUUUGUAUGUUAUCAAUUUUAGAUUAUAUCCUUUAUCAAUUGUCAUUAUUAUGAUGUUAUUUCUUAAUGUGCUCAGUUAUUGGUUUUAUUUAUGACUUUAGGAGGGGCUUUUCUGGCUAUUUGGGCCCAUAUUUGGCAUUUUGCUGAUUAUCUGUAUUGGCCUUUUAUUUUACACAUGGCUGAUACAAUUAAUUGAUUAAAAAACGCACCACUUUGGCUGUUCUGUUGGUGUGUUUCUCCGCCUGGAUCAGUUUUCUUGCAUCCCUCUGUCUGGUUUAUGUUCCGCCCACAGUGCCGUUGGACUGGCUAAGUGUAACAGGUUAACUGUUAACUCCUGUACAGGAUGUUGGUAGUUGGUUUUGAUCAAACAUUGGCUAAACAAAUUAAAGCAAAAUCUAGUGUUCGAGUUUGGAAUAUCCCACAGGGUCAAUUUUAAUAGAGGUUUUUGCAUAUGAUUUCCAAAUACUGAUGAUUAGUCUCAUGAACUACAAAUAGUCAGUAUAGACUGUAAAAAUCCAAUGUCGAUCAAUGUCAUCAAGGUUGUAAAUGAACCUUGAACUGAAUUAUGCCAGCACUUAUCAGCUGAAGCAGGUUGUGGUUGCCUGUGCAUUGUCAUUCCUUGCAGAACUGCAGGGAACACAAUUUAAUGACACCAACUUACGAUGUAAUGACCCAGAGUGUACAGUCCUGAAAUUCCUGCUGCAAAAGGCCCAAGACUGUUGAAACCACAAUACCUGACUGAUGAAUUCAUUUGUAUAUCACAGUUUCAUUUCAGUGAGUUUAGAAGAAAUAGUCCUUUCAUGUUGUUUGUUUGUCUUUUCUUUUAAAAGUCAACCUGACUAAACAGUUCAAGGUUGUUUUAAACAAGGCAGUAGAAAGAAGUCUGUACACAGUGUAGAUGUCUCAAACUUUUCUGUUUAAACCUCCUCUUGAGAUUUAGUUUAGUUUUUUUUAUUUAUUUAUUUACAAGACAAUAUUGAAAGAGAGCAGCUGCUGAUGUAGGUGUAGCUGUUACUUUCAUCAUUAACAUCAGAUGUUGUAACUCACCCUCCACUGGGUCUUUCUGAGGCUGGCACAUGACAGCGGUUGUGCUUUUGAUAUUUGAAGCGGUAUUAGCUGAAUGGAACUCACUUAGACACAUAAACAAUCAGUUGAAUUGAUCUCCCCGCUCUAUUGAUCUGUCUGAACCAACUUCUCUGUUUCUUCUGUCAGUUAGCAUUGAGCUAAUCCAGGAAACACUGUGUUUGUCAGCCUGUUUGCCCUGCCUGGUAUGUCUGUCCAUUCCCUCCCUUUCAUUGGCAGACACCCCUUGAUUUCUUUUUGGCAGCGACUCUUUGCUGUUCAGUCAUUUCCUCGGCUGCUACAGUGCUGUUCCACCUGCCCCCACGCUCUCUCUCCGCCCCCCUAUCCUAUCCCCGCCUGUGUGGGUCAUGUGUAGAGCCGCUGACCCCAGUAAAACAGAAACCUGGUGUACCUCUGAGCAGGCGCAGAAACAGUUCCCUGAUAAGAGGACAACCAAAGAAGCUGGUUGCUUGGUAACCUUUUGAAAACAGAUCCAGGGAGUGUACUUGUGUGUGCUGAACGUGUGCUCUGGUUUCUCUUGAAAUCUCCCAUCCCCCUUGUUUGUAUUCAGUCGUCUUUUUGCCCUUUUAUUUUGCACAAUAGCUGCUGCAGAUCUCUUGAAAAUCGAAGCACUAAAGCAUUUUCUCAGGGGUAACUGUAGCUUUGGGCGUAUAAAUACAGGAGCUGUGGGAGAGUAACAACAACCAGAGAAGAAGGGUGGAGACGUUAGCAGCUAAACUCGAGCCAUACUAACCCCAUGCAGGCGCUUAUGACUUCAGGUCACAGUCAGCUGUCAUGACUUAGCAGUCAAACCUCUUUUACCGCCUGUUGUCUGAAACAUCUCACAGCCAAAGCUUCACCCCCAACUAAGCAGCCACCCACUCUGCCUGCAGCCCCUUGUCCUUGGACAUUAAACAGGGACGUGCAGAAUUGCAUCGCACUCCAGGGAUGCUGCUUUUGUCCGCCAUGAUUUCACGACACGGCUAAAGGAGCAUGAAUAUUCACAGCCCUAGACGUUAAUAUUUCAGCAUGCCAGUCGUGUGCCAACUCUUGUCCAUCUACACAGGAGGGUGAAAAGCCGAUCCCACCUUUACGUUGCCACAUUACCACCACCAUCCCGUCCCUCGUUUCUCCCCCUCCAUUUCAUAUGUGAAUUACUGAAUGAACAAAUUGCUGCCUGCAGGAGAAUCAUUGAGAGUGAUUAAUCGCGGUGCUUGUUUCUGAGUCCUCUUAAUGGCUGUGCUGCUGCCUCUCUGUAUUCAGGGCUCAUUCUCUUUUCACAGGUAGGGGUAAAAACGUGCGCUGGGCAGCUGCCAGAGCAUUCUUGUGGAGAGAUAGAUUAGCGCGAUCAUACUUGAGUCCUUUUGGUCAUAAAGUCAGUGUGACAGUGACUGAUUUUUAUGUGUCUUCUAACUUCUAUGACACUGAUGCUGCUGUGUUGUUUUAUUUUAGGUUGGUGGUGACUCUCUGAGAUACUGAAACCAAAUUUUAUUAAUUGCUAUUUUUAUAGUGUUUAUCAUCCUACAUCACAAGUUUGUACAAUGAAAUGCAGGCUGUAGUCCCCCUUUGGAGUGGCGUAUUCAACAAAAAACAUGAAGGAAAAUGCAGGCUGAGCGAUGGAGUCUCAUAGUCUGGGGAAAGAAGCUGCUCUGUAGUCUGUUGGUAUGGCAGCAGAUACCUCAGUAACAGAUGGUGGGAAAGUAAAUAGGCUUUUGCUUAAGUGAAUAUUUCCUUUGACUGCAUCUAGACAAGUUUUUUUUCAUCUCCAAAUGCUAAAUUUCUACUGCUCAAGCCCCUAAAAGUGAGACUCCUGGAAAGGCUGCUGUCCUUGUUUUAUUCAUGAACCUCUGUACCGUUCAAAGAAGUAUGCCAAUAACCUGAAAGUUUUCAAUGUAUGAUGGGAAGUCACAUAUUUACUCGCUACUUACGUUCCUUUUUUUGUUUAUUUGUUUACAAGCAAACAAACAGCAUCCAGUUUUUUCAACAUGACUGACUAUCUGCAGGUCACAGAGUGUCUAUUUAAGGUCUGUCACUUUGGCCGAAGGUUAGUUCUAAAAAAGAUGAGUGAAAGAUUUUCUUUUUAAAACAGAUGACUCUCUGUUGUUAUAGUGGACAUGUUGAGGCAGAGGCAUUGCUUCUCUCUCUCUCUCUCUCUCUCUCUGAAAACAUUUUCAACAUUUGUUAAAAACUCUUACUGCACAGAGUGAACAGCAUUAGAUCUACUCUCCGAUUCCAGGCAUACCUGAUUGCUCUCAUCUAAACCCCAAUCUUGAAGGAAAUCCCUCAUGUAGAGCCUCAUUCAGUAACAAGCUAUCCAGAAACGUCUUCUUCAUAAUCUUUGGUCAUGUUUGUUUGUUAUUCUGCUCUGUGUGGGCUAUGGCUGCAAGUCCAUCGCUCACACUUACAUCAUAAACUUGCAUUUAUCGUAUUUAUCAUGAGAUGGCAAAUAUUUAUCAUGGAGGAUUUUUCUGACGAUAUAUCAUGAACGAUAAUUUAUCACCCAUCCCCUGUGACUUAUUACAGCACAGGUAUUGUUGGUCUGUCACUGAUGGUUUAAUUUGCAACUGUAGGUCGAAAAAGACAUCACUGCAAGUUUUAGUCCAUUUUUAUCCAAUGAAAAACUCCCUACUGUAGCUUUAAUAUACUGUUUUUAAAAGUAAUAAUUGAAUAUUUUCAGGCUGUUCAUGUGUCUGGUUGUACAAAUGACAUGAAAUUCAUUAUGUGGACUUGGACAAAAAAGUCGGCAGCUGGCAGUACAGCCCUGAUAUCUUUAGACACACUAUUGUUUAAAUAAUCAGAGUAUGGGUUGAAGAGGGGCUGGACUGAGACAGGGACAUUUUCUUCCCUAUUCAUGUUUCCUAUCAGUUAAAACAAGGUCACUGCAGCGCUUAUUUUCCCCGCUCUCCUGAGUCCAUUGGUCAUCAUCACGGCGUCACACUGUUAGGGCGAUAAACAGCCCAAAGCACAUUCAUCACUUAGCCACUUGAUGCCCAGCUCUGCAGCACCCACAACGCCCUCUGCUCCUAAUGAGGAAUAAUGGGCUCUGUGACAAAUAAGCUGUUCGCUGCGAUGGUAAUAAUGGUCUUUACGCAGCUCAUAUCUCAAAUGAACAUUGCUGGAAUACCAUUUUUCUGCAGAGAAAAGGCACAGGAGCAGAGAAGGUGCUGAAUAGUGGGCAGUGAAGGAGAUUUGAAGGAGUCUGUUACAAACAGUACUCUAAUGACGAGGAAAAAAGAAACUGGAAUAUAUUACUCUUCUUAGGAAAUUUAGGCUACUUAAAGCAAGACCUUCAAGGCCUAAAGUGUUGUAUAAAAUGUGGAUUUUUCAACUGGCAUUCAUGUUUGGGCUCAGUUGUCUGUCCUUGUUCUCUUUACAGCUGAUAGGGUGCUGUAAGGAGUGGGUGAUCAAUCAGAUUUCACUUUUACUUAAAAAGAAUUACUGUUGUGCUCAUUUUGUCCUGUAUGGUGAAUGGAGCACACACACCCUUCCUUACUGAGAAUAAGAAAGAAGGAGUGGGAGCCAUGACCAAGGCUAGACCUGCAAGACUGGAAGUUUUCCUGGGGGGGUGUAUGCAUCCUGGGGCCAGUAGGCUGUUAGGAGUGGUCAUCAGAAGACAGAUUGUCAAAAAAGUGAAGGCUGAAGUAAGACUUGAACAGUUUCACAAUCUCACUUCACAAAUAGUAUGAGCAUAAAAUCAAACUUGGGACAAAAAACAACAACAUUGCAGUCAAAUUGAGGGAAAGCAGGACAAAGGUAAAGCAACACAUUUCUUCACUAUCUUGAACACGACUGGCUUACAUGUCACCAUCCAUAAACACGUAUUAUCAGUGUCACCAGCUGUCAGUGUGUUUACAUGCACAGUUAAGUUGAAUUAUGGUUAUAGCUCAAUUAUUCGUAACUGGACCACUGUCCUUGUCCCAGUUUACAAGCUGCGGACUAGAAAGGAAUUAUUGACAGAAGCAUGUCUGUCUCUGCUACAGUAGCUGACAACAGGCCUGUUUCAGCUUGGAUAUAUGUCCAACAAGAUUUAUUCUUGGCUUUAUAUUAAUUGAUGGAGGACAGAGGUUCUGUCCAGGUUUUGUUUGCUACCCGGCUCUCUACAGCACCUUUAUGUUACUUCACCUCACGGUCUAUGGGCAUGUGUACUGUGAAGCAUGUACAGAUUGCUUGGGCCAAUUUCAGUUCAAUAAAGAGUAUACAUCACAAAACAGUGAUCCCUAAUCGAAUUAUCAAGGUAUUUGUCUGAUUAUGAAAAGUUUCAAACCAGAGCUGUUUGGUCUGCUUUAAACAGACUAGAGUUCGUUUCCUCGGAGAGUCCGCUUCGUUUGGGGAGGUGUGAAAGCUCAUCCGAACUCUGGUGCGGACCAAACAAGCGAACUCUGGUCCACCUGAAAACGUGGGUCAUUGUUCGCUUGCAAGUGAACUCUGGUUCGGUUCGUAUGCAGUGUGAAAGCUCACCGGACCAAACACAGCACUAAAUGUACGUAAUGAAGCUAUACGCAGUGCAUAUGCAGUCCAUCUUGGGUAGUUUGUCAGAGUGUUUGGGUUGAAGAAAUGUACCAGUAAGCGCUGCAGAUCAGUCAGCCAUGAUGAGAAAUGAUUGUGACCUCAGUCUCAAUUAAAAUACCUGUGAUUAUGACCUCUGCCCUCAUCAAGCUCCCCUAGAUGCUGUGUUAUAUAACAUGUAUCUGGGACUAUUGGAAUGGAUCAUCUGCCAAACGGAUAAAUCCUCACUGAAACGCUCAGUGUUAGUCAGUCAUCACGGAAUUUAAGUUGACAGGCAUCCAGCAGGCAUUAAAGUUCUGUUUGGAUAUAUUUUGACAAAGUAAACAAUGUGACUGCUGUGCUCUGCUUGACAGAGUCUGAGGAGAAAACAGGCGACGCAGAUACCAGGUGAUUCAUCGUCCUCUCAUUUGACAGCAGUGUUAGACAAUGCCGGCAGAGAAAAGUAGCCGGCUCAUCAAAAAAAAAAUGUUAAUCUUCGUAAAUCAAAAUCUGCAUAUGAAUGCAAAAUCAGCAGGCGAACACAAGAUUUAAGUUAUGAGAACCCUCAUUUCCAUCUGCAGUCCAUGAGCUGCUGGUUAAUUGCAUUUAAAUAGGAUAUACAGAAAUAAAUGUGCAUGUAACAGAGGUGCUGAAACACAGGGGGGUGUAAUUUGCGCCCAGAGCUCCAUCAGUUAUCAUUGACAGCAAGUUUGCUUUUUAUUAACCUUUAGAAAAAGACAUCUGUACAUUUCUCUGGAGAGCACUGUCAGGCUGUUAAAGCUGUUUUUCUUCUCCAGCUCCUUUCUUGUUCAACUUGAUCAAUGUUCAGAGCCACGAAAAGGAAGCUCCCCCCUUUCUUAUCCUGACUACCACAGCCUAUCAGAGGCCCUGGGAGAAUAGAUGUGACCCUUUGAGGCUGUGCUUUUCCAAGGUCAUUACUAAUGGCUUCCAAAUUUCAAGUGUUGUUUGAAUAUUUUUCGAAGUUCACUGGAGAAAAAAAGAGUUGUAAAAAUUUAUGGACGUUUGAGAGGGCUCAAGUUUUUAGAGCCAAACUUGUAGCUGUUAUUGCAGAGUCCUGGACAAGGCUAAUUACAUAUUAAAAAGUUACAUAUUGACUGAGGUGCUUUGGAGUGAAGGAUGUUGGUAAUACAAAUGCUUGUAUCCAUGACAACGCACAUUUAGGCAGUCCUGGAGUGCUCUUUAAUAAUUACUGUAAGUCCUUGACUAUGGAAAUAAGCUAAAAUGCCCCUCCCUGGUAUGUGAAAUGAGCAAAUGUUCAUCUCUGCAAAGCUUUCCUCAACCUCUGGUUCUUCCCUCUUGGGAUGUUUAUUUCCCCUCUUCUUGACUGUGUAUUCCGGUCAUUUGCAUAGCAUUCUCACGGCAUACGAGCUACUCAGCCCUGUGUGAGGAUAUACAGUAUGGCAGGCGGGUCCUCAGGGUGCUGCACCUGCAGUCGCUGGUGUGCAGACCACUGCUGCUUACCUGCUAGGUAGGUGCCAGCACAGCUCUCCACAUGCCACAGCCUCUGUUAGAUAAACCCUGUGCAGUGUUUCUGCGCCGGGCCUUGUCGUAGGGUGAGAAGAAAAAACACUUUAAAACUCACAAAACAGACCUGACAAUUUAUUCUGGCAGCACAUCUUUUGUUCCCGUUUGUAAGUUUUAUUGAAAGCAUCAUUCUGGAGAUAAACAUUGUGUAUUGUGUUGUGCAUGCCACAUCAUUAUCAGCUAAUGUCCAGGCAUUGUCUCACAUAGAGCCGAGUUGUGCAAAGACGAUCAUAUUUUGUCCUCCAGCAGUAAGCCCCCCACUCUCGCCGCUAAGAACAUUAGAGUUAAUUGUGCGUCUAAUCUUGAAAAAUAUUAUGGCUCAGAAAAUAAGUGACAGAAGCAGAAGGUGGGGUGAAUUUUUCGGUAGAGGAGGGUGCAAAGCAGCUGUUGAAGGAGCCAUUUAUAGCACCUCGAUCUCAUUGAAAAACAUUACACAUUGUCGGCUGUGGUGAAAGAGGAAAGUGUUGUGCGCAGAAAGCCUCUUCCUCGAUCUGGUCCCAUUUGAUUUUGCUCCCUGCGGGGAUGGCAGUCAAGUCAGUCUUUGUCUCAGCCUGAUGUUUAAUCAUCUCGUCAAAUUAUACAGUUAUGAUAAUAACUCUCGCCCAUAGAAAACGGGGAUUUUGGAUGUGAAAUGCCUGUUGCGAUGCAGAAAAUCCCAGCCUGAACAGUUUUUACAUCUGUAUGCCUGCUUGUAUUAUAGACUGUAGAAUUGCAUUAAAGCGAUUGUGUAGGGAAAUGUUAUGAUGCAGGCUGAAUCUUGUUAAGAGCGUUAAGGGAGUAUUGAUAUGAGGCGACACAGAAUUAGACCAAGGAAAUCCAAUUUUCUUGUGACAUUUGUUGCCUUGUAAUCAAACUGUUGAUAUACUGAAGCCAAAAACAGUAUAUCCUCAUGAAGUCGAUGUGCAAGGAGGUCAAAUAUGAAAUGCAAGCUAUAACAGUAACCCAGACAGGCUCUGUGGCUGUAUACCUGCUAUUACUGCAUAUGUGCUUUGUUUAUAGGGCAGUAGGGGACAAAGGGCUGCAUAAGCCAUGAAUGUUAUCAAAGAUUGCAACACGGUCAGAAGUCUCCGAAUAACAGGAGUUUGAUGAGGUAGCACUGCAGAGAUGUCCUGGCUUAUAUAUCUUUCCCUGUAGGUGUCAGAAAAUGUAUCUAUAUUAAACAUAACCCAAGAAACGACCAAUUAUCAUAACUAAAAUGUAAUUUUUUUAAUUAAGAGCAAAAACUGUUCUGCAAAAAAAAAAAAAAAAAUUCCCCCUACCCAUGGAUUUGAUCACAACAAAAAUGAUCGUCAAAAUAAAGUUAAUAUUAUUUCCAUUUUUUGCAGCGGUGCAGGAAACAGGUGGAGGAGGAUAUGAGGAAGGGAACACGGCUGAACUCUGAGGGCAGACCAUAGUAUUUUGGACAAAAUGUCCCUAAUCUCCUGAGCACAUUUGAAUUCAAGGAAACACUUGGUUUCAUGCAAGGGCAUUACAUGAGAUUAGACUUGAUGAAACUUUUCCCCAAGGGGGGUACCAGGUCACUGUAGUUACAGGGGGCAGAAAUCAUGCAGCUUGAAUAGCAGGUUUGGGAUUAAUAGGGAAAUGAUGGACGAUAACUGUUAGAGCUCCAUUAUUAUUAACCUGAGUGAGGGUGUUCCUCCUAAAACUGUGCGGUCUUCUUUUAUAUUUACCACAGUCUUUAGCCUUUAUGAGAGGAAAGUUCUGGAUUCCGAUUGGUCAAUCAAACAUACCAUUUGUGAGUAUUUUUGUAGUACUGACUUAUUUGUUAUACCUUCACCAGGGCUGUGAAUCUUAGAUUGACAAGAUGAUCUGAUUCAACUCUAUACUUGAUGGCUUCCAUUUGACUGAAGGGUGAUUCAGUGACAGUUUGUGGUUCCUGUAUAUACCAGCCCAGGAAGAGUCCAUUUGUGUUUAAAAAAAAAAAAAAAAGGGAUAUUACGCCUAUUUGUGGUUCAUAUCUUAUUGGCAGAUUCUUGACGCUACAGCCUCACAGGGAGUCCACGGCUAAGUUACUCUGAUUUUUAGUGAGUAAGGCAAGGUCAAAGGACACAGUGAAAAAAGAACCAAUUGAAUGACUUUCAUUUCAUCACAGCGGUCUGCCACCUCUAACUCCUCCAUUAACAUGCAUUAAAAUGCUUUUCCUCCUGUCCUGAGGCUCGAAGUUAUUACUCCUGGGUCCAAGUUGGACCUUGAAGCAUGAUGACUGCGACAUCUGCAACAGUAGAGUUUAGAAAAGGCUCAGUGUCAAAACCACAGCAAGGUCAGGAAGCCACAACAGACAUUUAAUUACGGUAGUGCAGCCAGUCGCCAUGAGAGGAAAUUGGCAGCUGGCUUGCCAUCCUCCCCAGAGAUGAAAGUAAAUUGAAAAUAGCUCUGUGAUUGGCUGGUUUAUGGUGGUCAAACCGCACAUUAGCGCACAACCUUAAGCACGAGUGCUGCUGUUUUAAUAAGCAAGCUCACAGGGACCACCAAGCUGUAGUUGUUGCUGCCCAGUUCCUCAGAAACCAGCUGUUAAGUGUCUUAAUGGAGCCCAUGGAAUAUUCAUGAGCACACACAGAGCUGCGUGGCUGGCUGGCUGGCCUUCUUCGAGUGGCCGUUAAUUGGAAGGAGAAGAGGACAGCCCGAAUGCCAAGUCUUUUUCAGAUGUAAGACUUCAGCUUGACAUUUAUUCCCUCAAUGACAGGACAUCUAUCUCAUGAGACAAAAGGGUGGAUUUAUCAGCAGCAGCUUGAGCUGGAACAAAUCUGAAAGCUAGAGCUGUAAAUUAAUGACCUGCAGAGACUGAAACUGAUUCAUAGACUGCCGUCAAUGUCACCUGACAUUUCAUCAUCCAAAAAGUCUUCUUCUGCCACAAAAGAAUCUCAUUAUCCAACUGUUGAACUUCUAAUAACAAAAGCUACGAUGUUUUUUUGGUAAGUGAUGAUAAUCUUUGAUCAUUUCAUCUUUUAUGAUAGACAAGGGUAUCCCAAUACAGGGAUCCUAAAGAACAGUUUUAUUAGAAUGAGGUAGAGUUGAUGUAGAGCUUCGUUUGUUUCUCAAGUAAAAAUAAUGAAAUAUGUUAUAAAAAAUACUCAAAAAAAAAAAAACGGGUUGAUUUUGAAUUUCUGUGCUUCUCAAAGCCUCCCUGCAAUUUAGGGGGCUGCAAGCUGAGUUCCAUCAAACCAAAAUUAGCUCAGUCGUUUUGUGUUGGAUUCUUUCUCUCAGUAUGUAAACAUCACAUAUGUCAGAGUCAAGGCCCGCGGGCCACAUCCGGCCCGCGAGAAGGUUUUUUACGGCCCCUGGGAUGAUCUUGAUUUAUUAUUAGAACCGGCCCGCAGACCGCAGCAAGCCGGCAGCCCGCAGAUCUUUUACACGCACCAAUACUACAUUUGCCACAAUGCAACGGUGACGCACCGAGCAGUAGGCUGCUUCAUUUCAAUAUUUAUUAGCACAGCAGUCGUCAGCAUAACAGUAAAAUUAACUUCAGAUACCCAUCAAAAAUGGCAAAACGGAAGGUGGACACUGAGAACCGGGGGUUUCAAACAAGGUGGGAGUCGGAGUAUAUGUUCACGGAGGUAGCUGGAAAACCUGUGUGUCUUCUGUGUGGAGAAAGUGUGGCGGUACUGAACGAGUAUAAUCUGAGACGACAUUAUGAAACGAAACACGCGGACAAAAACAAGAAUAUGGACAUGGAACAAAGGCUACAGAAGGCCGAGGAAUUAAAACGAUAUUUUAAAAAUAUUUCAGUUGAGUGGAUGAUAGAAAAUUGCUAUUAUUUUUUUUUCUUUGAAGUAAAUUUAGCCCACUUUUGCUAAAAUAGAAAAUUUAGGCCACUGAUGGUGCCUUGAAUAAUACCGGUUUCUUUCAUUUAAUGUUCAUGUAAUGGGGAUUUUUAUAUAAAGGAAAUUUGUCUUUUGUGUCUGUUGAAAAUUAAAGAUUACUGACAGAGCCAUAAGAAAAUAUUGCUUUAUUUAUCUGAUCAUAUUGGAAUAUAUUUGUUAAGUUUUCAGUAGGUUCAAUUAGGUUCACUAGACUAUAUGCGUCAUUUAAAACAUUUUCAAUGAACAUUCGAUCAGUCCGGCCCUCGGCUUGUAGCUAAAUUUUUUAUUUGGCCCGCCGUCCAUUUGACUUUGACACCCCUGGUAAACAUGAUGUUUAAAAACACUUAAUUUUAUUAGUUUGAUAAAAAAAAAAAAAAAAAAAAAAGGACUUUUAAAAUAUAUGUGAAUGUGUUAGUCAGGCUGAAAUUGCAGUAAGGGGUGGGAGAAAAAAUCGAUACAGCAUAGUUUCUUGACAUCUUGUCUGGUGAUAUAUUGUAUCGUCUCAUUUACCAAGUACCAAGUAUCAUUUACCAAGUACAAUUAAUAGUAUUCAAAUUAAUUGUUAAUAUGAAGUCAAAUAUGGUAAUGGAAAAAAGAAAAAAAAACAUUUUUUUGUCCAGUGAGGUUGGCAGAAGUGACAUCAUAGAGCAGGAGAAAGUUAGUGCAACAAAUAUAUAUAAGGUUUACAAGAUGUGUUACAUGAAAAUAAAAUACAGUGUAAAUAAGACAAACAUGAAGGAAAGACAAAUGCUAAGUUAGCUAAACAGUAAAAAAAAUUGUUUAUUCCCAACAUAUUGUAUAACAGUACUCACUGUAUUGCAAAAUGUUACAAAUCGCAAUAAUAUCGUAUCGCGGCCCAAGUAUCAUGAUGAUAUCCUAUUGUGGGGCCACUGGUGAUUCUCACCUUUAAUUGCAGUAAGUUUGAUUCCUUGAUACCAAGAUAAUGCUGUUUGGAAUUAAUUUUCUCUGGCAUGUAUUGGUCCUGAACUGGCUGUUCUUACCGUGAAGCAUGGGUAGAAUACAUGUGCUUGCUGAUUUGGGCAACAUGUUUCUCUCUAAUUUUCCAGACGUCCUCAAACAAAAAUCCCAAAAAGGUCAGACCAAAAUGACCUGCGUCUGAGAACCCAAGAAGUCAUAACAAUGAAAUAUUGACAGGGCUUUGAUGCAAAUGCUCCAUAAUUUUGGACGUGCUGCCCACCCACCUGGAAACAUGAAAUGCAUGAAAUGUCUUUGUCAUCUUUUGCUGAGCUAAACUUUCUACUGCUUGCUGCAGUCCACCAUCAUCCUCUUUUUGCAGCUUUGGUGGCGUUGUGUGUCAUACUACGUUGGCACAGCAGGUCUUGGCAGAUAAUUACAACUUCUGUGGACUGCAGAAUCAUCUCUGAGGUUUAUUCCUAAAUGAUUCAUGCUGUGAGGACCUUAAAAUCAGAACCAACAUCGUCAAAUCCAUGAAUCUCAGUGAAUUGGAACCUAUUCCAAAUUGGAAGCAGCUCUUGAUACCCAAGUCUGGAAUCAUGCAGUGUUUUCUCUAUCAGGAUUUAUCCUUUUUCUGUCAUCUCAUCGUGGCAGCUCAAAUCUACUCACAUGCUGUGACAGGCAUCUCUCUGUUUUGCCUCAGUCUCUCUCACAGAGCUCAUCUUUUUUCCAUUGUCAUCCAGGAUGCCUCAUACACAGUGUUUGGCUGCUCGUCUAGACUGCUCAGAGGUCAGGGCUUUUUAGGUGUCAGGAGAGCCAUCAGGGAGCUCGUAUGGCAGGAUUCAGACAGGAGCACUUCAGCUCCUCCUCUCAACAGCCAGAAUGUCCUUGCACAGUCUUUUCAAGGUGUCAGUGCAGGUAUUUUACUUUGUAGCUCAUGUGUUUGUUUGUAUGAGUCAUUUUCAUCCAUUGAAGGGCCAGUUGUGUAAUAAUAAUAGACAAAUGUUAGGCAGCAUUCCUCUGAGCGGCGUAAUGUUUCCACUGAAAACAAUCGUAAAACCAGUUUUUCGAGUUCCUUCUGAAAGUCACUUUUGUUUCCCCACAUAAUGAGGUGACUCAACAUGCACAGAGCAACUUUCAGACUGUCAAAUUUCACUUUAGAUAAUAUUUAGUGUUCAUAUUCUCUCUGCAGUAGCUUUUCAAUGGAUCCCCAUAGAUGUAAACCAAUGCAUUUGAACAAGGACGUGUUUGACUGUCUUUGUCUGUAACCUUUAGUCUACAGCAGAAGUCAUAAAAAUAUGAAGUUUCAGCAUUAACCUUGCUUUAUAGUAUCAACAUACAUGAUGGUAGAAUGUGAAGUUCCUUUCACAGCAAUCUGAAAAACACUGAACAUUAUUCCCAUGGCAAUAUGAAUUAGCUCUCCCACACAGUUCAAGGACCAGCUGGUCAUGCAAAUAAAAUUGUCAUGGCAACUGGUCAGAAAACGCUGUAUUUUUCAUAUUAUCAAUGAAAUGAUAUAUAAACCUGAGGUCACCAGAGAGGCUCAUCAGUCAGAUAAACACUGUUAUUAUUAUGUUAUUGGGUUGUUAUUACAUCAGCAGUAGUGACAGUAUUACAUGGUUGCAUGAAGAAAGUUUCCCAUUUGUGUACCAUAAAGUUUUGAAAUGCCAUCACUCACGUUAGUCCGAUGAUGCUCAUGAAAAGCAGGGCACGUUUAUUUUUUUACUCAGCAGUGCUAUCGUCCUACAGAGUUAUGAAUUAUCAGAUCUACACAUAAUAGAAGCAAUCACCCUCUACUGCAGCUGGAGACAUAUUUCCUGAGUAUCCUACCAUAAACAGAGGUCUAUGUGUGUUUAUUUUAAGACCAUAGUCAGGUCUGGAAUACAGUUAUUGAUCCAUUCAGCUGUUCAUACAUGAAACUAACCCCCUCAUGUUUUUUCCUCAGUGACAGCUUGUGUAAAUAAUGACUUUUACAAUGUUUUGUCCUGUUAGUAUCAACAUGUAUUCACACUAUUGUAUGCCAUUACAGACACAUCUAAUGUGAGGGUGCUCUCAUUUGUUGCAUUAACAAGCCAUCUCUGCAGAAAACAACAUAGUUUUCUUCUUCUUCUUCUUCAGCAGUUUUAUCAGUGACUGAUUCUGAUACAGCACCAGGACUAAGAAUGGGCACGAUUAAUUGAUGAUCGAUUAGUUGAUCCAUAAGAAUUAAGUUGAUCUCGCAAAAUUUUGAUGGUUCUAACAUUAUUUAAAAAGGGCUGACAGAGUUGCUAUCCAGUAAAGAUCAACCUCUGCUGGUCUGAGGGGAAAUCCUCUUUGUCCAGUCAGUGUGCGCGCGUGUGUGUGUGUGUUGAAGAAGUGCAGCAAACACUGCUAUGCCUUGUACAAGUUCAACACGACAACGACCCCAAUGAUGUACCACUUGAACCACAUACAUCUGACUGAGGUUAAUGAAUCUUCUGAGCCAUCUCAGUCUCAACCUACCAUCAGCUCCUUGCUAGCAAGGAUGAUCUGUAGGGUGACCAGAUGUCCUGAUUUCAGGGGACAGUCCCUGUUUUGGAUGACCUGUCUGCGGCUCAAGUUGUCCCCAAAAAUGUCCCUGAUUUUAGCAUUUCAUGAAUGAGGAUAAAAACAAUGUUUUUUUAUGGUAGCCAGACUGGUAGGAAGCGUGAGUGAGCAUGUAGUGUGCAGUCCUGAACAACAGUUGGGGGGAUUGGGGGUGGGGUUGGGGGGGGUUCAAUGAGGGAAAACAAGUUUUAUGUGUAUUUCCUGCCAUUAGCAUAAAAAAUGAUCAGAUUUAUCAUUGAUCGUUCAUUUAUAUGAUUAAUCGAUCAAGGAACCUUCUUAAAAUGCCCAGUCCUAUCCAGGACCCCAAUAGUGUUAUGCUGUACUUGAAGAAAGGUAGCCUGAUCUUAGGAGGCAGCAGAGAAAUCUUGCUACACCUUUGGUAAUAAUACAUGUUAGAAGUAGGAGUUUGGCAUGAUCGCCUCCAUGAGAAUCAGGUCUGUUGCUCUAACUGGGGUGGUCGUGCUCCUCGUUGCAUCCUUAUUAUCUCCUCCUCGCUGCUGUUUAUUACACACAGCAUACAGUGCAGCCGCUGCUCUUUGAUUCAAAAGCAAUUUCAUGCUCUGGAGUCCAAUUUAAUGCAUUGGUUGCCUAUAUAUUGAUGUGCGCUUGGCUUUGUGCUUUCUAAAGCUAUUUGUGUGUAGUUUGCUGUAAUCAAAUCUCUACGGUUUAUUUUUCCAGGAUGCUGGGGUUGUUUAAGACAUAAUUAGCAAGUGACGACUACCAGAGUCAAAAUAAGAAACUCUGCAUGGGUUUUAAGACGGCCUCUUCUUCAGUGGGCUUACUGAAUUUAUUUCCUCUGCUCAGGCUCUUUGUGUGGAGUCUGACAAGCUUCAUCUUGAGCACAGUUGAAGUGCUCCACAAUAUGGAGGGUAGAUACUGCCAUGACCAAAAUAGUGGGUCUGUGUCUUUAUGCAGGGGAGCUUAACUAGUGCAGAGGAGUUAUUUUUAACCUUACCAAUCACAUCUUGUCACUUAAUGUGGUAUGUAGAGUGGAGUGGUUGUUUUGCUCCUCAUGUCGGGGUUGAGAGUGUGAGCUGGAGGCAUGAAUAAACCCAGCGGUCUUGCUUAAGCUGUAACAACAACUGACAGUCUUUGCCUGCAGCUUCCUAAAGGGCUCAACACUCAGGUGCAUUUACUACACCUGCCCUCAAGAGUCCUUGGAGUGAAGAGGAGAGGAGAGGAGACUCCAGCCUGCAAACAUCAGGAGUGUUUGACUGCCUGGGCAGAGAGAAAGAGAGGAAAGAAAAAAGGGAUUAUCCAUCUUGUGAUCUUUUAACAGCAGUCUUAUCUUGAUGUCCUGCUGGAGCGUCCUCCCCACUCAGAGGACAGGAAGGGACUGUCUGUGUUGUUACACUUUCACAAAGACCUCAUUCUGCCGUGUCGGGAGUGCUCUGGACAGGAUGAGGGGGUUUAGAGAGCAGGGAUGUUUUAAAUGCAUCUGAAAAGGAAUUGAUGCUCAAGCAGUUAUUACAAAGGACUCUGUCAGUGCGCCGUUUUUAUGUCUGCGUCCUGGGGGUGCUUUCAGCUGCAAUCAAAUAUCUUUUUAACAAAGCAGGCUGCGUUGGUCCUUUAGUCUUUGACGGCACACUCUGGGCAUAUAAAAACACACACAUGGCUCUGUAUUUUUGAACCAAUGUCCUAAAGACCACCAUCAUGCAAUAACCUUCAGGCCGAUACCUAAUUUUAGACCAGAACCUGGAGGGAGCAGCGUGAGCAAGGCACUCUCAUUGACUUCCUCCAGGCCCAUGCUGCUGACAGCCAUACAUGCAUCUGCACUGCACGAAAAAUAGGUUACUGUACAUCCACCACAGGCAGAGGUGAUGUCUCAAUCUGCAGGAAAACAGGGAAAAAGUCAGCGGUAACCACGGUAACCACAUCACCUCCGAGCUAUUCUAACGAGAUUCAGGGGAAUCUUGUCAGCUGAAAUAAGUGACUUUAAAUUUUUGAUCUCUUGAAGCAGCUGUGAAGAAAGUUUUGAGUUGAAUUUGUUUUUGCCCCUGCGGACAAAAGUGAUCCGCCCGCCGUUAAGAUUGUGAUCUCGCCUGUGUUUUCAUUUGUUUUUAAACAUUUGAAAGGAAAAACACUUCCUUGCUGGCGUGUUGUCCUUUUCCCACGCACAGCUGUUUUAGGAUGCCUUGUAAUGAGGGGAUGUGUCUGUCUCUGGCUCUGUUAAUGAUCGAACUAAGAAAGGUGUCGGUGAAAGUUUGUACAUUUGGUUAUGGUACUGUUUUCUUACACUGACAGCUAGCUAAUUUAGCAUUUGGCUUUUCUUUAUGUUUGUCUUGUCUUGUUUACGCAGUGUUUUAUUUUUUAUGUAGCUCAUCUUGCAAACCUCAUAUAUAUAUUUGUUGAACUAAUUUUCUCCUGCUCUAUGAUGUCACCUCUGCCAACCUCACUGGACAAACAGUUGAUUUUAUUUUUCCAUUAUCACAGAUUUGACUUCAGAUUAACAACUAAUUUAAAAAUCGAUGCUUGGUCAAUGAGAUGGUACAAUAUAUCACCAGACAAAAUAUCUCGAUACUAUGCUGUAUCAAUUCUUUCUCCCACCCCUAGAGUAUGGUAGUCUAAUGUCAGCCUGACUGAUUGGAUACAUUUGCAUUACGCUGCACUUGGUGAUCGACUCCUCAGGGCUCCCCCACAAACAAGUGGCUGCUGAAAGAGAGUAGGUGAGUUGUGUUUAGUCUCUUUGCUAAAGAAAUUAGGCAAAGCUAAAAAGAUAGUUGAUGGUUAGUACUAUGGCUGGGACCCUAUAUGUACUGUUGGUGAAGUUAGGUGCUGUUCUGAGCAUUAUUUUGGCUAUAGAGUGGCUUAUCGGUUUAGUUUUGCGCGCAGAGACGUAGACCGCUGUGUAUCACUAUCGUGCAGUCGUUACUAAAGUCUGUGUAACUGGAGAAGCAAGCAGUCGGCAACAUUCAUCUCUUAAGGGGUAGUCUAACUCAGUGUUAUGGUGUGCUUGACCAUAACUUAAUUUUACGCGGGAAUAUCCCUUUAAAAAGAGCCAGAAGUUAAUGUGCAAGUCAGUGUCUGAUUUGUUGAAUGACUGUAUCAAUAAUCGAUGACUGGUGAACUACCAAAAUAAUAGACUUGUAGAUUCUUCUUCACUCUAUCGCUAUGCGGUUUAGCUUCUCUGUUUCUUUGCGUUUUGUCUCUGUGGAGAUCCUGUGUGUGUGUGUGUGUGUGUGUGUGUGUGUGUGUGUGUGUGUGUGUGUGUGUGUGUGUGUGUGUGUGUGUGUGGUAUUCACUAGAUAAAAUCUUCCUGCUUCUUUUUAACUGUCUAACAAACCACUCGCUGUGAAAGUUUGCCCAGAAAAUGUAAAUAAAGGCUCUCAGAUCUACGUUUCAAAAGCCUCUCCCUCGGAUUGCAGUGAAAACACUCUUUCAAAGUUACUAUUAAAGUGGUCCGUUUCACUCAGCUGGGCUGCUCCUCCUCUUUUAGCAGGUCAGCAGAGUUAAACUGAGACUGUUUCAUUCUUAGUCACAAAAUAACUCACUGCAGGUUUAAGGGUGGUUGUUUUACACCCUCUUAAUGUUGACGUUAUUUCUAACAAUGAUCAUACCAAAAGGUUCAGAAUCACGCUGCACAUUAUGAAGAUGCAUGAGUGAAAAACACAGGAAUCCAUCAGGAGGUGUUUGUCUUCAAACUCUUUGAAACUCUUUCUCCCUGAAGUUUGGCGUCCUACCUUAAUCCCCUCAGUGGUUUGGCAGUCAGCCAUUUGAGCCUUUAUUUAACAUCCAUACAGAAGUAUAGUGGAGUAGAUGUACUGCCUGAGCACUUCUUCAAACAUGAAAAUAAAGUCCUCAGUUGACUGAAGCAACAUACCAGAGCUGUUUUGGUGUCUGAUUAGUUUCAGAUGGAAUGAGGAAGUACUCUCUGAUGAGUGAGUGAGGCAGAACUGGCCAAACCUGCCCUGUUCACUCUCACGCUCCACAUUUAUUCAAGGUGCUGUGAAACGUUUAGACCACCUCACACUGAGCAGAUGAAACUGCUGAGCUCAGGGAAAUCCAGAAAUGUGAAAUUGUUUCCCUUUCUGAGGAGUUUAGAGUUUCCAGCAAACUCCAUCUCUAAAGGUGUUAAAAAGCUGGCUUGUUAGGAGCUCAUGAAAGGUUGUUAAUCCUUCCCUCUGCCCUGUGUUUCACAGGGAAUGCUCUGCUCUCAUAUUCACGCUCUGAUGCUUUAAUCCCACUUUCUGUGAGCUCACCUCUCUCACAUAAUUAAGCACAGUGGUGGGAAACCAUUGUUUGCUUCUGUCUGCCCCAACAUUUCUCUUUCAAAUGUGUUUGUAUGUUUGUAUCUAUAACCUGUAUUAUGUGACCCAGCUCUUAAGCACAGCCUGUCAUGAGCCUCUAUCCACAGUCUGAAUGAAGUAGCCACACUCAGCUGCACUCGUGUCUCAGUGUUUGAUCAGUGAUGCUGCCUCCUGAUCACAGUUGGCACUGUGCCCCGGGGCCCGGACAAAGGCUGGGGCUGGGGCGCCGGCAGGGGUCUGGUCUGUAUCAGACACUUUAUUUGUUUUGGGGGAUGGGGGGUUAGGAUAGGCCGGAGUAUGGCUGCCUACCUUGUGUGUGAGGAGAAACUACUGUGUCAGGAAAGAGAGAGAGAGAGAGAGAGAGAGAGAGAGAGAGACGCCCUGUGACUACACCUCCCCACUGAGACAUUUGGCUUUCAUUUUUGUGGUACAUCGUAAACUGCUGGAAGCUGCAGCACAAAUGCUUUCCUUUGAUAAACAUGAUUACCUUCAACAGCCUUACCCAAUCCUCAUCUGUUUUCUGUUACCAAAGAAAGAGCUGUCUUCAGGCUUUGACUGUGUGCGCAUCGCUGCUGACACUCUUUAUGGGAAUGCCACAGGGACUAAAUGCUUCAACUAGUUGAUAAAAGGGUGACAACAACAGUUUUACUAAUUCAUCCAGACUGCUCCAAGACCACCCAAAAUGCACAAAAUCCCGGGUUCUGGCAGAUCUUGACAAAGUCUCAAAAACUCUCAGAGUAAAUUUCACAGAUUAAAUGAUGCAUGGUGUUGGAGUUUUGCCCUAACUAAUCCUCCAUUACUUGUUUUGGCCCAAGCAUGUACCCAUGUGUCUUUACAGAAGAUGCAGAGUUUCUCCUAGAACAGAACCUGUCGCUCUUCCUAUAACAGAUUAUUAGUUUCACAACCAGACCUCAUCACUUUAUUCUUUUUCACAUAUUGAUAGUCAGUUAUGCAUCUGGUUUAUGUUUCAAACACUCCAAAGUCCUUCCAUAUAGCCAACAUGUAAAAGCUGUCAUUGUUUACGCAUAAUCUCUGAAUCAAGGUUUUGGCAAAGAAUUAUACUGGCAAAAAUUAACAUAAUCAACCUUUGAGGCUGUCAGUGCCACCAGUACCAUGCGCACAGUCAUGAUGAGUUUUAAUCUCUUAAGAUUUCUUAAAAAGAGCUCUUAAAUGUAAGCUGUCACCUUGACUGAUAGACUCGAUCAAAUCUACGUAUUGUAAUCAAUAUUACAUGAUUUACUCUAAUUCUUUUUUUUUUUUUGAUUUGCAUGUUCAUGUGUCAAUUUUUCAAUAUAGUUAAAAAAAUAUCAGUAUCAGCUGAUAAUAGCUUUAAAAGUUAGUGAUUAGUAUUGGCAGGCAUGAACAUUUCUGACAAUAUAGUAUCAUCAGAAAAACAGAAAGUGAGGCUUUAAAUAUGUGCAUACAAUGACAGCUUCUGUGUGCUAAGGUGUGAAUGGAAUAUAUUCAACACAUGACUGUAUGAAAUGUAUUUUGCAGUGUUGUGAACACAGCGGCACAAUACUGCACAACAACUUUUGAGUAAGAAUUCAUUUGAAGUAGCAUUGUGUGUUUUGUGUUUUGGUGCCCUUUGAAUAAUAAAGAUGUAGAUCUAUAUCUGUAUUGUUCAUAUUGGUGUUGGUAUUUGAAAACAUCAAAUCAAAAGUGUAUCAAAUGUAAUCAAAAAUCCUGUGCCCCUAGUUUCCUGCAUUCAUUCUAAAGUCUGAUUUGUGAUGUUCAUUUUUGACAGUCCACUCUCAGCCCGCUGCAGUAGGCUUUUAUUUUGAAAAGGAACAUAAAGGUAGUUGUGUUGGGAUUCAUUAUGUCUGGACGACUUUAUGUUCUCUGUCUUCAGUGUAGUAUAAGAGAAUAAUACUCCAUAGUAUGUCAGUGUUUGUUAUAGUAUGUCAGGAUUAAUGAUAUGCAGCCCUACACAGCUGAGGAACAUAGGCAUUCACAGCAGGUGAUAUACAACACAGCAGCAACUGUUACACAGCAAUGCAAUAAAACCGAUACUUAAAGCUCCCGUGAGGAGUUUUUCACUGGUUACCAAACAGACUGGUAUUAAAAGUGAUGCCUCUUUAUGACCUAAUAAAGCCAACCAGACCAUCAGCUAAACAGUGAUGAUUUCUUUAUCAUGAAUUUUAUUGGUUCUAAGUGCUGGGGGGUGGGGGUUGUCUGUAGAGGAAAUGUGGAGCACAGUCAAGAAAAAAUACGUUUAUGACUUUAUCCUCAGCAUAUAUUCAUGAUGAGUUACCAUCAAAAUGAAACGCAGUUUGACCCUUUUUGUCAGAAAACUCCACUUACAGGUGAAGAGGACAAGAUGAGAGAAUGCAAGAAGUACCGCAGGGGGCGCCAAAAUAAUCGCAAACAGAAAGAUCCUCACAGGGAGCUUUAAAUUAACUGCUGAGUUAUUACUCUAAAUAUUUUCUCUGGCUUUCUGGCUUUGUUGCCUCAAAAUAGUUGGGUGCAAAAACUGAUUGUGAGGUCACUUUGAAGAUGCGUAAAAUUAUUGCAAGAUGCAGAUGUAUGGCUUUAAAUUAAUAGUAAUGUUAAUAUGACACAUGUCAUAGUGCUACUGUUAUGCUGGAGAAAUGAUAUUAAUUUAUCAAAAUCUUAAAGAAGGUUAUAGAAAGUGUGCAGAAACUCCUAUAUUAUCCUGUUUCUGCUUCAUUAACAUGGAUUCAUGUUUAUGAAUCCAUGUCAGAGGACAUCAGGAGGGCUGUGAGCUGAGCUGCUGUUAACUUGGGCCAUGUCAGUGCUUGGAGGCUCUGAGGUGACCCGAAAAGCAGCUUCAGCUAAAUAGCUGAAUAAAACCCUCCUUCCAGUCAAAAGAUAUUGUUUAAAAAUUGGGUGAUGUUACUGAAAAAAUAAGAGACUACUCCUCCAUAAACCUUAUUAAGCAUUGACAUGAAUACAAGGCAGAGAACAUUUGUGGGUUAGCUUAAUAUUUAGGGUGUAGCACUCACUGCUACAGUGCUACAGGCAGAAGAAGAGAGAGACAAGUUAUUUAAUUCCCACACAGACUAUCACAGACUAAUAUUCCAAAACAUCCGGACAUGCAUAUGUCCAUGAUACGGAAAAACACAGUAAUGGUCCUUUAUCAGGGCUGUCAUCUGUCCAAUCAACUGCAGGUUAUUUGAUUAUUAUGGUAUUAGAUACCAACAACCCAAGAGCUUCAUUGAGACACUAUUUAAAAGAGACAUAUUGACGCUAAAAGAUGAAAACAGGAUUUUACUUAAAGGAUGUCAAAUACAUUAAGUGUGUGUCAAAGUGUGGCUCUAAACUUGGAAAAGACAUGGAUGGUCGAAGCUUCAUUUCACUCAUAACUGCCGAUUUUAAUUUGACAGAAAAACUCUGUGUUGGAGCCGGCCCUGGAUGUUACAUAACAGCCACACAUGCAGAGAAAACACCAGCCAUUGAACAAAAAGCCAAAAACUGUCCCAUCCUGCCAAUUUCUUUCUGACCAUGUGUUUAUUUAUCCCAUUUACUUCCUGCUGUCUGUUGUCUGCCUGAAUCAGUGUGAGUGUGCCAUCACUUCUGUUUCUACCGUCAGAUCUUCAUCCAUCGUCAUGACGGUCAGCUUCCUCUUCACAUGGCUGAAUCAACGCCUCUCGCUGCCUUCACGUGAUACGUUAAAUCAGACGCCUGCUGUUCUGCGCUCUUACUCUCCAAUGCUGCAGGAAGCACACCCUUUCAGUUUAUAAUAGUGCCGUCUGUCGUCUGACUUAAAAAUGAUAAUACACUGUAAGGGAAAGGCAUUACGUCAUUGGGGAGUGUUGUGCAAGUUAUGGACGGGUGUAUAUCUGAACACACAGUGACUACCUCAGCAAGCCUAAUCCUUUUAAACCAGAUAAACUAAAAAUGUCAAAGCAUUAGGUACCACUGUACCUAAUGCUUAAUUUGAGGGGCUUUCAUUUCCCAAACCACCUGGGAAUGAGAUCAGAAAUGCAUUUCAUCACAUCACUAACAUGCGACUGCAGUGUGUAUCUGAUCCUCAGCCCAGAUUAUGGGAAUAAAAGCUUUUUGUGAGCACUGUCAACCAGAAUUUCCUGGCAAGUCGGCUGAACUGACAUGAAGUCUGACGUCUACACGAACAGUCAGGAUGAAGCCUAAUGCUGAAGGGCUGUAUUAUUUUGUGUUAGAGUGGCAUCUUUAAAAAAUACCUGACAGCUGCCUCACACUUCUGUUUGAACUCAGAAGUCCACUUUCUCCAUUAGAGGAGACCUGUUAUGCUGAAACCAUAUUUAAGUACACACAUAUAAUGUUAUUAUCAGUAUGCUUACAUAGUCCAACACAGCUAUGGUAGGAGGCAAUAUGUUCACUUUUAGCUCAAAAGUAGUAUGUAACUCACCAAAAAAACCCUCAAAGUGAAGAAGAGGCCAACGGGCUGUUUGAGGAACAAUGAAAACACCUCCACCUCCACAGCUCUGUACCUUUCUUUGAUAGUUCUGCUUCAUCUUUUGUUACAUCCCUUCAUUCUCUGUUAAGGUGUUAUUUACCUCCCAACUUCCUGUUAAGCAUUCAUGCUGUUCAGCCUGUGGGUCAAAGCCAAAUAUGAAAACUGUGGAGUAUGCAAUAAAUGCUUAAGCCAGUUUCAGUCUGAUUGAGGCUUAAACAUUGUGGAGAAUAUCCCACUGUGAAUUAUCUAGCUAUGUUUGUCCACCUAUGAGGAACUCUGUUAGUGUGAUUGUAGUCCAAAUGUUGUUUGAUAUUUUUUAACAACAUAAACCUGUAGACUGUUGGAUGUGCAUACUAAACCUUGGAAAAGUUUCCAUUCAUGAGUUACGCAGAUUUUGGUGAAAGUCCUGUGUGCGUUUUGCAAGAUUUCUAAACAUCUACGAACAAUGUCCUCACGACAUUUGACCCAACUCCCCCUUGAAAGAGUUACGAUAAAGAUCCAUCAGCAGAAACCAAUAGGCGGGUUUUGUUUUCAGGACUGUAGCAAUAAAAAAGCUGUUAGUGCUUGCCACUUCACUGAUGGCUCAUUUGUAAUCAAAGGCCAGUAAGAGCUGGAUUUGAGUCUCAGUUGUUACUGGAACCUGGGGCGGUUCAUCUACAAAGACCCAUAAUGGCUCAGAACCUCAAGCUAGUAAAUAACAUUGAAACAACAGCUAAUUUUAUUGUAGCUAAUGUACGAUGAGGGUGUGAAUGACUAGCCACAGAUGUUUUUCGAAAAGGCAUGGCCUCAGUGUUGAUUCAUGACUACAAAGCUGUGUAAAAAGUAACACCCACGGGCUGUGUCCAGCUUCAUAUCAAUGGAAAAGCAGCCAAAGUGCAACAGGCAGAGGCAGAGUAGUGCUGUAAGGAGGUUUUGCACUGAUACUAACACAAGAUAAGGAGAAAUAAGGAGUUCUUUGAGCUGUAAAUCAUGCAAAGCUUCUCUUGAGAUGUCCCUGAACGACCUCAGAAAAGGUGAAACUAACUCUAAUAGGCCUCCUUUAAAGUCUGCCUUAUGAUUGAUGUAAACCUCUCUGACUCACUGGCCCUUCUCCAGUAAUGAGGAUUUGGUAGAGCAAAGACUGAGGCGUGUUAUUAGUUUUCACCAUUUCUGAAGUCAGGCACACUACCUCCCUAUGUUUGCUAAUUGCUUGCAGGGGACUGUUUUUUCUGCUGUCAAUGUUUGUUCCUUUAAAGUGUGGAGGACAGGAUUUCGUAAUUACUCUCUCUGGCAUCUCAGACAGCAGAAAAUACUCCCGUCUCUCCAUGUUUGUUCCUCAUCUGUGUCUGAUCCACAGACAGGCAUUCCAAUAAACACUUCUCACUGGAGUAGCUCUGAAUCAGAGGCUGUUGUAUACAGCACAUUCAUAUCCUUUAGCCUCUGUAUUAGUUUAAUUUCCUGCUCUCAGGACCUGUUUUUGGCACUGUUUUUGUUGUUUCCCAUGAGGCUUUUAUCAGUGGGCUAUCUCUGCUCUGCUCCUUGGGCUGGCGCCUGGCCUAUCAGCUUUAUGGCACUACCAGACCCCCAUAUUGUCACUGUCUCUCUGUGUCCCUGGGCUUCAACAAAUCCUGAAGGACACAGGCCUUUUGUUUUUUCAUGUGUGUUUUCACAGGUCUCAGAGACACCGGGGGUUCUUAUCUGACUCUUCAGGGUUCUUGAGAUUAAUUCGACUCCUCUCACUGGGGGGGUGCGGGGAAGAGGGAGGAGAGGAGGUCCCGGGAGGCUUUUAGUGGUUGGUGUCUCGCUUUAUACAAACUCACAGGAACAGAGAGUUUAGACAGUCAGCACCUGCUUCACUUCUGUCUCACACAGUGUCAAAUACUGUAGUUUGAUAUGACUAAGAAGCAAAGAUCUCAGGGCCGUAAAGUUAGUGAUUUUUACUAUUCAGGGUUAUUUGAAUGCAGCCAGAUUUGUUCAAAACACUAACUAAUUAUGAACACAACUGGAGGUGAUCCUGAUAACUGGGUGAUUAUGUUCAGUCUACCUGUCUGUGACGUCAUCGCCACGCGCCAGCAGACAACAAAACAUAGCAUGGUGGAUGGUGGAGGAGAAGUCAGCGAGUGAGAAAUUAUCGAGCCACCAUUGCGGUCCAGCGUAUGUUGUAUUUGUAUUAUUUCUAAGCUGAAAAACAACAGCACAAGUAGCAGGAAAACGUACUGUCAUUUCUUCAACCUGAAGAGAUGUUGGUUGCUCUUUAUUUUUGAUAUUAAUACCUUAUUAUUUUUGUGUUAAAAACAACAACAACAGAAGUAGCAGAAAUGUUGGACUUUCCGUACUUUCAUUGAAAAUGUAUUGAAUAUCUAAAUUGAGAACAGAAUAGGUUAAUCUGCUGUUAAUUCAACCUGAAGUGGAGGUCACACUUUAUUCAAAUAUAUGUGAAUGCAUUUGCUAUUAGUUGCUGUUUACUUCUUUGUUUAUAACCAUAGUAAAUUUAUACCUGAUUCCCUUAAAAGGAACAAAAGAAAUCUAGGAAUUUUCCUCUGCACUGUCCAGUAUAUGUCCAGGUAUUUAUUUGUGGUUAAAUUACACUGGUUCAAUUUUGGGCUAAAAAGUUACGAAAUCAAUUACAAGUUACUGAAUUGUUUCAUGUUUGUAUUAUUCUAAAUGAACCAGUAUCAUCCUUAAAUCGAAUCUGCAACCACAAAUAUGAUGCGAAUAGAAUUGUUGUUAAAAUGAAUUGUUACACCCCCAAAUUGUUUUCAAAUUAAAUGAUUACACAUGGACAAAAACCUAGAGGGUCCUGUGCAUUAUUUUACUGAAUGUAGAAUACAGGGAACUCCUGCACACUGUCCUUCUUUAGUUAAAUAGCGUUAAGAAGGUUGUUUAAUGAAACGCAUCAGCUCAAGUGAGACAGUGUGCAGGCCUUUCUUUCCCUCUGACACACCUGUUGGCCAGUCAGGUGUGCAGAGAUCCUCCUCUACUACAGAGCAAACACCAGGGAAAGGAUAAUGAUAGUGACAUGCUUACUCAAGCUCAUUUGUGGAAGUCAUUAACGUCAAAUUGUUGUUUUGAUAAAAAGAAAACUGUGUCGUUCAUUUGCUGAUCUGCUCUCUGAUGACCAAAAUAGGCGUCAGAUAUUGAGGCACCAGUAAAGGUCGACCACUACUGUAGAGCACUACACAUACUAUCUGUGUGCAGCUAAUGAUGAGUUUUUUAUCUCAGCUUCUGUGUGUAGCAGCAAAAAAACAAGAUUGGCAGUAACAAUCCAACAUAUCCAGAGGUCUGAGAGUCUGUCUUUGGCAGAAGUGCUUUGAAUGUUUUUGUGACCUAUUCCUGGUCUACACUACAAAAUUGCCUUAGACUGGAAAUGUAAGAUUUCCUCCUCAAAAGAGUGUUGUAUUUAUAUUUUUGGUCUUUUUUUUGUUUUUUUUUGGAGAGGUUAGGACAGUGGAUAGAGAGGGAAAUGGGGCGAGAGUGACAUGCAAGCAAAAAGCUUCAGGCUGGAGUUGAACCCUGGCUGUCCGCUUGAGGCAUAACCUCUGUAUACACACGCUUUGACUGCUAGGCCAGUGGUGGCCCAGCAUAGAGGUUUUUUGAAUCAUUGCCUUUCUUGACUCAAGGGAGAGAGAUAUGCUCUGAAAUGUGUCACCUCAAAACAAGUGAAUAUGAGUGUAGAGAAAUGUAAACUGCAGAAAAACCUCCAUAUUUCCCUCAGUCUGUGCUCCUUUACAUUCACACAAUGACACUACACAGGUAACAAGAUAGUCAUGAUGUUCUCCACUACUUUGAAUUGAAUUUCACUUCGGGGAUCAGUAAAGUUCUUCUUCUUCUUCUUUCUAACAUGCAGCUUUGUAGUUUGACAUUAUUGCUAUUAUUAAUAUUUUAAUUUCCUUGAAGGGAACCUUCCCAAAAGGAUCAAGUCUAUCUGAUCUCAUCUAAUUACUGCAUAUCAACAAAUAUUAUUGAAUAUACAAACACAAGUUUCAACCAUAAAAUCUGAUUAGGUUUAAUCCACUCUUGCCUCAGCACUGGCUGCAAAAUGACUUUGCAGUGUGCUACCACAAGUUGGCAUGAAAAGUGUCUUUGAAUGAGAAGCAUCAAUCUAGUAGGUCCAAUAAAGUGUAAAAUUACAAAUGUAAUUUUGGUGUAUAUGGAUUAUGAUGAUAAUGUCCUCUCAGCAUCUGCAGAGAUAUUUAUAUAGAGAACUAGAGAGAUGAUUGGUAAGCCCCAGCUUUCAUGUAAAACUAAUUAAAUCAGAAUUAUUGUCACUGUCAGAAUUGAUAUAAAUGGCUGUGUGCAGAAAUUGGCUGCUGUGGACAUCCAUUGCAAUAGCAUCAGCCACAUCCCCCACAGGCUCGUCUAAAAGCUGUCAAAUGCUCAGGCAGUCGAGUAAAGUGCCUGUCAUUCGUCACCCCUUCAUCAUUUAAUGUUCAAUUAUGUCAAAACAGCCUUUAGGUCAUCGGCGCUGGGAAUUGAUGGCAGCCCUGUGUGGCAAGUGGAGCUCUCAGGCUGCAUUACAGCACAAUCACUGUAGCUCAACAGCUCCAGCCCUCUGCAACACUAAAUAAACCACGGCCCGGCUCGCCAGCUCCUAGGGCUCCCACAUUGCCUCAAAUUGAAUGGUUCCAGCGGGGGCACUGGGGCGAGCAUCCACAGCCUGCCUUUUGAGCAGCGACCAAGUCAUGAAGUUAUUCUCUGCCGUGCCUGAAAUAAUUGAUGUUCCUCGGCACGGUCACAGGGGAUUGGCCUGACUGUUUGCGAUGAAGAGCGUGUCUGUGCUGUUUAAUUUGCUCAUUGCAGAACCCCCCAGACUGACAUCUUAACAUAAUGAAUAGCUAAUAUUCAUCCCACCGAUCCAGGGAAGCUGUACCACAGACUUCAAAAGCUCUGUCAUGGCUGUUUUUACCUUCCUCUCUUUCUGUUUGUGUUUUAUUCCCUGGAGUGAAAUGUUUUCAUUUCAUUUAGUUAGAAGUAAUUCUUUGUUUUUAUGACCAUAGAGUGUGUGGGUGUACUAAAGAAGCCAGAAACAUAAAAAUUUCCUCUUCAAGGGUUUCCUCUCUGAUGGGUAAAUGAUUGUAAAUUCAUAUUAGAGCAUCUUCAAACCAUUGGAAAUCCAACGCUUUAUGCCCAUUCACCAGUGAUUUUCCAGACAAUUACAUUCGGAGUAUAAGAAUGAUCAUCUGAAAAUCAUUACAAAUGAAUGCAAAUCAAAGUUUAUCUUAUGUCAUCAACAUUUUUAUAAACUUCUACAUGAUCUGCACCGGAGAAAUGAUGCACGUAAUAUUACAAAGCACUCAUUGGUGUGAAAACAGAAAGCCUGUGUACACUCGGUGUGGGCUUUAUCUGUGGGUGGUUUUUUCUUUCUGUGGACAGUGUUAACUAGGGUUGUCUAUUUAUAGCUGCAGGUGUUAAGAGGGGGUCAUUGAUGAGGUUUCUUUGACGGUCAAAUCUCUGUUCUUUACAUCUCUGUUAUCAUAACUACACACAAGCUUAAGAAUGCCGUGAGGAGUUUUUGAUAGUGAUGGGAAUUAAGGCUUGUGUUAGUGAGCCAGAUCAUUCGGCUCUGCUCACUAUGAAGAGCUGGCUAUUUCGGCUCCCAAACGGCUCUUCACUUUACCACUUGUACAUUUUCUAAUUCAGCAAAAUUAAGUGUUGUUUGGCUGAUAAUAUGUACAUGUGUACACAUGGGUCUUAAAUAAUUUAAUACAUCUUUUGUACUGAGGUAUUCACAAGUAAAAAUUACAUUUUCCAUUAUCAGUAAAUUGCUGUAGCCAAUUGUUUUCAUUGCAUUGACAGACCCUUGUACCUCUCUGAAACCACCUAAUGAACGCACUGACUUGCUUGUAGAACCACUCUGCUAAACAAAGCAGGUAGAAAUCCCAUCGCUCGGCCUUGUUGCGUUUUUCUAUGGUCUGUGGGGGGAGGAGAGAAAAAGAAAAAAAAAAGCUCACAGACAGGAGCCGGCUCCCAUCGUUCACAUUGAAGCACCGGCUCUUUGAACCGGAUGGAUCGCGACUGACACAUCACUAGUUUUUGACUUAUUUUGAAAUAGUGUCUCUCUGAUACUGACACCCCUUUUAGCCUUCACAGGGCUUGACAGUGCAACAGUUUCACUGGCAUUUGCGACUAAAAAUAGAUGUGUGCGAAUUUGACCUAAAGUUGAUUUCAAAUAAUGGUACGAGAGUCUGACAAUAAGACUCUGCCUUAUUUCCCAAAUUUAUCCUCUAAAAUUUUUUGUGUUAAAUUUAAAGGCAAAUUUUAAACAUUUUCUUCAAUGGCUUCCAUGUCAUGUGACCAAAAGAGCUAAAAUUGAUUUGAAAUAAUAGUACUUAUGUCAACCAAUAAGACACACAUUAUUUGAUCAAUUUUCAUUGUGCCCCUAAAGUUCUUUGUGUGCUCUUUACUAUCAACUUAGGAGCACAUGUGCUCAUUGUGAAAAAAAGUUAGUGCCAAGCCCUGCUUCAUAAUCAAACAAAAUUACCAGCAGCAAGAUUGUUUGUCUUUAUUCUGUGGUGAAAUGAUUAUUUGUCAAAUUACCCUCCUUAAGCACUUUUAAAUGGUAAAAACUGAAAUAGAGCAUCAUAUCUAUCAUACAACCACAGGGGCUUUGUGUCCUUGAAGGCCACAGUUGCUUUCUGGUGGAGGGGUGAGAAAAGGAGCAUUUGCGUUCAGAGAUUAGCAGCUAAAUAAUGCUUAAUAUUCCAGUUUCUACACACUGUACAUGUGAGGGCUGUAGCAAACUGAAUGUCAAAUGUGCAAAGAGGUUUUAAAGAAAGGAAGUUUGAGAUUUUUCUAGUGCAUUGAUUUCCAGAAGAAUAAACAACCUUUAAUUUGUUUUUGUUUUUUAAUAGUUUUUGUGAAUGCAUGAUGAAACUUCCCUUUAAAAAUGAGAAGUAUGGAUUUUGAUUUUUAAAGCUUAAAUAGUUUUGAAUCCAUUCCCUCACCACUCAGGUGUUAAAAGACAUUUCAUAGUGCGUGGUUGUCUGGUUUGAAUACCAAAUCUGAGCUUUCAGAGUCAGAGAGACACUAAUCAAAUCCAUGUGUUACUGCUUUAAGAGUAGUGAACCAUGGAGAAGGUAAACACAGGUAAAUCCUGUCUCGCCUUCAUUGACCGCUCUCACUCAGCCAGGUGAUUUCUUCUCACUGUUGUCGUGUUGUGAGCCUGAAAUAGCCAUGGCCUUUAUCUCCCUGUGGUAAGACUUGGCUUUCAGACUUUACUCCCAAGGAUGCUUUUUAAGGUCAAAGGGUUGAGAAAGAGGCUUAUCAACCUCUGUGGUCUCUGCCAACAGUCGGAGGGUCUUUAGCUCGGCCAGCUCAAGGGUCAGGAGAGGUUAGCCUGUCAAACCGCCUCCUGGUUUCAGGGUUUAAUGCUGUCUGCUGAAACGGCUCCUUACAGCAGCGAGCUUAACCUCGUGUCUGCCCAGAAGACCUCUGGCAAAACACUUCUGGGUAAAUGGUAUCUAUGUGCUGAAAUCCAUGUACAAUCACUAGGAAACUAAUCUCUUGUGGCUGCAGACAAGAGCUACAAUGGGCGGAUGGCUCGGUGAAGUCAGUGUUAGCUUGUGCGGAUAUAUUUAUAGCAGUGUAAAUGUCAGCUGAUAAGAAACAAGGAAUUGCAGUAGAGAAAUAUCAGCUGAGCCGGGCUGAAGUUAUUCAGUUACUCUGUCAUCAUUGUACAUACACAAAGAGAGCAAACACGAGCUAAUGUUUUCACUAUUUCUGCUGGACUUAAACCAGACUAUAGUAGACUUUAGCAGCCAAAGUAACUUCUGGACUUUAUACAAUUUUUAGUUUUAACAUUUAAAAACUCAACAUUGAGCGGAAUUUUUUAAAGAACACAAGGCUGCACUGCUAAAGCAAGGAAGUAUAAAACACCGUAAGAGAGAAGAUGUAACAGAGAAGGUGGUUGAAUUCAUCACUUUGAACAAGCAGCCUAUCUUGGUGGUAGAGAGUAGGGCUGGGAUGAUAUGCUUUUCUCCAGAUUCGAUUCUUCAACUAUUUUUUGGAUGCUGAUUCGAUUUAAAUUGCAAUACUAUGAUACUGUCGAUUUUCUGGAUAUUUAGUCUGCAUUUUUUACACCAGCUGAACAGUUGAAUGAUUAUGAUUGUCUACUGACUGUUCCCAGAACCAUAUUUCCCUUAAAAAAUACACAUCACAUGUAAGUCAGUUUUUAAGAUUUAUUCUUAAAUUAGAAAAAAAAAAAAUUUUGAACAAAAAACUGGAUUUAAAAAUUGUAAAACAGUAAAUUGCCAUACUGAUGUGAAUCCAUUUUUCCUCCCACCCCUUAUAGAGAGUACAGGUUUUUGCUGUCUUUUGGAUCGUUGUUGUGUCCUGCAGUCUUGACACUGCAUCAAAGUACAGUAGUCGCCUUACAAGGGAUGUACAGUAAGACUUCAGAUAUCAGCUGAUGUUCAAAGACUAGUUUGAACCAUGUUUUCUGCAAAAAUCUGCCUUAAAAAUGAAACAGAUAACUUCAUUGUCAGUAAGAGAAAGAGCUGGAACCAUGAGCUUUCUUCUGAUUGGAUUAGAUCACUACUCCAGAGCUGAUUUGACUGAGUCAAUAACAGUGAUGAUUGCAUUUAUAUCCAUACUGCUGGUUUGUUCCCACAGACUCACUUUUUGGUCUUUGUGAUGAUCUACCGACUGGUGUCUGUUUUCUUGGUUACCCUUUACUCUCUGAUUAGACUUCCUAAUCACAGAGAACUGCUCUGCUAACAGUAUAGUGUGAACCAAACUCAACCAGAACCUACUUACAUUUAUUUAUGGGCACUUCAUUAACUUUCUGCUUCAAGUCCAUUCACUACCUGAGGCAAAUGCCCACGGCGUUCUGGAUCCAAACACAGCAGUUUGAGGAUGGCAGCUGAUGUUUCCGAGUCUUUCUUUAAGCUGAUUAGCAGGCUAUUAUACCUGCAGACUGAGAUGGAGAAACUAAACCCACACAGGACAACAAAUCCUGCAGGGUCAACUUCUGUCUGUCUAUCAGGAUGAAUAACACAGAUGAUUAUUUUCCCGUUAUAAUCCCAGGUAAAACAGCACCAGUGUUCCUUGUUAAUGUGCACAAAGUUAUUUAUAGAAAUGCUUCACCGUGAAGGGAUUGAGCUGACAUUUGUUGACUUCCACUGAGCUUUUCUUGACUGGUGAGGUAACAUUAACUUUCCUUUUCAUUACUUUCCCUUCUGUCCUCACCUACUUAACCUCUCUCUCCCCCUCAUACCAUCCCUUAAGCACCACAGCAGCCUCCUUGGAGGGAUUGGUUGCCUGGAGACAGGAUUCGCUCCCCAUUGUGUGCCUGCAAAGGUGGAGAGGGUGGCGGGGGUGGGUGGUGGGGGUUACAAUCAGCAGGACGGGAGGGAAUUGGAAGUGUAGAGGACUGGCACCACACAAUCAGGGGUGUGUAAGCGAAGAGGAGGACAGGCAGGGACAGAGGAAGAGGAGGGGGGUGUAGGGAGGGAAUGGGAGUGGGGGUUUUUGGGUGGAGCAUGCUGACACCCUAAAUUCCUCUUGUUCAUUCCCGGUCUCCCAGUAACCACGCUGGGAUGUGCUGUGUCAGACAGUGUGGUGGAGACUGGAGUAAAAGACACUCAGAGAGACACAAGCAGCCAUGAAUAAUUAUGAAGACAGAGUUUUAAUUAGCCAGCAUGCUGCCCAGCUCCCAUAGUAGGCUUAGGACACACACACACACACACACACACACACACACACACACACACACACACACACACACACACACACACACACACACACACACACACACACACACACACACACACCAAAAUCAGACAGCAGGCUCAAGGAAAUUGUAUGUCUGGUGUCCAUGCAAAGCCUGCAUUUACCUACAGUCUAUUUUUCCUGGUUUCCUUGGGCUGUAAUGAUGGUCUCAGUUAUCAUCCGAUUAUAUUACCUUCAAGGAAGAAGGCCGGUUAGCUUAAGCUCUGCUGCCAUUACUCUAAAUAAAGACUGACGGUCACACUUCGUAAGCCAGUCAUUAUGUGGAGCGCUGUCCCACCUAGCAGGCUUUGAGCUGAGUGAAGUCAUUUCUGUUUCCAGUCACAUGCUCAGAAGUUCACUCUCUGUGGACUGUGUUUGGAGUUACUGAUUAACCUUCUGAGCUGCUUUUUUGAGCGUGCAGACAGAGUUAAUUGUGAGUUCACUCUGCUGAAAUCCUCUAUCAAUUUAACUGUCUCGUUCCACUAACUUCAUCCAAAUGUCUGUACUUUGGUUUGUUUCCUAAAGGUCUGCAUUUAUCAGUAAUAUUAAUUGAUCCAAAUAAACAUUUUGUUCAUUGUUUUAACUGAGUAAUGGUAGCCUAUAUAAGCACAUUAUGUUAUUCAAAGAAGGGCUGCAUGGUUAAUUGAUUUUAAAUCGUAACCAGAUUAUUUGAUUAUGGCAUGUUAAAAAAAAUAAUUUUUCCUCUCUAUCAUGUCUCGCACCUCCAGGCAACCAUAGGCUCCCCUUUUCCUGCGAGAGCGCUUCCCAAUUCCCACACGCACAAGUGGAAACAAACAUGGCGUUUGCAAAAGGAGGCGAUAAUUUUGUGGCAAGAGCAAAUCAGUCGUGUGGAAUUGGUUCGGCUUUGCAGUUUCAAAUGAAAAGCAAACCACUUCCGCGGCAAAGUCUGUCUGAAGGCGGUAUCAACUCGUCCAGACAGAGACUAAUUCAGGAGUAAAUGCAAAAGUUUUAUAUCGUAUUGGUAUUUCAUCCACACGGAAACAGAGUUUCAGGUGACUGUAAAUGGCACUUUCUGAAAAUGGGUCAGAAAGUGCACAAAUCUGUAAACGACUUCCAUUUCAUCUCCAUGUCGAUGCAGAUCUGCAUCUCUUGAUUAUGUGACACACAGCGUAACUCUUUCAUGGCGCCUGCGUGUGUCCAGCCAAAACAACCUUUAUACGCAUGCUCUGUACUCUUCUUCUGACUUUUGUGCAUGUCCUUGGCAGCGUUACAGCGCCAUAUACUGGCUUGGCAUAUGCACUACAUCAUUUUCAGUGGUUUUGUUUUAAGAGAUGAUAGAAUACCUUUUUAUUUUUAAAGUGAAGUUUUGUGAAGUUGUCACUGAAUAAAACAUAGAAAUCGAAAAUCAAAUUUUCGUGCAGCCCUAUUUCCAAGGUUCAGCUUUGGGUUUGUUUCGAGACCCAGCUGCAUGACCACGAACUGAAGUGAUGACCUUUUAUCACUGGUCCAUUUUUUUAACAUAAAGAUUAAAUCUGGUUAGGUUUCAGGGCGAUAGUUCUCAUCAGAUCUGACUGUGUUAUCAGAGCAGUUGCUGAUCAGUUUGGCACAGCUCUUGACUUCUGCUUCAGCCUCCUGGUUCUUGAUUUUACUUCGGACUCAGCUUCUCUGUUUUUUUUUUAAAUUUUUUUUAUCGUUUUUGUCUGGGUAAGGGCAGGUAUACUAGACCAAUACUGCUUCUCAUCACCAAUCAAUACACUUACUGAUAAUACUCAGGGCUUGAAAAUAGAUCUUUACUGAGUAGUACUAGUGCCCUCGACCUCUGCAAGUUCGGAGCACCCAUGGAAAACUAACACUACUCCAACAGCUGAGGUGCAUCGAUGGUCCAUUGGAUGCUGCUUGCAGCUUUAAUUGAUGUUUAGAUUUGACAGGGCUCAGCUGAGCUCAUAAUCUUAAUCUCCCUUCUUCCUGCUGUGUUUACAGGCCCAUCCUUUGAUUUUUCAUUAAAAUGAUUAAAAUGAGAGCUUGGAGCGCCAUUAUAAUGAUUCGUAUUUCGUGGAAAGGAUGGCCAUCUGUGUGUUUGUAGACCAGGUGUAGAAUGUUGUCCUGUGUUCUUUUUCUCCCCUCACAGAGGCCUUCAUUGCUGCGGAUAUUGAUGACCCAUUUUAUUAGCUCUGAAAGAUCUAUCUGUUUGAUCUACAUUGAAGUUCAAUUGACUGUUUUAUAUUCUGGUUUUUAAAGCUCCCAAAACCAGUAACGAAGUCUGUAUUCUAUAUAACAAGGCACGAUCAUGACUAUGUGGGAACAAAAGUAAAACUUUAGCUGCACUUUCAGGAUGAGGGAUGCAAACUCAAAGUUUUCUCUCUGAUAAAUCUGAUCAUUUACUCUCUAAAAAACAAAACAAAAAAAAAACCAUUACCUUCAAAACAAAAACUACACCAAAUGUCUUUUUCCCUGAAUUGUCUAUUUCCCAUAGCUGCAUGAUGGCUGUAACUGAGGCAGCACCAAGGUUUAUAGAUUCCUGUCUGUGGAUCGAAUGUGAAGCUGACCUUAAAGUAGACUCACUGUGUUUAUGUUCCUCUUCGCUCACUCUGUUGUCACCUGAGCCACCUGACAGGCAUGUUCAUGAGUAAACCAGUGGAGGAGGUGACGUCCUGAAAUUGAUUUUUAGUGCACAGCUGAAUAGGAAAGGCCUGUGGCUAAGCUGUAAUCUAAACAAAUGCUGCCUGAAGUCUCUGCGCUCCCUCGUUUAUUUAACAGAUACAUCAGACAGAUGGAGAAACCUGUCUCUAAGACAAACUGUUCCACCUGGAUACUUUCUCUUUUCCUUUUUUUUUCUUUCCUUUCCAUCCAAACAACUUGGAAAAAUGGCCUGCCUUCUUGAAGUGCUUGAUGAAUUGACACAGCUUUUCGUCAUGCAGAUGCCAAGCUCUGUAUUCUGUUUUGACAUUGAUGGACACACAUCUCAGCUCUCUCUCUAUUUCUCUUCUUCUCACGUUUUUCUGCUGGAGGCGACGGAUCGCUCCCAUCAAGGGCGUCUGUCAGAAUCUGUGGGCUGAAACGACCAGCUGCAGCACAGGAAGCCUGGGAAAAAAAAAACAUGCUUUUGCUUUGCAGCUGUAUCAAAUGCUGAGAGGCGCUGAGCUUCAACAAUAGCGGGUGUGACUGAGAUUGUCACUCGCCUGUGUGUGUGUGUGUGUGUGUGUGUGUGUGUGUGUGUGUGUGUGUGUGUUCUGGUAUUCAUCGCCUCAUGAGGACAAAAGUCUGUUUACACAGUCACCUCAUGGGGACCUCUUGCAGUUUGGGGACCAAAAUUGAGGUCCCCAUGAGGGAAACCCUUUUAAAUGAUUGCAGGAGCUCCUCUGAUGUUGCCUAUGUGAUUUUUAGAGUUGGCCCAAAAAGCAUGUUUAUCCACUAGUGUGUGUGUGUGUGGCAUGCACAGUAGCCCCCUCUAUAGUUUUUGGCUGGUAAUGCACUUGUUGGCUCCACACACACAUAUUCCAAAUAUGGGUAGGAACCGCCUACUUCCCAGUCCCCAUUAGGAACAAUAAUAUCGCCGACAUAAUUUUGAGUGUUUAAGUUGUCUUCAGAGAAAUAAGUGCACGGUGGACACAGAGGAUUGUUUGAUGAAGAUGCAAAGACUCACAGGAUUUCUUUACAAAGGAAUGACAGAGAUGCAAAAGGUAAGCACCUAAGUUCAACAAACUUUUUACUACUGCACGAAAGUUUGUAAUUCAGACCAUAAAUACUAGGAUAACUCAGCUUAAACGCCUCAGAUGUUUUAAGACAUCUUUUUAACCAGUUACAAUUUAAUAAAAAGGAGACAAAUUCAAAUCAAAAUUAGUGAUAGGUAGGCUCAUGGUUCAAUACAUCAAGAAAAGCUAAUUGUUUCUCUUCAUAAGAUACAAAACUAGCUUUCAGAUAAAACUAUCUCAGCUGCAUUAAAACUUUCUCCAACUUCAUAGUAUCAAUACUAUAUAUAUAUAUAUAUAUAUAUAUAUAUAUAUAUAUAUAUACACACAUAUAUAAAAACAAAGGUCUGACUAAGGUAAUUUGUGUAUUUUUUAAAUACAAUUCAAACAGUCAAACGAAAUGCGAUUUCCAUCUUUUAAAAAAGUGAAAUUUGAGUUUCUAGAUGGAAAUUAUGACAACAUUAAAAUACUGACGUGAGAAUACAACUUCCUAUCCGUGGCUUUUAUUUUGACAUCAUGGAGGAAGUCAAGUAUGUUUUAAGUCUGAACGUAACAUCGAGCCACGGUUGAAAUGCAGCUGAUGGUAAUCAGGAAAACGGAGAGCAUGGUGCAGGAUCUCAGACACAUGCAGUAAGUGCCAGGUGUUUUUACAGACUUUUAUAUUUUCAGAAGUAAAGAAGAAAUGACAUAGCAGGGGUUUCUGAUUGAUUUGUAGUUUUACAGCUUUUCCACAGUGUCGACAUUCAGCACAUCAGUUAGCUAGCUAAGACGUUAUUUAGCUAACCCCUUUAGUUGGAUCAAAAGUUUUCACCUGUCCAGUGUCAGUUUGACAAAAUUUAGGUCCAGAUCAUUAAAAUAAUUACCAGAGACUUUCUAGAAGUAAGAUACAGUGUAAGUUUUUAUGAUUUUGUGAGAUUUAGAAGUUGGUUUGGGGUGUUCAGUGGGCAGUGAGUAAUGACUUAACAGAUGAUUAGUAAAUACUGUGUAGAAUAUGAGACUAAAUUCACUAGAAGACUUCAGUAAUAAAUGAAUUAUAGAGUUUAUCGUUGGAAAAAAUAUUGGCAGCGUCUGACAACUAUUACAAAGAUUAUCAAUGACCUUGACAUCCUUUCAUAAUAUGAAAGAAAUAAGGGCUGUAUGAGUGAAAACUCUUACUGGUCUUUUUAAUGUAUACAGUGACUAAAAUGGUUACAAAUUCUGACUAAAAUUCACAAAUAGUCCACACUAAACCAGCAAUAGACUAAAAUUUAAUGUAAUGUUCUUUACAGCUUAACACUGGUUUGAAUUGGGUUUUGAAAUCAAAUGUAAAACACCUCUGCAUAUAUAGAUCUAAUACCAUUAAAGCCUUCAUAAUGUGACUACAUUUAUUGCAGGUUUGAAAUAUAUCCCUUGGUUUGAAAUGCCACCACGGAUAAGCCCUCUUAAAGAUGCCAGUCAUCAUGUUUUGUCAAGGUCUGACAAGAUAUCCAAAUUAGAGGUGAAGUUUAUCAAUGCAAUAAAAGGUAAGGUGACAGGACAUAUUUGUGAAUUACUCCUUAUGUAUACAAUUGCCAUCUCAUAAGUAUUUGAUGUAAGAUGUCAGGAUAAACUAGUUAAGCUAGAGAUUGCAGCUUUGUAUAGGCUUACUAUCUCUUGAGGUCUAAAUUAAUACACAGCAUUAAGGUCUCACUUUUCUGUUAAAUGUUUCUGCUAUCUUUUUUAGGACGUGGUGUAUUUGCAAAGACUCCUUUUUGCAAAGGAGAUUUUGUUGUUGAAUACAGGGGAGAUUUGAUAACGGAUGCAGAAUACAGCAGCAGAAGAAAACUUUACCACCCAUCAUGUGCUGCAUUUAUGUUUGCAUUUCAGUGGAGAGGGAAAACAUGGUGGUAGGAUGACACUCUACUAUCAAAGGGUUUUGACUUUCUUAAGAAAUACUGUGAUAUUUAGUUUCUCAUUGUCUUGUGUUUUGAUUUUUCAAGCAUUGAUGCAUCAAGAGAAGAUGAAUCAUAUGGGCGACUGGUCAAUGAUGAACACAGGUCUCCAAACUGUAAGAUGAAAAAAAUUGAGGUGACCGGAAACCCACACCUUUGUUUGUUUGCACUGAACGACAUUAAAGAGGGAGAAGAAAUAACCUAUGAUUAUGGAGAUGCUGACUGCCCAUGGCGAACACAAGUAUGUUGCACUAAGAUUGGCUCAUUUUUUAAAACUGAAGUAAAAAAGUAAUUCAAGAUACAUAAAAAUUAAUAUGUUCAAAGGUGGCUGAGGAAACUGUGAAAGGGUCAAGCAAGUCCCUCCACUCCAAUGUCCCAAAGGAUAAGCACAUAAAGCAUACUCGCCAAAAGGUACAUUGCAUCCAUCUCAGCCCCCAGUGAAGUGUUCUUAACAUGUGUUUAAUUCAGUGCAUUUUUUAUCAAGUCUAAUAAGUAUUCACUAUCAAAAUUUAUAGUUUUACAAUGUGUAUCAACAGGAGGCUAGGACCCUACUAAACUUCCUGGAGGUGGACAUCCCCAAUCCCUCCACCCAGCCGAAGGCUACCAAAGAUGAUGCCAUUGGUCAAGAUAGCACCUCUGAUCAGGUGAGUCAUAUUUAUCACCUUACAUUUCAUAUUAAAACCAUUCUUCUGUCAGAUUUGAUGUCUUACAAUGCUAAAAAGUGACAAAAUAGGGUAAAAAAUCAUGAAAUUCAGUUUGAACCAGUGCACUGGGCAGUCAAAUGUAAACAACAUAGAAGCUUGGUGGUUUGUAUAAGAUAAAGGUUUUGGUUUGAGCCUGCUCUGGAGUUUUCAUAUUGAUUUAUUAUCAGUGAAUUGUAAACACUUACGAUGUCCCCAUAAGACACUUUGAGUAAUUUCUCACUCUGGGUAGAGAAGCAGAUUCAGACACAUCUGGUCCCCACAAGGCAGCUUAAUCUAGUGUGUGAAGUGUCCCCACAAAGUGUAUUGUGUUUUUAGAAAAAAUCCAUGUGUAUUAUAAUGUAGUUAUUGCAAAUUUAUUCAAGUUUCAAUUUCUCCAAAUCAAAUAUAUUUUUGUUAUUUGAUCCACAGGAGACUAGGGGCCUACUGCAUAACCCGGAGGUGGACAUCCCCAAUCCCUCCACACAGCCACAGGCUACCAAAGAUGACACCAUUGGUCAAGAUAGCACCUCUGAUCAGGUGAGUCAUAUUUAUCACCUUACAUUUCAUAUUAAAACCAUUCUUCUGUCAGAUUUGAUGUCUUACAUUGCUAAAAAGUGAAAAAAUAGGGUAAAAAAUCAUGAAAUUCAGUUUGAACCAGUGCACUGGGCAGUCAAAUGUAAAGAACAUAGAAGCUUGGUGGUUUGUAUAAGAUAAAUGUUUUGGUCUGAGCCUGCUCUGGAGUUUUCUUAUUGAUUUAUUAUCAGUGAAUUGUAAACACUUACAAUGUCCCCAUAAGACACUUUGAGUCAGUUUCUCACUCUGGGUAGAGAAGCAGAUUCAGACACAUAUGGUCCCCACAAGGCAGCUUAAUCUCGUGUGUGACGCGUCCCCACAAAGCCUGUUGUGUUUUUUGAAAAAUUCCAUGUGUAUUUUAAUGUAGUUAUGGCAAAUUUAUUCUUUUUUUAUUUCUCUAAAUCAAAUAUAUUUUUGUUAUUUGAUCCACAGGAGACUAGGGGCCUACUGCAUAACCCGGAGGUGGACAUCCCCAAUCCCUCCACACAGCCACAGGCUACCAAAGAUGACACCAUUGGUCAAGAUAGCACCUCUGAUCAGGUGAGUCAUAUUUAUCACCUUACAUUUCAUAUUAAAACCAUUCUUCUGUCAGAUUUGAUGUCUUACAAUGCUAAAAAGUGACAAAAUAGGGUAAAAAAUCAUGAAAUUCAGUUUAAACCAGUGCACUGGGCAGUCAAAUGUAAACAACAUAGAAGCUUGGUGGUUUGUAUGAGAUACAGGUUAUGGUCUGAGCCUGCUCUGGAGUUUUCUUAUUGAUUAAUUAUCAGUGUAUUGUAAACACUUACGAUGUCCCCAUAAGACACUUUGAGUCAGUUUCUCACUCUGGGUAAAGAAGCAGAUUCAGACACAUCUGGUCCCCACAAGGCAGCUUUAUCUAGUGUGUGAAGUGUCCCCACAAAGUGUAUUGUGUUUUUAGAAAAAAUCCAUGUGUAUUAUAAUGUAGUUAUUGCAAAUUUAUUCAAGUUUCAAUUUCUCCAAAUCAAAUAUAUUUUGUUAUGUGUAUCCACAGGAGACUAGGGGCCUACUGAACAACAUGGAGGUGGACAUCCCCAAUCCCUCAACCCAGCCACAGGCUACCAAAGAUGACACCAUGGGUCAAGAUAGCACCUCUGAUCAGGUGAGUCAUAUUUAUCACCUUACAUUUCAUAUUAAAACCAUUCUUCUGUCAGAUUUGAUGUCUUACAAUGCUAAAAAGUGACAAAAUAGGGUAAAAAAUCAUGAAAUUCAGUUUGAACCAGUGCACUGGGCAGUCAAAUGUAAACAACAUAGAAGCUUGGUGGUUUGUAUAAGAUAAAGGUUUUGGUUUGAGCCUGCUCUGGAGUUUUCUUAUUGAUUUAUUAUCAGUGAAUUGUAAACACUUACGAUGUCCCCAUAAGACACUUUGAGUAAUUUCUCACUCUGGGUAGAGAAGCAGAUUCAGACACAUCUGGUCCCCACAAGGCAGCUUAAUCUAGUGUGUGAAGUGUCCCCACAAAGUGUAUUGUGUUUUUAGAAAAAAUCCAUGUGUAUUAUAAUGUAGUUAUGGCAAAUUUAUUCAAGUUUCAAUUUCUCCAAAUCAAAUAUAUUUUGUAAUGUGUAUCCACAGGAGACUAGGGGCCUACUGAACAACAUGGAGGUGGACAUCGCCAAUCCCUCCACACAGCCACAGGCUACCAAAGAUGACACCAUUGGUCAAGAUAGCACCUCUGAUCAGGUGAGUCAUAUUUAUCACCUUACAUUUCAUAUUAAAACCAUUCUUCUGUCAGAUUUGAUGUCUUACAAUGCUAAAAAGUGACAAAAUAGGGUAAAAAAUCAUGAAAUUCAGUUUGAACCAGUGCAAUGUGCAGUCAAAUGUAAAGAACAUAGAAGCUUGGUGGUUUGUAUAAGAUAAAUGUUUUGGUUUGAGCCUGCUCUGGAGUUUUCUUAUUGAUUUAUUAUCAGUGAAUUGUAAACACUUACAAUGUCCCCAUAAGACACUUUGAGUCAGUUUCUCACUCUGGGUAGAGAAGCAGAUUCAGACACAUGUGGUCCCCACAAGGCAGCUUAAUCUCGUGUGUGACGCGUCCCCACAAAGCCUGUUGUGUUUUUUGAAAAAAUCCAUGUGUAUUUUAAUGUAGUUAUGGCAAAUUUAUUCUUUUUUUAUUUCUCUAAAUCAAAUAUAUUUUUGUUAUUUGAUCCACAGGAGACUAGGGGCCUACUGCAUAACUGGGAGGUGGACAUCCCCAAUCCCUCCACCCAGCCACAGGCUACCAAAGAUGACACCAUUGGUCAAGAUAGCACCUCUGAUCAGGUGAGUCAUAUUUAUCACCUUACAUUUCAUUUUAUUACAAUUUUUUGUCAUGUUUGAUGUCUUACAAUGCUAAAAAGUGAAAAAAUAGGGUAAAAAAUCAUGAAAUUCAGUUUGAACCAGUGCACUGGGCAGUCAAAUGUAAACAACAUAGAAGCUUGGUGGUUUGUAUGAGAUACAGGUUUUGGUCUGAGCCUGCUCUGGAGUUUUCUUAUUGAUUUAUUAUCAGUGAAUUGUAAACACUUACGAUGUCCCCAUAAGACACUUUGAGUCAGUUUCUCACUCUGGGUAGAGAAGCAGAUUCAGACACAUGUGGUCCCCUUAAGGCAGCUUAAUCUAGUGUGUGACGCGUCCCCACAAAGCCUGUUGUGUUUUUAGAAAAAAUCCAUGUGUAUUAUAAUGUAGUUAUGUCAAAUUUAUUCUUUUUUAAUUUUUCUAAAUCAAAUAUAUUUUUGUGAUUUGAUCCACAGGAGACUAGGUGCCUACUGCACAACAUGGAGGUGGACAUCCCCAAUCCCUCCACACAGCCACAGGCUACCAAAGAUGACACCAUUGGUCAAGAUAGCCCCUCUGAUCAGGUGAGUCAUAUUUAUAACCUUACAUUUCAUAUUAAAACCAUUCUUCUGUCAUAUUUGAUGUCGCAUAAUGCUAAAAAGUGACAAAAUAGGGUAAAAAAUCAUGAAAUUCAGUUUGAACCAGUGCACUGGGCAGUCAAAUGUAAAGAACAUAGAAGCUUGGUGGUUUGUAUGAGAUACAGGUUUUGGUUUGAGCCUGCUCUGGAGUUUUCUUAUUGAUUUAUUAUCAGUGUAUUGUAAAAACACUUAAGAUGUCCCCAUAAGACACUUUGAGUAAUUUCUCACUCUGGGUAGAGAAGCAGAUUCAGACACAUGUGGUCCCCACAAGGCAGCUUAAUCUAGUGUGUGAAGUGUCCCCACAAAGCCUGUUGUGUUUUUAGAAAGAUUCCAUGUGUAUUAUACUGUAGUUAUGUCAAAUUUAUUCAAGUUUUGAUUUCUCUAAAUCAAAAAUAUUUUGUAAUGUGUAUCCACAGGAGACUAGGGGCCUACUGAACAACUGGGAGGUGGACAUCCCCAAUCCCUCCACCCAGCUGGAGGCUCUGAUAGAUGACACCAUGGGUCAGGAUAAAACCUCUGAUCAGGUGAGUCAUAUAUAUAACUUUUCAAUUCAUUUAAAACCUUUUCUUUUAAAAUAAGAUAGGGUUAAAUUAGAAGCACCUGUUGAUCCUCUAUGGGAAAUGUCAUUACUUUCAUGUUUUUUUUUUUCUUAUACAGCUAAAAAGUGACAAAAUUGGGUAAAAAAUCAUGAAAUUCAGUUUGAACCAGUGAAUUAGGCAGUCAAUUGUAAAGUUUGUAGAAGCUCGGUAGUUUGUAUGAGAUACAAGAUCAAUCUGAGCCUGCUCUGGAGUUUUCUUAUUUAUUAAUUUUCAGUACAUUGUGAACACUUACGAUGUCCCCAUAAGACACUUUGAGUAAUUUCUCACUCUGGGUAGAGGACCAGAUUCAGACACAUCUGGUCCCCACAAGGCAGCUUAAUCUAGUGUGUGAAGUGUCCCCACAAAGCCUGUUGUGGUCAAUAGAAAAAUCCUGCAUAUAUUAUUUAAUAUAAACAUCAAGGCACCUUAUCUGUAAUGUACUAGCUUUUUACAUGCUUAACACAGCCUUAAAAAAAAUGCCAUACUGCCAAUAUAUCCACUGCACUGAUAAAAUUUGGUAGUAAAGGGACAAUUCAAUUUUAUUAAGUGUAUAUUCUGUUAUAUUGGAAAUAUGAUGUUUAUAGUUUCUUUUGUUGUCAGAUUGUCGCCUCUCAGAGUGACGUUGAGAUCUCUGUGCCAAAGUUGAGACGGACCAAAAGUGUCAUUGUAAGUUUCAAAAUUGAAGUCAUUAAAUAUGAGAGCCUUGAAUGCCUCUGACUUUUUCUCAAAGCUGAGGGAAAUGGCAAAUGUAAAGACAUUCCACAUUUCAGUAUUCAAAACAUCUCUGAAGAAAUUUUUUUUGUCUUAGUUUUCAGCAAAUUUGAUGUAAGGUUUAAAGUCAGAUCAUGAAUAUGCAAUAUUAAUCUAACUGUGUUUAAAACAUGAGAGUAGACACCUGUCUCAUUGCAUCUUAGAAAUGUUACUAGUCUGGAUCUUUGGCUGUUUUUCACUUAAGUGAGAGACCUGUCUCUUGUCAAGGCCAAAGUUGUGUGCAAAUAUAACUGAGUGGCCUCAUGGUUACCAAGACCUGGCAGAGGUUUUGUCUUAGUGAACACUGUAAAGAAGCAAUUGAGCAUAAUUGUACAUGCUUUCCAAAACUGAAAUAACAAAAUCAGUCCAUAACAUAUGUUUCCCUUGAAUAUUUCUCUGUACUGUUUGUUAACCAAAUUGAAAGUUUUACAUAUUUUGAAUUACAUUUCUUUUUUUUAGAUGAAAGACAUAAAUCUUGAAGAUUCUGCUGAACUGUAUGAUUCUGCAUCUGAGAGUGGAGAUGAUUACAUUCCAGAUACCACAUGCGAAAGUGACAGUGAUAGUGAUACUAGCCUUCACCUUAGCCCAAAGACUCAAAGGUCUCUUGCUGACAAAACUUAUGUUCCUGACCCAGUGAGCUCCCCUGAAGUUGACAGCACAACGCCAGACCAUCUCUUUCUUCCAUCCAAAGCCACUGGAGCAGAAGAAGAGCCUUGCUCAAGCCAGAACAUAAAUGACGUGAUAGUUGUUACUGCAUGCCAAAAGAGAGCUGGGAAAAGAGUUUAUGACAAAAGACAUUAUUGUCUGUAUUGCUCUAAGCCUUAUGCAAAGAUGGCCAGACAUCUAGAGGCUGCACAUAUGGAUAUAUCCAGUGUAGCCAAAGCUCUAAGCUUUCCAAAGGGCUCCAAGAAAAGAAAAUUACAACUAGAUUAUAUUCGCAACCAAGGGAACUUUGCACACAAUGCUGCAGUCAUGGAGUCAGGAAAGGGGAAACUUGUUGCAUUCAAACGACCAGUUGAAGAGUUAGAGGGAAAGGACUUUAUGCAUUGUGCAUAUUGCCAAGCACUUUUUACCAGAAAAGUCCUGUGGCGACACAUGCGUAGAUGUAGACUCAGACCUGAAUCAGUCACCCCCAAACCAGGAAAGAACCGUGUCCAGUCCAUGUGUAAAUAUGCAGAACCUGUGCCUUCCUACAUAAAAAAAGAACUGUGGGAAGUAAUCAGUAGCAUGAAUCCUGACCCAAUCACUGACAUCAUAAAAAAUGACAAAGUCAUUCUUGAUAUUGGACAACACUUGCUAAACAAAGGUGGGUCAUCAGACAAAAAUAAACAGAAUGUGAGAGAGAAGAUGCGAGAAUUGGGAAGGUUGAUCAAGAGUGCCAGGAGAGGCACCACAUUAAACAAAAUGGAGGACCUCAUCAAUCCAGAGAAGUACAUGGAGACUGUCAAAGCUGUCAAGCUUACAUGUGGGUAUGAAAGUGACACAAACAAGUUCCUCAUUCCAUCACUGGCUAUCAAACUUGGAAAUGCCCUGGUUAAAGCAAGCAAACUAUUAAAAGCUCAGGGUUUAAUAUCCAACAACAACGAGCUUGUGAAGAAUGCCAGUGGGUUUCAAGAGGUGCAUCAGGAGAAGUGGAAUGAAGUGAUCUCAGCAACUGCCUUGAGAAACAUCAGGGAAGCAAAGUGGAAUGUCCCUACUCUUAUGCCCUUUACCCAAGAUGUCCAAAAGAUGCACACUUAUCUCAGUCAAAUGCAAGAUGAGUGGCACAAAUCUCUCUCAGAAAGUCCCUCUACAAGAGCCUGGAUGGAGCUGGCAAAGGUGUGUUUGGCCCAGAUUAUUCUCUUUAACCGUCGCAGGGAGGGUGAGGUGUCAAGCAUGCCCUUAUCGGCAUUUUUAUCAAGAGACUCCACUGAUGCACAUGAGGAUGUGGACUGGGCACUCUCUGAAGUGGAGAAAAAGCUGUGCAGACACUUCUCAAGGAUUGUCAUCAGAGGUAAACGUGGUCGGCCGGUCCCAAUACUUCUGACUCCAAAAAUGCUGUGUUUACUGGAACUCCUUGUCAAACAGAGAGAGGCUUGUGGGGUUCUAAAUGAAAACUGUUAUAUGUUCGCAAGACCAGGAGCAAUGUCACAUUUCCGAGGUUCAGACUGCCUCCGUAGCUUUGCAAAGGGGUGCAAUGCAAAGUGUCCAAGGUCACUGACAUCGACCAGACUUCGAAAGCAUGCUGCAACUCUUUCGACAGUGCUUAACAUGACAGAUACGGAGAUGGACCAGCUGGCCAACUUUCUUGGCCAUGACAUCAGAAUCCACCGAGAGUUCUACAGACUCCCUGAAAAGACCCUACAGCUUGCCAAGAUAAGCAAGGUUCUAAUGGCACUUGAGCAAGGAAGAUUAUCUGACUUUCAUGGCAAGAACUUAGAUGAAAUAAGGAUAGAGCCAGAUGGUAAGUUAUUUUAUUUGACUUUUUUGUUUUGCUUUGUUUACCAGAUUAUUUAAUUCACAUUGGAAGAAUGUACUCUGUACUACUUUCACAGAAAAAGUUCUUGACAGUGAAGAAGAAGAGGAUGACAGGAGCAUCCAGGGGGAAACUUCUACUGUUGAAGGUAUGUCUUGUCAGUUAAUUACUGAUGACAUACCAGUUACCAGCUAUUCUAAUACACUAGUUGUACUCUAACCCUCUGGUAAAAAUUGUUAGUCCCCCAUCUCAAUCUUUUAAUUAACUGACAGUUGAAAGGGAGAGUAAGUUAUCAAGAAAUCUUUACUUGGGUCUGUCAUGGCAUAAGAUUUUUAUCAUGGGCCAAAAGAAAUUCACUCUUUAUAGAAAACUUGGCAAAAAUGACACUGUCAUGUCAAAUUAAUCUUGAACUUUGUCUUUUUUUUGCAAAAUACUCUGAACAUGCUCACAAAGAGAUGGAGAGAGACUACACAAAUUUUGGUGAUUAUCCAUCACCUCUGAGUUUGAGGAGAUGUGUGCUCAACGAGAUGAUAUAAUUGACAUUCAUAAAUAAAUAUCAAUUUCUCUACACUUCUUGAAAAUGUGGAAUUUGGUCUUUGUCCAUAGAACCAUCAGCAGAGGGGUUGUGUCCUCCUACAGAAGAGAGUGAAAUGCAGCAGUCAGCAUCCAAAAGACGCAGACCACCAUCACCAGGUGAUGAGGUACCUCCAGGUGGGGCUAUGAAGCCUUCCUCCAAAGGUAACUAAGCUGCUUGAAUUCACACCUGAUUUUCGUCUUUGCUGUUUUAAUUAAUAAUUAUUUUGAUUUAAACAUUUUGGUGUAGAAUUGUCACUGUUGCAACUGAUUUGUUUUGCUUUAGUUGCACAGAAAUAUCAAGAUUACAAAGCUUAGGAUCUUGUCAAGGGUUUCAUGCUUAUUCCGUUAAAUACAGGGCUUUUUCAAUUCAUUUUAGAGGAUAACCCCAAUGCAGUAAUAACAAUUAUGCAGGAGUGCUUGUACAAAAUGUGCAUCACAUUUAUUUCAAAAAGAAACAAUAAAGUUCAUAGCUUCAUGAACUAAAUGUUAUUUUCAAGAGUUGAACUUUUUGAAAAUUAUUUUAUUUACAUUAAAAACAGUCCUUACUGUUUACAUUCAGGCAUGAAAUAAAUGUAAGGAAAUCACACAGAUGAAAAUGUAUUUCUAUUCAUCAGCGCAAAUAACUACAAAAAAUGGCAUACACUAAUUAUUUUUCUUUGCCCCUUUUUUAAUCACAAUUUUGUUUUUCUGGCCGCCUCAAGGCAAAGCUCCCCAGAAAAAACAGAAGAAAAUGCCCUGGCAACAGAGAGAGGUGCAGGCGGUGGAAAGGCACCUGAAAAGAUUCAUUACAUCCUGCAUUGUACCAUCCAAAAGCGACUGUCAGAAGUGUUUAAGUGCUGAACCAGAAGCUCUGAAGGACCGCACCUGGCAGAACGUAAAGUUCUAUGUGUACAACCGCAUUACAGCUUUCAAAAGGAAAGUGCAACUUCAGUAAUUUGAGAUAACCAUUCCUACGGUAGGUCAUUUUUUGUUAAUAUUCACUUGUGGAUCACACUGAACACACUGCCUCCUUCUGCACUGUAUGUUCAGUGUUUCAGUGCCAACUAAAAUCAGUUAGUUAUUUGCAAGGAAGCGUAAAACCCUCCACACUUUUCCUUUUUCUCUCAGUCUGCUGAGUGAUGUUUUUCCUUGUUUAAUCUGGUUACUGAAGACCUUCUUUUGUGUCCACAGUUCACAUUUUCAGUUCCUAUGGAGAACUCAGGCAUUAAGACUUGAAAUUGUUAGAAGUUUGAGUGAGUUUAUACUAAAUGUGAUAUUGUUGGGUGUCUACUUAAAUUCACACUGAUGAUAGAAUGAUGGUGAUGUAAUCACUUUGCAGAACUCAGGCAUUAAGAUUUUUUUCUUUUUUUUUUGUUAUCUAUUUGACUCCAAACUUUUUGUUGGUGUGUUGGAUUUAUUUCAGGAGUUGUAUUCAUUAAAAAUUGAGUGUUGCCAUUUAAAAAAUUCUGGUGCCUCGAAGUUCAUUUGGUAGGGGUAGUUUUGCUGAUUUCACACAAGGUGUCAGGAGGUUGAGGAGCUGGGGCUAAAGCUGGGCGGUUGUGGUUAAAAUGUAUUAAAAUUAUUCAUUAGAAUAGAGAGUCUUUACCUUAUUUAUGAAUAUUACUUUAAUGAUACAGAUGAUAUCAUUAGACCUAUGAAUACAUUUCAAUCUCUUAACAAGCUCUUAAGGUGGCAACAUAUACAGCAAGACUUUUGCAAAAGUGAUCCUUUGGAUCACUUAAACCUUUUCAGACCCCAAACUUCACCUCUUUAUUUACAUAUUGAAACUAGUCAAAAUAACGAAGUUGUGUGAUUGAUUUGCAACAAAUGUAUCUUUUAUUCCUGCUUAGAGUCCAUCCACACAUUAAACUUUAAAAAGAAAUGCAAUAACCAGAGGAUUUACUACAUUUAGAUAUAAUAAUAGUACAUUUAUUGCUAAGUCCCCAAUAAUCAUGACCAUUGUUGUGUUAAAAAUGCAAAAUUAUGCAAAUGAUAUUUAAAUUUAGUCCCCAUCAGUAACAUUCAACCGGUUCUUUAUAGGUCCCCACUUAGGAUGGGGACAACAUCAACUCAUCAAUUCAGACAUUUGAAGUUGUGUAUGAGCUAACAGGCCUCUGUUUAGUCUACUUGAUUUUUUUCAGUCCUCCAGAGCCUUUAGAAAGGGUGGUCCCCGGAAGUAAUGAUCAAAACAUUGGUCCUCAUCAACCAUGGAAACCAGUAUGUGUGUGUGUGUGUGUGUGUGUGUGUGUGUGUGUGUGUGUGUGUGUGUGUCCGUGAAAACCUCAGUGGUGUAGGUUCACUCAGUUACCUACCACAGCUCAAAUAGAAGUCGAGUUUUAAGGCUUGAAGAUGUGAAGUUAGUCCUCCACCUGUAGUUCAUGCCCUCCUGAGGACCAGGAGCACCACAGCAGCCUUUGUGAAGUCCCCUCACAGUUUCCUCUUUGUCUAAAUUUUUCAGUUGAACCAUGACACAUCAUUUAAAAGGAACUCUAUUACAAAACAUGUUGACCUUAUUGGUUUAAAUAUGUAUAACAGACAUAUGCAGUUGAAAGAAACACGAAAGAUUUCUACAAUUUGAAAGCUUUUAAAAAAUUAAUUUUCUUGUGCGCUGCUGUUGUUCAUUUACACUGUGACGUCAGAUGGUUGCUUUGCUCUGCUGCUUCCUAUGUCUGAACUUUCCCUGUGUGACGUCUGUCGAGUCUAUUUCAAAAGUGCAAGUGCAUUGUGAGUCCAGAGGACAGUAAUGAAGAUGUUACUCCUCGUGUGGAUCAAAAUGAGAACUUACCCAUAUCCGUGUUAUGAAAUGUGUGUUCUUACUGUCAUCUCCUGGUAGUGUCAUUAAAGCAUGUGGAGACAGAAAUCAUGCACUAGAUUAGGUUGCAAAUACAGCAGAGGUAGAUCACAUGGGGCUUUUUAUGCAAUCAGGAACAGAGAGAUAAAUGGGCUUGACAUAUGUACAAAUUAAGAGUAGGGCCCUAUGAUUUCCCCAUUCGCGGUAUCGCUGACAGAAUCAAGAGUUGGCCAAUAAAAACGCAAUCUAAUGUUAAAUGUAGAAUUUCAUGGAAAUUGGCAUAAUGUGACUCAAAUGUUGUUAUUACGAGGAUAAGGAACGUUUGUCAAGGGAAAUGUUCCCGCUCAUUCGUGGCACCACCUGUGCAUCUCUUCACAAACACUCACCCGCCCCCUCCCUCCUGAAUAAACAGCAUGUGGAAGUGGCUUCCAGAGACACCGGCUACAUCUGCGAAAAACGUAGAAACUCUUGUCUUGCCAUCGACUGGAAACGUGAAAAUAGGUCUGAUGACCACUCGUCGUCUAAAACCAAUGUGAAAAACAAAGAAAAUACUGUGCUGCUGCUAAUGCUAGCUAAUGCUAAAAAUGAUUAAAACUUAAUAACUAAAGCACUUUUUGAUACAUUACUACAUUAUGUUUUGACUUGAAAUACUGGACAGUUAUUUAUUACAGCUAUAAAUUUAGGAAUAUCUGCAUUUUAUUUACUGACACAAAAAGCACACACCCUAUGGUAGUACAUGAGUGUAAAAGGUAAAAAAAUGGAAUUUUGAACAAUUAAAACGAAAAAAAAAAAAACGGAAUUUGGAAAAACAUAAAACACAUUUUCGUAGGGCUUCAUAUUCCUCCACACUUAAACUGCAUUCACAUUAUUGACAUAGCCUUGACAGACGACUCUUGGAGAUAAACAGCAGCUAGAGUGUAGCAACCAUCUGACAUCACAGUAACAAUGGCGGAGUAUGGCCAAGUUCACUUUUUAAAAUGUAUUCAUCUUUCAUCUAAAACAUGAUGUUAAUCCAAUACGAUCCACUUGCCUUAUUUCACAGAGUCCUUUAAAGUUGCAAACCUGACUAAGAUUUAGAAUCACAAGGUAACUUAUUAUACAAGGAGAGUCCCGACAUAGUCCACAUGACACAGCUAUCCUACAUUAUUUGAUAAGAUUCAAGGCAAUCAGUCUGUAAUACAUCACAUUAUCUGUCUAGCUGUGUGUUAAAUAAUGCUGUCCAGGGUAUUACCUGUUUAAAUUUCCAUGUGAUAAACAAGUGUCACAUUGCGAUAUCAAUGAUAUAGCAAUGCAGAUGCAUAUGGCUCUGGUCAGUACUGGCUGGUAUCAUUCAAUCUACAGCCACUGCUUGAAAGCUACCAGAAAUAUUAAGGUAGACUGUUUUCUUUCAUGUUACUCAGUGCAUGAGUGGACGUCAUGAAUUAAUCAAGCCACCUUAAAUGUCAAAAUGAAAACUGAUAAUGAAAUUUGUUUUAAUGGUCUCUUUUGUGAGACAUACGCUUGAGUGAUAAUCGGAUCUUGGAAAAACUAAAAAGAAAGUGAAAAAGCAAUGCUAGGUGCUGGUCUAGCAGUGCCACAUUUAAUGCCUCUCUCCCUGCCUGAUAACAGACUGAGGGGUGCAAAGUUCAGAUUAAAAGUUGAAUUUUUAUGGUUCGCCUGAUUGUUCUUGUGUAUUUUCAGGUGAGGCACACAAGGCUGAAAAAGCAGAAAGUCCUCAAGGUAGUCAUAGCUCAGCAUCUAUAACCCUCCUGAGGAUCCAGUCUGCACAUUCUCAAAUACAGAUAUUGGCAUCAACCUUAAAAAGCCUGCAUAUUAUUAUUGAACAUUCAGGGAUAUGCAUUUUAAGGCAGUGUUUACAUAUUGGCAGGUGUUUGAAUAGAAAAGGAUUGGAGUGUCAAAAAACACAACAGCCAGCUACACAUUCAGGUAUUCCCGCAGUGAAAAAGCAUGAAAGCCUUCCGCUGGAGUGAGAUGAUACCACAGAGAGAUGUGUUUUCUGGAUGAUGGUGUCCUCUCCCAGAGAACUGAUGAGGCUUGGAGAGAAUUGGGUCUGAUGACAGGAGGAGGAAAGCUUUUCAGAAACCUUUCUUCUGUCCUGGCUGAUGUCUCUGUCAUUUUCAGCUGUAAAGCACACUCUGAAAGAUUCCUGCUUUGCAGCCCAAUAAAUGCCCGGUAACAAAUUCUUUUAUAUUUAACAAAUACAUCUUGAGUUACUUGUCUUAACUUACACAUUUUACAUGUUUCACGACACCAUACAUGACACCUGAUAUGAAUUUCUAUAGCAUACCUUAUGUUACAGUUGCUAAUAAGGCUGUCACUUUUUAAAAACUAGUCUGAACAAGCAUCAAACAUGACAUGCUGUUUGUGUUAAAAACGCUUUUAGUAGAAGAAAAUGUGAAUUAAAAGAGAAAAUUUCAUAAUCUCAAACAGUUGGCUUUUCAAACAGUCUAAUGACUCAUUUUUCAAAUAGUAUUUAAAUAAAAAUAGGGUAUAAAAUUUGACAACUUGAUCAGAACUGCGUGUGGGUUUUUCUUUUGAUGUUUCUUGCUGUUGUUUCGUGUUCCACUGUACCUGUAUGCCCAGGAUGGUUUGAUGCAGCAUAUGACCUCUAUGUAAUUCAUGAAUGAAUAAUGACUGUAUUAAUUUACUGAGAUUAAGAGCGCUAUUCAAUAGUCAGGUAACGAUGAAAGCGCCCUCUGCUGGAUCAAACUGACAGCUACUUCAGCCGGCCCAAUACAUUUAGAGUUUGAACAGCUCAUUACAGUUUGUAUUCAAACUUUACCACAAAGUUCCAAUGAAAACUCAGAUUUCAGAAACGGUUCAGUUCUGUUUUUCUACUCUUAUUCUUGUAAAAAAAAAACUGAGCGAGAACUGAAACGAUGAAAUGAUGGUGCUCAAAGUUUUUUUGUCUGUUUUUGGAUUUUUUUUUGGGUUAGAUUUUAGGUCGUACAUUUCUGACUUUAUUUUAUAAUUUGUGACUUUAAUUAGACACUAUUUAGUUUGGAAACAGUGGAGAAGCCUGCUGGGAUGCCGGGUUCAAGAGUGUCUUAAAGUGUCUUAAAGAGACAGUAGUUGAGAUGUGGCCUCUAUCUUCAUGUCAGGCGUAGGCUGAAACAAGAAAAUAAUUUUGAGAUAAGUUAACACUUAUGCUUGUGCUGAACAUAUACCAUGUGUUUUGUAUUUUGGCUGUUUUGUCUGCAUUGAUAUGAAUUGCUUUCCCCUGCGUUUCUACAAAGUACGGAGUGGUUGAAGGACAGAUUCUGCACAUUCUGUCUUCUUUUAUAGGAACGUUUUAAAGGAAUCAGUCUUGCAGAUAGAGAAGAGGUUAAGUGUUUACAGUAGCAAUCCUGACUCCUGUUUCAACACGUAACUGUCAGCUCCAUCUGUCUUUAGAGGGAGGUAAAUGAGAUGCAGAUUAAGCUGAGGGCAAUUCUCUUUCAUGAUGAGCACCAAAUUUCCCUUACAUAUGUUUGGAGUCAUUGGUGCGACGUGAGAAGUGUAACACAUUUGCAGUGCCUGUUAGCAGCAGCAACAUAUUGUGGUGAUUUCUCUCUUUUUUUUUUAAAGCUGUUCUCCCCUCCCUCCUCUUCGCUGAGUGGAAGGUGGCAGGCUGUCAGAAGGAUUUUAAUGUGUCGAGGCAGCAUGUGACAACUCCAUUCUCUAUGGACUGUGUUCCUCGCUGCGGCUUAAAUCUCUCACUGAAUGGAGAAUCUUAACCCAGUUGAUGUCACCAGGAAUUUAUGUUUAUUCGUUUCUAAGAAUAAAUGCUUGAGAAUCUGCUCCACUUUGGUGAUGGGCUGCGUUUCCUCUUCAUCAUAACCACCACUGCUUCAGCAGGGCCUGCUCUCUGUCUUUUUUCACUUUGUGAUUUACAUCAUGUAUAUUUUAAAAGAACCACUUCUCAGACAAGAUGUAGCCAUCUUUAUUUAAUGAGCGACACAUUUUUCAAAUCACAACAUUUGACAGCUGCUCCUGUAAAGCAAGUCACUACAACAGUUUAUAAUCUUUGGUCUGCUGUUAAGGUGGGUGCUAUCCUCCCCCACAUUAUAGCAGGAUGUUACCGUGAUUAAUAAGAAAUCACCUUGUAGAUCUUCAGAGGAGUGGCCUAGAUUAAUUAUAUGUGUAGUCUUCAUACUGUCAACAUGAUAUUACAACAAAAACCGUACCAAGUCACUUCUUCAGUCCAUAAAUUCCACUCAACACUGCCCCUUUGAUACUUGGUUGCUUUACAGAGCACCCCCGAUUAAAAUUUGGAUCUACAAACAGGAAGUCAUCCUCCCACUGAGCUCCUCUGUUGACAUCUAUAAUGCAUAGCCACAAGAUCUUUCUUGUAAAUCAUCUCUAUUGUUAACGGAGUUGCUUUCAGAGCAUGUAAAUUCAGUUUACAUCACUCCUAGUUCUGGGACUUGCCUUUCUCUAUUGUUAUAUUUUAUGGAAAACCAUAGCUUGCCCACACAUGCCCACAUGUCAGUGGGAUCUUCUAGUUCCUUGUCAUUUUGUGUGAGUGGUCUGCUUCCAUCUUUGACUGACAGGUCAGUGUCAGAUUUCAUGAAUAUUUGCACUCCUAUCCUGCAGUGAGUGGUGCAACUCCAACUUUUUAUGCUACUGCACAAGCACUCUUAUAAACGCAAGCACAUAAGAGCUACAUUUAUCAAAAUCCCCACCAGAGCUAUCCGUCACCGAUAUGAAUUGAUAGGUUCCAUUUUACAUCUGUAAUUUGUGCACUGAUUUGCAUACCAUAAACAUUUGGUCUAGAUUUUCUGGCUUCCCCCUGUCAUGGGGUCAGACCCUGAAAUGCUGCCAAAUGCAGGGGUCAUGUUUUUCUUCAGGGACCACAGCUCCCCAUUUUUCUUUUCUCCCAUCUGACUUUAAGCUGUCACAUAAUGAUCAGUAGAUAUAAGAAACAGCAUCCUGUCGGAGGGAUAUAUUGAAAUGCAACCACACAUAGAGAAGCUGGGAAAAUACUGCUUAUUGAGGCGGUAUUGCAUGUUUUCAUGAAGUCCUCUCGAUAGCAGUACACAGCGGUCUACGUGUCCACGUGCAAACCUCAACCAGAAAGCCACUCUAUAGCCACAAAUAAUGCUCAGAACAGCACCUAACUUCAUCAACAGUACGUCAACCUAACCCUAACCCUAGAUUAUCAGCCAUAGUACUAGCCAUUAAACAUCAUUUUAGCUUUGCCUGGUUUCUUUGGCAAAGAGACAAAACACAACUCACCCACUCUCCUCCAGCAGCUGCUUGUUUGUGAGGGAGCCCUGACGAGUCGAUCACCGAGUGCAGCGGAUCAUUUCCUUGAAGUAAUAAUCAUCAUUACAACCAUUUUAACUGCAGAUGCGGUGGUUCUUCUGCCUUAGCAUCGUGGCCUGAUUGCAUUUCCAUGAAGUAAUGAUACAAAAUGUUCUUCCUUGAGCUGCGAAACUCCAUUGCAGCAUGUGGAGACAUAGACCGCUGUGUAUUGCUAUCGUGUAGUCGUUACCAAAGUUGGUAUAACUACAGAAGCAGGCAGUCGACAACAUUCAUCUCUCGAGGGGGUGUCUAACUCGGUGUUAUGGUGUGUUUGACCCUAACUUAAUUUUAUGCCGAAAUAUCCCUUUAAGGUCUCAGGAUGGACAAACUAAUAAAAGAAAAAGCCUUUAAUAUUGGACAAAGAAAAGACUGAAAACUAGAUCCACAUGUAUUUGGAGCACUCUGCAAAAGAACUCAACAGUUGUUUGUUACCUGUUAAGAUCUUUUGUGCUGAAUGUCUGUACUUAUAAAUUGCCACUGACUGACAGUAGGAGUUGGUUUCUGUUCUAAUUAAAGCUUUUACCUCAUGUCAUGGAGGCUAAAAGGAGCUCUUUAGUGUCACCAUGUAUUCUCCCAGGCUGUGUGGCUUGAUAAUACUGGAAAAGCUUUUCAUAGUCUAACAAUCCCUGACACUGCAUCACUCCUGAAUCAGCUGUAAUAAAUUACUUGUCAGAAAUUGUUUUGUGAGUGCAGAAUCAACAAACCUCAGAGGUAGGGCUGAACAAUUUAAUUUCUAUCACAAAUGCAGCCCACAUUUGAUCUGUAAAGACAGGACAGGACAUGCUGUAUGAGUCACAUGAUAUACUGUCGCUCUUUUUCCCCUGAUACAAUGCUUAAGUGCAGCCCCCUCAUCUAAACGCACAAGAGGGGGUGUUGAUGAAGCUGUACGUGCAGAGUCUGUCUCAUGACUGUAAAAUGUAAACUUGAAUGCAGUGCUGCUGCUGCUGUCACAGAUACCCCCACAUAUAUUUGCUUAAUUAAUCAAGCAGCUUCGAAGACAACAUACACUUGCUUCUGCUGCAGCUUAUUCAUGUUUUGGCAAAUAUAUAAUCAAAGAGUGAGCACUGUAUUAUUUUGCAUACUGUGCUCAGUAAUUAAAAUAAAAACAGUAGAUUUUUUUUGGAUGUGUGGAUGGGUGUGAAGUUCCAAAGAAAAGUUGGUCCAAAUUAAAAGGAACAAUUCUUUCUGUAUUUCAUUUUAUUUUUUAUUUAUUUCACAUUGAAUUUCCCCUCGGGGAUAAAUAAAAUUCUUCUUACCUUUAUGUAUCAUACACCAAAAAUAUGAACCUUAGAUCAGAACAAGUGGAUAUGUGAGAUACCUGUUGGCAACCACAGUUUCUCCAGCAGCUGGAAAAGCCUUAGUGAUGAGAUAUCUCAAUGGGAUCUCUGUAAGAUUGAGCUUGUUAUCUUAGGCUGAAAUUCACAAUAUUUUCCCAGAAAUACCUCCAUUAUUUUUCUUAUUUUUGUUCUAUGCUCUGCUUGGCGCUCUAUGAUUAUAUCACCAAAGUGAUUCAGGAAAUUGACUUGGGUUAAAAUAUAAAUAAUGAAAAGUAAAGUUUUCUAAUUGAAAUUUGUAAAUCACUGUCAUUAACUCAGUUUAGUAUUAAGACUAAAUUCACUGUGAUGAGUUUGGACUUCAGUGUUUUUGUCUUUAACCGACUUAUUUUGUAUUACUGGAUGUUGAAGCUUAUGUCCUCUCUUUGUUUGUCUCUGCGCAGGUUUGGUCUCUGGUCUGGAGAUCACAUCUACAGCACCAACAUCUUUAGAGAAAGCCAGCGGUCAGAGUGUGAAACUAGACUGUCAGUUCUCUCUGGCAUCUGAAGACUCUGGACCCCUGGAUAUCGAAUGGAGCUUGUCAUCCUCCGACAACCAGAAAGAAGACAAAGUGGUAUGUCUAGAUACUUUUCACAAAACUUUGAAAAUAGCUGAGAUAUCAGAGCACAUUUAGCAGUUAUCUGAUCUUUGACUGACUUUUUUAGCACACUCAUUAAAUCUACAUUCAAAGACAUGGAGCUUUGUUCUUGUCUUUUGGUGCCUAGCUGAUGAAGUAUUAUCCAAUUUGAUCAAGUUUGUGGCUGUAGAUAUUUUUCACCGCCAGACAGUAUGCCAGUAACAGUUUAAACAAUGUUUUAAGAUUGAAACUCUCUCUGUAGUUUGUGUGUGUUUUUGACUCAUCUGUUCUACUGUGAUGUUGUCUGUAUGAUUGUUGUAUGUGAGAAAUAUAUGUACUUUGGGUUGGCGAUGAAAGGAUUGUUGAGGAAUGCAGAAAAUGUGUAUUCAUAUGGAUAGUGAACUCUAGACAUUUUCAACCCAAUGAUCAGUAGAGGUGGGAAUCACUAGUGGCCCUGUGAUACGAUAUUCUCAUGAUACUUGGGCCACAAUACGAUAUUACUGCGAUUUUUAACAUUUUGCUAUGCACAAGUAUUGCAAUACAAUAUACUGCGAUUUAGACAAAUUUUUCAACUGUUUAGCUAAUGUAGCAUUUGUCUUUCCUUUAUGUUUGUCUUAUUUACACUGUAUUUUAUUUUCAUGUCGCACUUCUUGUGGUACUGACUUUCUCCUGCUCAGUGAUGUCACCUUUGCCAACCUCACUGAACAAACAGUUGAUUUUAUUUUUUCAUUAUCAUAGAUUUGACUCCAUAUUAGCUGUUAAUUUUUAAAAAUUGAUACUUGAUAAAUAAGACAAUACGAUAUAUCACCAAACAAAAUAUUGCGAUACUAUGCUGUAUUGAUUUUUUCUCCCACCCCUAAUGAUCAAUAAUGCGGCCAUACAAUGGUUUGAUCAUUGCUGUAGGCAGUUAGGUUACAAAUUUUAGCUUGACAGAUAUUCAAAACACAAUGUUUUUAUACACAGUAGCUCAGCUCACAGCAUCUCAUCACAUAAGAAAAAAUAAUCAGUCUUCAUUUUUGACCAUUAUUCAGUGUUUUGUGGUGUGAGACACUAAGUCUGUCUGUCAUGGAGAGGAAGAGGGUCCUAAUGAGAAUUCAAUGCUGAAAGUCUUAGAGAACAUGGACCUAAAAGCUAAGAUAACAAUUUUGAAAGCAGCUCAGCACACAGCCCCCCCAAUCCUGUUCCUAACUUACUUUGAACUCAACCUAACAUUUUUGACUAUUGUUCAAGUCAUAAAGGAGUGCUUUCUUUGUUUUCUUUGGGAUAGGCUGCUUUACUUUGUUUAUUAAGAGUAGUUCAGCUCCCAGCCCCCUCUGGUCCUGUUAACCAAAGACUUUUUUAGACUUCCUUAAAAACUGAGAGCAGAACAGCCAGCAGCCAUGAAAUGAGCUCGAGUGUAGUUUGACCGGGCAAUUGUGUAUCAUCAAACUGCGCCCAACACAAGUGCUUUAUUUGACCACUGACAGGCUCAGACUGUUAUCACAAGUCCAGAGAAAGGAACAGGUUUUUCCUAACCUUCUACUCAAGCUGGUCUGUGACUCUCCCAGUGUCAGUCACUCACGUGUCCUCCAUUAUCUUUCUGGGACAAGUGAGAUCUCACAAACGUCACAACAACACUUCUCCACCAACAUAAUUUGGUUGUCAACAGACCAUCCUGUGGUCUUGACAUUUCCUCCUCAUUGUAUGCAUUACAUCCACAGGAAAGUUCCCUCAACAAUCACAGCAUUAACAGGAAGGAUGUGAUGAAAGUGAUAUCCAGCACAGUAUGUGUUUGUGUGUGUCUGUUACCAUGAACUAGAGCGAAGGCUGUGUCAUAUCCAGUGUUGGGAUAGUUACUCAUAAAAGUAAUUCGUUACUCGUAAGUAGUUACUUCUGUAAAUUGUAAUGAGAUUACUUCACUAGUUACUGCAUUUGAAAUGUAACUUCAUUACUUAUCACUUUACUUUCCCUUUUCUUAAUUUAUCGUGUAGAGGUACAUUGUCGAACAUCAUAGCCCACUCAUCACUGAGCAUAGUCCUCAUCCUUUUGUUUAUUGUAUAAAUGUAUACAACAUGGCAUGAAAAACUAUUCACACUAAUAUUUUUGUCCUUUCGACUAAUAUAGCGAAAGUAGUGCGAGUAUCGCCUCUUGCCGACUGCCCCUUUGUCGUCGGCCUUCCUUUCUGUCUCCAUUUCGAUCUCCCUUUUGCAUCAUCAGCUACGUCACUCAAAUCGAUCUCUCCAUAGGACUUUCAAAGGUCACAUAAAUGAGUCAGAAAACGGCAUCUUCACAGGCAACUUUUUGUUUACAUUCGACAGGGAGGCUGCAAGAUAGUGACACAGUGAAGAAAAAAAACAUCCACGAAAAAUGAAUCCCGCAAAAGAAAAGACUGUCAGCAUACAGAGAGAAGCUGGACAAUGGUCCGAAGGCUCGAUAUCAGGAUAAAAUAAAAAAGAUGAAAUUGAUCCCUAUGAGCAACAAACGCCCCGGUAUUGUCGCAGACACACAGGCAGCAUGCACCACUUCAACAGAUCAGAACUUUGCACACAGGGAAACACAGCUGAUGUUACGCAGAAAGGCACGUUCCUAUUGUUUAGUAAAGCCAUUAAGUUAAGUCAUUAAGGCUACAACGGGGUGAACUGCAUUGGACCUGUGAUUAUAAGAUGAAGCUAUGCAGAGUUUGAAGUGUAUGUAGCUCCUCUGCUGUCUGUCUGUCUGUGUGUUAGCUUUGCAGGGCAGGCUGAGACACACAAACAGAAUGCAACACACACUAAUGUGCACACUAAACAAAGACUAUAUUCUGUUCUUUUCUGUCUGUAAGGAUGCACAACCUCCCACGUCUCUAUUGCAGGAUUAACUUCAUCACCUCUGUUACCUUGUGAGUUAGUGGGUCACACAGCCCAGUGUAGGAUUGUUGAAACAUAAUACAGUGAACUCUUUAAAUGGAACUCAGGAAGUAUUCAGUAAAAAAGACAAAUGCAGUGGGAGCCACUAACACAUGGAUUGAGACAUUGUUUCUGAGACUCAGCCGCUCACAGGGAGGGAUGGGAACUCUCUUUAUCACAGUCAGAGUCCUUUUUUCUUCAGCCUGGCCCUCAGCCACGGGAAGAGUGGACAGCUCCACUCCACAGGAUCUCCUCCUUCCCUCAGGCAGCUCACAGCCACACAGAGACAGACUCCUGGCUGCUACAGAUAAUCCCUGUGUCGUGGUCCUCCCUUGUGGAUCUCCGCCCACUCCCCCACCUCCCACCUGUCACAAAGACUUCUCAUCCCUCUCCCCCACUUUCUUUUUUGGCACUGUGUCCUGUGGCUUCACUUUUCAGUGGCCAACUGUUAGAAAUAGGUCACCAACUCAACGUCAGUCGUUCCACUUUGUGUCCUUUCGGACCAUUCGGCCAAUCAGCUCUCCUUUUACUCAAGCUGACCCACUCCAUUUAUAGCUUUAUUUCUCCUUCUUUACACAUUUGUUUUUAACAGAAAUCAGAUUAACUGGUUGUGUGAAGAUUUAGUAGGCUUAUAUUUGAGUAGUUAUUAUGAUAAAAAAAUUUGUUUAAGUUCCUAAAAUUUGUUUAACUUUUCUAAAGAGCCAAAAACAAGGAAGAUUUUUUUUAAUCUGCAUUAGAUACCUUGAGCAACAGCUAAACAUAGGCCAUCAUUUGAAUGUUGACGUUAAGAGAACAAUAUAAAAAAGGAUAAAUGCCAAAGAUAAAGUUAGAUUUUUGAGGAAAAAGUCGAAAUGUCAAGAAGAAUCAGAAUUGCAUGAAUACGGAUUAAAUGUCAUAAAAAAAGAAAGGAAUGCCAAAUGUCGACCUUUAUGCAUCAGUGCUAAGCAUAAGAACUAUUCAGAGUAUAUUUCUCCUUUUUUUGCUCCAUAAAUGAUAUCCUGAUGUGAAGAAUAAAGUGGAGCUGUCCAGAAUAUUUUGGUGUUGGUGUUAAAUUUGAUACUGUUGUUUUAAAGCUCCAAGUGUUACUGAAACUAAGGUUACACAGAUGUACACAACAGCAAGUUUCUGCUCUGUUGACUGACGUCAGCACAUCAGGUAAAUUGAGUGUCAGGCAGCAACGUCAGUAUCCAAUGUUUGUCUGUAUCCUGUCUAUAUCUUCAUCACAUGAAAGUCAGUCUGAACAGCUACCACACCUCUCUGCCCAUAUUUGAGGUGAUGGAUUGGGAGUGCUGUGGGAAAAUCUGAAGGAUUGUAAAUGUCCAACAGUUUUGUCUCCUAAUUGUCUUGCUAACAAAAGCAAACCUCAGAGUUUUUGUUAUCAGUGCUGAAUACAAGCAUCUUGACACCUCUGUCGUGGACGGAAAGGGUCUGUUGAAAAUAAUUGCUCAGGUUUAUGGAGGUCGGGGUAACCCAAGACUGCCACAGGGAGUGCCAUAACGGACAAAAAUCAGAAAAGUCCUCACAGCGGCUCAAAGGAAAUAAACACAUUACUACACAGUGUCUGAGGAAGAGCAGCAGUUUGUAUGACAGAGACAUUUUGAUGGAGACUAUAAAGGAGAGUUUAGCAUAUGUUGAAAUACAUCAAAUCUCAUAGAUCAUUAAAAGAUCAGACAAAAAUGAACACACACAUGAGCUCUCUGCUGUCGUAUCUGCUGAUUUGUUGUUUUAAAGGUGGGAUAGGCAGGAUCUGAGGAAAUGCCAGUAUUUUGGAGAAAUCUUGAAUAUAAACGCUACCCCUCCCAACCAGUUUUCCUCUCAGCUCCUCCUCUCCCUUACCUCUCUGCUCCAGAAAGCCCCGCCCACAAACAGACGCUCCAGCUCGCUCGUAUCGUUUCAAUUAAAUUCAGAUAUAAUGCAGAUAAAUACUUAAGAUAAUUACAAAUGGAGCCCAGUCAACGUGAAAGUAAACAGCAUUGAUGCUACUGUAGAUGCCAACAGACUACCAGCAAACAAAAUGUUUGCAGGACUUCUACUACUAGGAUAAAGUGACAUACUCCAGGACCCGAGGUAAACAGUUUAGCGGUGCUACAACACACUGCAGGUCCUGUUUGAGAAGGAACACUUCUGUUACAGACACUUGGCUUACUUUGUUAAAGCGGUUUACCUGUCCAGCAGAAAGGUUACAGGGUCUGGAAGAUCCCAAAGUGUUUACGAUUCAUCGAUGUUGACCCGGCUUCUUAGCUCUUGUCCGGGUGGUCUACCUCCUUUUUAAGCGCCCAUUAUUCCGCCAGAGUAUUUACUUCGUUUUCUUGCUUGUGUCGGCAGUCGUGGCUAAAGGAGGAUUCAGACAAUUUUCUGUACUUUCUGGUUGGUUUCUACUAUCCGAUAUUGUAGCACGCUAACUUUGUUUGGGCUCCUGAACAACUUGGGGGAGCAGCGUCUGCCUCACAACCAAUCAGGCUGGGGGAGGUGGAAAAUAGCUUUGUUUACAGUCAGAAAGAGUGGGACGCUCAAAAACUUUAAAAUGUUGACUACACAGACAUAAGAGAACACAGGGAUAUCAUAUUUUCCCAAAAGUCAUCAAUAACUAAUAGCUAUUGACUGAUAUUAGAGAUGCACCGAUAAAUCGGCCGCCGAUGCGCAUCAGCUCAGACCAAAACUGCUAAAAAUUAGCGAGACUCAGGAGGAAAACAUGUCGGUGAUUUGACACUGUGUGCCAGAGCGACCCAAAACACGCUGUUUGUAAUGCUUGCUAGUCAAAAGUCAGCCGUGGAGGAUUAACGCCUAAGACAUUUGGAACAGAAAAGAAGCACCCGGGCUUGUUUAGGAAUACACUGCCGCUAAGAAGAGGGAUGCAGCAAAGUCGCAGCGACCACAACAACCCACCCCCGUGGCUCAUAUGUUCGACAUCAACACUGAAAAGUCCAAAGCCACGACUAGGAAAAUAAUGGAGUUCGUGGCACUGGAGGACCAGCCGUUUAGCGUAGUACAGGAUAAAGGCUUCGUAAAUCUGGUUAAACUCCUGAGUCCACGGUACAAAUUACCAAAUCGGGCCUUUAUCCUGUACUACGCUAAACGGCUGGUCCUCCAGUGCCACGAACUCCAUUAUUUUCGUAGUGGUGGCUUUGGACUUUUCAGCGCUGAUGUCGAACACAGGAGCCACGGGGGAGGGUUGUUGUGGUCGCUGCGACUCUGCUGCAUCCCUCCUCUUAGCGGCAGUGUAUUCCUUAUAUUUGCUAAACAAGCCUGGGUGCUUCUUUUCCAAGUGGCGUAUUAAGUUUGUUGUUCCAAAUGUCUUAGGCGUUGAUUGGUACAAACUACCAAGUAGGCGGUACUUUUCUGACACAGCGCUGCCAGAGUCGUUUGAGAGAGGUACUGGAGGGGUAGUCAAUAAACUACAUUGUACCAGUCAAAUGCUGGGACGUUUUUGAAUGUUGUUUGAAUGUAAGUUAGUUAUUGACCUGUAAACUGGACUGAAUUUUAGGGUCAGUGUUGAAAAUAAAUCUGCUCAGGAGGCACUGUUGAAACUCUCACUCUAUUUCUUAUUUGUGAGGUUUUAUUCUUGAAAAGGGGGGUUAUGAUAGCAUAUAGCCUACCGUUAGUUGUGCUUUUAAUUGCAGUUAAGCAAAAUGUUGUCUGGGAGAGGGGUACUUAAAUUAAAAUUGGGAAUGGGUACUCAAGCCAAACAAAUAUUGUGUCUAUUAUAUGAUUAUAAUUAUUUCUCAGAUAGAAAAUCGGUAUCGGAAAAAUCGGUUUUGGCAGGUUAGACCUCCUUUAAAACCUGAAAUCGGUAUCAGCCAAGAAUAUUGCAAUCGGUGCAUCUCUAACUGAUAUUAAAAGCUUUUUUACACCACAAAAAAAGAUGCUUCUUUAACCAAAUCCUGCCUACCCCACCUUUAACUAUUAAUUUGAGCUUUAAUUUUUACAGCCUCGACAUGAAACUCAUACUUUCUCAACCGAAGUGCAAAAUUCAAACUAACUCUUCCCCAGCUCACUUUUUCCUGUUCAGCCUCGCCCUCAAACUCGCCCAUAACUCAGUGAUGCUGGGAGUGCCAACAGAUUUCAGUGUGGGUGGUUCCCCAGGAGGGUCUCUCCUCCUACUCCUAUAAAAGCAGCUGUGAAAAUCUAUCACAUAUUUCCUUUUGUGUGUGGAUGUACUGUUUAUUGUCUAUUUUUUGCAUGCCUCUGUACUGCGGUCGAGCUGCAGUAUUAGGAAUGCUGCCAAACCUUAGUGGGAAUUAGAAUGAACCAGGCAUCUCUCUGUGUGCAUGUAUUUGUUCUCCUUGACCUAUUACGUUUAGUCACUUUACACACACACUCACAUUUGUAGAGCCUCCAACCAGAAUUCUCUGUAAUUAGCCGCUUGUUAAUUCACAGGGGCUGCUUUAAUAUAUGUGACAGUGCUAAAUAGGAUUAGGCCGAUCUGCCAGCACCAGAGCUGAAGGUCAGGCAGGGAAAUGAGAGUGGAGGCUAAACUUGAUAGCCAGAGGCUCCAGAAGACUCUGAAAGCAUGGAGGACCUCUGCUCACAUGGUCUAAGGGGGGGAGAAUCCUGACUGCUAGAGGAAGCACCAUGAUGAGAUAAAACUUGUAAAUGAGAGCCUGUCUGUUGGAUCACUCAGUGGGAUCAUGUAGCCGGAAACUUGAUGCCUUGCUUUUGCAGGCAAAGGGAUGGGUUGUGUGGCUUGCAAGAGUAGAAGGUUAGACUCUACAGUGUGUUGUGAAAAAGGCACAGAUGCACUUUUAAAAAGGAGCUAUUCUCCAACCAGUAGCAACAGCAGCUUUAUGGUUGAAGGGAAAAAAAAGAGCUUUACAGGGUUUUUUUUUCUCUCAUGUGUGCUUAAGCACCCUCAUAAUGAAAUCCAAGGAUGUGGAGAGGAUUGCCAAUUACAAGCAUAACAAAAUAAAUCAUAUUCACAUCAUAUGAAUAGAUUAAUUUGAAAUUCUAUGCUUUCAGAAAAAUAUAUUAUCCAUGCAACAUCCCACACACACUGGUUUUUGAAAAGAAGCCCAGGGAUAGUAGUCAGUAAUAUAGAGAUAAAGCUGACUCAGCCUUACUUUCAAUGAGGCUGAACAUGGCAGGUGGAGCAGAGGUGGACCUCUAACCUCCUGACAAACUGCUCCAACAUGCCCACCUGUCACUCCAUGUAAAUGAAUACAUAGCUCUUAAACCUUGAAAAAAAACAACACUGAUUGAUUCAUGGUUUCAACUAUUAGCUUGACUACUUCCACAGUUUCUGGUGCCACCACAACAUUUGGUUUGUAUUCAAAAGCUUGCAGAGGAUGUGCAGAAAUACACAUGGACAGAAAGCCCUGAGUGGAAAGUAGACAAUUUUCAUGUGAUGUAACACCUAAAACUCAUAUAUCGUAGUCCUGUAUGAUUACGGUGUCCUGGGUCAGAAGUCAUAUAAACCUUGAUAUUCUGACAGACUAUGGUCAUAAGCAGCAACACAGACAAUGGAUCAUGAAAUCAUGAGAGAGCUUAGCUCAUGUUUUAAAGCUCCUGUGAGAAGUUUUCACAUUUAAGAAAAAGAGUGAAACUCAAUUGAUGUUUUUUCAUGAUAGCUGAAAGAAAAUAUGACUGACAGAUCUUUAGAUGGAAACUUUGAAUGCCUGAAACUGGUGCAAGUGGGGAGGUGUCAGCUGAAGUAACAGCCCUGGCUUUAUAGUUUCCACACUUCACAUUCUCAAUAAAAUCAUAAAUUUGACUGUCAAAAGUCAGCAGGAUGAGGACACUACUGAAGCAUUCAGAGGACAAGAUAAGCAAAGACUGCUUUGUCCAAAGUGGGCUAUGAUUGCAUUAGAGCACUUCUUUGUCAAUAUUUCUGUCUAAAAAUCACAGAUCAGAUGGGAAUAGAGAAACUUUGCUACAUUGUUGACAUUUCGGAUGUCAGCCUCAAUCUGGUCCCUGUAUUCGUAUAAUGUUUGUUGAUUUAUUGAAAUUAAAUUGCUGUUUCCCAGCUAUGAUCCCUCCCCCUGCUAACAGAUCAAGGUUUCUAAUAAUGAAGGUAAGACCACCUGUGUUAUGGAUUAAGGAGCGACCCUAACAUCCUAAACUCAUGUGGUUGUUAAAAGUUGUCAGCUUACAAGGUCACUUAUUAAAUCCCAACACUGAAUUCUGCCCAUAUUUUACUUAAAAACAUGUUGAUGGCCAUUGAACACGACACCAUCAUGAAAAUUGUUAACCAGGAUGGAACAGUUUGUCAGAUUAUCAUAUGAAUACAUGGUACAUCACAGAAGGUAGCCACAGAGGGAAUAUGGUUUAUUCCCUGAUACACAGUCGUUCCUUUACACUUGAAAUCAAACUCAUAUUUAAUCAAAUAUUUCACAUUAGUUUCCUUUGUGUUGAUGCAAUCAGAUGUAACACCACAGCAUAGGGAGCAUCCAUUCUGACAUCUGUUGGGAAAUAUUGCCGCAUAUCAACAGAGCCUGUUUGUGGGUGCUGAAGCGGAGCUAAUGCUUGUCCCUUUGUUGGUAUUGAAUGAGAGAUGCCAGUCAUGCCUACAGUAACAGUCAUUUGCAUUCGGCUCUCACUGCCUGGUUACAGAAGAGCUGAAAGGAGGGUGUGCCCUCAGUGUUAACCACCACUGUGGGAACAACAAGGAAUACAAUGAUUACAGCAAAUCUGAACGCUCUGAAUAGGAAGGACAAAAAAUCUGAGCUUUUCAUUUUGAUAUAAAGUAUAGCGUUUGUCCUUGAAGGCAGCAGCAGCAGUAGUAGUAGCAGAGCCUUUUGUUCUGUGAGUGUCAUGCAGCAGGACCGUGUGCAUGUUGACAAAGUAAAGGAGGAUUUCCGAGGUAAAGCUGUUUGUUUGUAUAUCAGUGCUGAUCUUUGAUACUUAUCUCUACAAAUCGGGACAUUUUGUAUUUUGAAGGGCGCUCGAUCCGAUUGGAGUUGUGUUUUUUUUGUUUGUUUUUUUCUGCUGUAAUAGAGCUCAUCGUGUUCAGGUCUGCAGUGUGGGAUUGUUGCUGCUCCCACAGCUCUGCAGGUUGUUUAGAGUACACAGGUAUCGCAACACUCUGCUUUGCAUCUCAAAUGAUCCGCCGCUCCCAGGGCAUCACAUGACGAUGACUUCACCAUGCUUGUGUCUGAUUAUUUAACCUCCAGAGAUCCAUCCAUCCACAGAGAAACAGCCAGGCCAGGUGGCGAUUGUAUCAUUGAAUGUCCUACCUGUUAUAAAAGGCAGACAGCGGUGCUGCUCGUCUGUCCUCUCCAGCCCCAGCCGGCUUGUCUAGUCAUUUGCCCUUUUCAUUUUCAUCCCCCCGGCUCUUUAUGGGAUUUUUUUUUUUCACUGGAUCAUGAAUCUCAAGGUUAUUGUGCAGUUUGUGUAUUUUUUUUCUCUCUCCUUCAACAAGAGGUGUGCAUGUGUGUAAGCACUCCCAUCUGUGCUCCUGUGAAGUGGUGGAGCCCUACUGAGAGCUCUUGUCUGUCUGAGCUCGGGGCAAUUUAAUUUCCUCUCCUGCAUGGUCUGAUCUCACAUGCUGCUGUUAUUACUGCUGAUGUUCUGAUCCCCUGCUGAAGGAAGAAGUUUGCCCUCCCCUGAGAGCCAAGAGGAAUUUGAACUGCAUUACCUGUUUAUGUGGCUAAUAUGUACAAGAUGAACACAGCAAACAUUACAGCACUCUCCAGGAGCUGGUCUUCUUUACGCUGAAAGUGGGGCAGUAAGGCAACUUUCAGAGUGGUUUCCCUUUGUUUUGCUCCUCUCCUCCUUCUUCUUCUUCGUCCUUUGAGUGCUCCGUCUCCUCUGAUGGGUUCAUUAUUCCUCCUCUCUCCCUGCCAUAGUCACUACCUCCCCCCCUCGCGAUCCCGUGGUAUUACUGCGGUGGCACAGAAAGCCUGGUGAUGAGGGUCUCAGGGGAGAUGUAAAAGAAUAAACCAGUGUUUCUGAAAGAGAAUGAGAACUCUUUUCAUUCUUGUUUGCCUUUCUUUCACCCUCUUUUCUUAUCUCCUUGUGUUUUUUGUUUCCCCCUCCUCCAUCACCCUACUACAAGGUUUCUUUCCACCAACACUGGGCCUUGAUUUCCAGGCAUUUCCCCGCUCCUUUAAAGCUCCAGACUGUGUGUGAACUAGUGUGUGUUUGUGUGCUGGGGAAGUGCUGGGACAGAAUAGGUGGCUCUUUGUUGACACAGCAGGUGUUAACUCUACGGCGGAGGCUUUGUUUGUUCCACCUUCUUCCCUCUUAAGCAGAAAGGGCAGAGCAGCAGCGGCUGCCAGGCUGAAGGGCAGUGCAGAGAUAAAAGAGUGGAGGCUUUCUCUCUCUCCUUGUGUUUUGGUUGGUUCAGUGAGCACAGCCUUUGCUUUCACAAAGCUCACCACUGUCAUUUCAAGGCCUUUUCCUUUUUAUUUGUUUUCUGCCAGGACUUUUAUUUUUAUAAGAGGACAUGUCAUUUUAACUAUCUUCCUCCACCUCUCCUCUAUUUCCAGGUCAUCUUCUACUCAGGUGACAGGGCCUAUGUGGACUACUACCCCCCCAUGAAGGGUCGAGUCCACUUCAACGCAGCUGACCCCAAGAACGGAGACGCCUCCAUCAACCUUAUGGGGCUGCAGUCUUCAGACUCUGGCACCUACCAGUGUAAGGUGAAGAAGGCUCCGGGGAUCCGCAGCAGGAAGAUGCUGCUGAUCGUCAUGGGUGAGUGGAACAAACCCCUGAACAUGCUCUGGUGUUCAGCUUGUGCUCUUGUUUUCCCUCGCAGGCUAAAUUGUCUCUCUGGACACAGUGAAAAUGCAGCAAAUUACACGCCCUUUGCCCUCUUUGGCUGUUUUGAUGUAAUCCCUUCUAAAACGGAGCGUGUAACCUUCCUAGAGGCUGUGCAGCAAAGCCCCUUUUGUAAUACAAUUCUGCAUUCACCCUAGAUGCUCUGUGAUUGUCAAACACAGUGAUCCAGUUUUUUUACGCCAUGGAUAUUGUGGUUAUUAUUUCUGCUCUCUGUGACGUCAAACUCGUCGUUACAGCUCCAAAUCUUCACCGUCAGAUCUCUGUCCCUCAGUGUUUACAGAGGAGAUUGACAUUAGUCUCUGUCAAGAUAUGCAAUUUUAUUUCACCUGAAGGCCCACGGUGUUGAUGAAAAAUAAUAAUAAUAAUCAUGAUCUCAUGUAUACAGCACCUUUAUAAAGAACAGUUUAUAAGGGUCUUUGACAAACAAAGCAGAAUUAAUGGAUUUCAACAGCAGAGGAGAAAUAACUCAGAACAGAAGUAUGAGGACAUUAUGACCACGAUAUCACAUCAAAAUCAAAACUGUGGGGCAGUGAGAUAAAAAUGAACAAGCCAAUAAAAAAGAAAAUAAAUCAAAGUAAUCGAGGACAGUGAAAGAAGAGCUCAGAAGGGGAGCUGCAAACGCUUUUGACAUGAGCAAUAAUCUAUUAAAGACAGUUUUUGAAUUAAUCAUGUUGAAAUGGAAAAGUGGUUAAAAAAGGAACUUCACCUAAGAAGUAUGGAACCCACCUUAAAGAAAAAAAAAAGUUGUUUUUUUUUCCGUCUAGAGAACGAAGUCAGAGUAAAAACAUUGUCUUAGGAGAGUAGAGCUGUAAGAAAAUCAUUUUCUCACAGACUCUGACUAAAAUACCUUUAUUUUCCUAAGAGGAUAAAAUCUGAGUAACAUCAUUUACUGAGGAGAAUCAAGUUUAGAGUAAUUCAAGUUGUAAUGUUGUAAGAUGAAAGUCAUAUAGUUACAAAUCUAAAGUCUCAGUGAAGUCAUAAAAUUAGGAGAAGAAAGUACACACCAUGAGAGUUAUUUUAACUUUAGUUGUGCUGUAUUAUGUAGUAUUAUGUCGGAUCGGCUAUGGCUCAAUGGUAGAGUUGGUCACCCCCCAACCCCCAGAUGAAUAAAUAUAGUCCAUAUAUACUGUAUGUUGUAUUUUUAUGGCUGUAGUGUGGGUUCCAAGAUUCAGGUCAUCUUAUCAUAUCUUAAUGUUUUCUGUUUGGCUGUUUUUAAAAUGAUUUAUGUCUGUUAUAUCAGCACAAACUUGGCUAAAAGGUUAGUAAGUCAAUAAACCAUGAUAUAUGUUGAGCAUUAAAGCAUUGAAAACUCAGGAAACUCGAUUCCAAAAACAAGUUUAAAUGUACAAAACUCACAAAGUUUGAAUGUUAUAAAUGAUCCUUUUAUCUGAUCAUAACAUUGUAUCUCAAAAUAUGGCUCCUGUAGAAGUAUUGUGUUGCAGUUUCUUGGAUUUAUAUAUCCUUUAAAUCUGAAAAGCUCAGAGGCUAUGUCAGUUUAGAAGUUACAAUUUAGAUCUAUUGCUUCAGUUCAGAUCAAUUUAAAAGGGAUUAAGUGCAGCAGGGCCUCCUUUGGCCAGACCACAGCUCUACCUGGUGCAACAAAUGUUUUCUGGGAUGAGGCAAAAGAAGAGAGUUUAAACUCUCAGUUAAACAAAAAAAAAUCAUCAUGUUUUUCAUCAUGAUCAAUUUGAAAAGGAUUAUGAACAAGUGGGUAUUAAAAGAUGUUUGAAAUUUUUGAUAGUUUUGACUUUAAAAACUAAAAACUACAAUGUAAAAAUUUAAAAAAGCACUCACAGAAAAACAGGGAGAGGUGAUUGUCAUCUCGUCUUUUUAAACCUCAGAUGUAGAGUUGGUGCACUCAGCUGGCUUUUUACUGCACAGGGUGAGAUUGAGUGACACGCCAGAGUCGUAAAGUCACGUGAUUCACUCCCUGGGCAAACAAACACUCUCUCACACUCUCACAUUGGCCUUGCUGGUCGGUCAACUGGCUAAAUGAUGUUGAAAGUGAAUCGCCUCCCGAAACCCGGCUGGUAUUUGCAUAUGGGAAAAACAACCCUCAUGUCCUGCACUAGUCUGUGCUGUGGUAUAAGCUGCACACUGUGCUGUUAUCGCACUGCUCUUAUCAGAGGAGUUUCUACCCUCUGAAGAUGGGGCAGCUUUCAGGAAAUGGCUUCCACUCUUGUUGACAUGAUAUCAUGUGUGUUAAAGUAGCUGCACUGCACCAACCAGCUCAACCAGAAACACACGAUGCACAAAGCAAAACAAACAAGUUCCUCCGCGGCUGUUUCUGAAUCGUGAAGCAGCUCGGUGAUAAAAAUAAAAGCUAUAUGGACAGAUCUCUCACUGUGAACAAAGCUGACCUAAGACCCUCUGACGGAGCCCUCGGGGAGGCUGUUUUACAUAAAAAUUGAUCCAAACAGAAGCAACAGGGGAAAGUGAAUCUCAUCACUGAUACACCUUACUUCAAACAUUGACUUUGUGCCAGCUAUACCUCCCUGCAGUAGCUCCACAUUCCUCAACAGCGAGUAACUGAACCAGCCUGCUGAUUUAUCUCACUCUUUUACACCCUGAACCAAAGUUCCCAUGAAACAAGCACAGAUGUUUUCAUUUUCUUCUUGCAUACCUUGAGUGUUUGUCUCACUAAACCACAGAAAGGUGGUUUUGUUGAUAUUCUUCUAAAAGAAUAAUGAUAAUUCCUCUAAAAGUGUUCAGUUUUGCACUAAGAACCUAAAGUGUGAGACAUCAAUCCCAGUGAGAGCUGUUUGCAGUUCUUAUAAGGAUGCCUUGAAUAGCUCUAACUUUGAACAUAACUAUGUACAUUUGUUCUUCACUUCGUUAAAGGAUCUUUAAAUGUUGCCCACUCAGGUUUUCUAAUAAUAGUGAGACUGUAAAUAAAACUUUGUGUUCAGAGAGAGUGCAUAAACCACUUUGCAUAUAGGUACAUGACUCAUACAAAGUAUUACAGGCAAGCCUUAAAGUCAGUCUCAGUGCUCUCUCUCCUAUCUUCUCUGCUCUAAGGUUGAUCUUACAGUCUUGAUAUGCACAUUUGUGAUCAGGAUGUAGCCCCGCAAAAGCCACACAACUAGGGAUGGGCGAUAAAUCAUCAUUCAUGAUAAAUCGUCAGAAACAUCCUCCAUGAUAAAUAUUUGCCAUCUCAUGAUAAAUUUGACAAAUGCAAGUUGAUGAUGUAAGCGCGAGCGACGGACUCACAGCCAUUAGUUUUAUCCAUAACCUACCACUCAAACUUGUGGUUAAGUAUCUUAUUUGACUACCCCAACUGGUGUUCUCAAGACAAAAUAGGUAAAAAAUAUGGGUAAGAGUGAUAAUGUGUUUUAUCGGGACUUUUAUUGUUAUCGCCAGAAUGGCAAAUCUUAUUGUGAUAAAUUUUUUAGCCCAUAUCGCCCAUCCCUACACACAACUCUGUAAAGUUACAAGCCUUUAAAGAUGAAUGUUAAAAUCACAGGUGUUGUUCUCUGGCUUGUUUGGAGUUGUAGUUCAGGUCGUGUGGAAAAGUGACGGUCAGAGGUUGGGGGGGGGGUACUGCUUAUAGUUAGUGGUUCACGAGUCAUUGAUCCUACCUGCACAUUUGAAAUAUUAAUGUGCUUGUGGAAAAUGUAAAGAACCAACCUGAGGCUCUGUGGUUAUUUUCGUCACUAGUGCUUUAAAUACCAUUUCUGAUCAUAUGGAGAAUAAGCAGACACCACUUUCUACUGUGAGCAAUAAUUCCCCAAGUUUAGGAAGUUUAGGUGUCUGCUUCAGUCACUGCUGUGUGUUUUCUUUGAUGACCAAGAUAUUACUCUUUAAGGUAAUUAUUGUAAAUGGACUUCAAUUCCUGUGGAGGAUUAAAUACGUCCAAAUGUAUUUAGCAACAGUUCAAAGUGUGUGUGUGUGUGUGUGUGUGUGUGUGUGUGUGUGUGUGUGUGUGUGUGUGUGUGUGUGUGUGUGUGUGUGUGUGUGUGUGUGUGUGUGUGUGUGUGUGAGUGCGUGCGUGUGUGUGUGAGUGUGUGUGAGAAAGAGAGCGCUCCAGGCUACAGGAGCUGACAGACUGCUAGCUCUUGACCCCAGGGGCAGCGGUGUUCUUAGCAAGGAAACGUUGACAAGGAGAGGUGAGGACAUGUUGCCUGCUCUGCAUUUUACCUUCAGGUUGAUCUUGUCUCAAGGUGGAUGGUCCCCUGAACGAGGAGAGACUUGCAUGCAUCCCUGUGCACGAGGAUAAACACACUUUAAUUGAAACACAUGGGUGUAGCUGUGGCUUGUCACAAACACUGUCCUCGUGCAGGUGUACACACUUGCUGACCCCUGCAGUGUACGUGCUGUCCAGGUGCUGGAGCAUCCCUUGUUGUGUAUUCUCCUCUCGUUGCUUCAGGACGUUGAAGUUGACAGAAGGAGCGUAUCCACCCACAGUAAUGCUCUGCACGUCAGCAACUCUCAUCAGGAUUAGACCCUAACUGUACCUGUUUUAAAAGGCUUAAUGCACUUAGUACGUUUCUUUUCUUUCGAUGGUUUAAAGCAAGUCAGUCCUUGAAGUACUACAGGGUAUUUAAUUUUGGAAACUAUUCAAAUUACAAAAGCCGCAAAAUUAGAGUGGGAGCCAUUUUCUUGUCUCAAAUGCAAACAAUCUCUGUCAACGGACUCAAAGACUUUGCUCCAUGAUAAGUGACUUAAAAGAGCCCCCCCCCCAAAAAAAAAAAAAAAAAAAAAAGCAGUAAACUGUCUGAAUUUAAAAGACUGUAAAACCAAUAUAUGAGACAGUAUGAUGGUCAUCGAGGCAGCAACAGUCAUAAUAGUGGGCUGUCAGAGUUGACAUGGUAAUUGUUUUUAUGGCUGGGAAUGAAAACCAAUAUAAUUAUUACUGAUGCCAUUAUUAAUCCUGCUGAUUCCUCAUCACUUGAUGUGGAUUUCUACAUAGAAGUUAAAGUUAGAUGUGGAGUCCUGACACCAUUCAGGUCCCACAGUUUUCUCUGUGCCACUGCUGCUGACCACUAAAUAUGUCAUUAGCGGGGUUUGAAAGAAAGCAACAAAAUCAGAUUUCACCUGCUCAUGUGUCCCAGCAUGAAGAGGUGUCGAUUAUGAGAGGAUCCUACAUUUUUUUGGAGGUACCAAAACCUCUUAUGCUCAGACCUGUGUGUUUAUUACUUAAUUCUCCUGCCAAACAUUUGGGACAAUGAUGUUUUUCUGCCCUCGAAACUGUCCAGCAGCUAAUGUCAGCUAAUGUGAACUCUGCUCAGUGAUAAGAGUCAUUUCCUCUGGUUUGUGCUUCAGUACUUUAAAGUGCCUGUGUGUCCAAUAUGGUUUGUUUUAACCAUUGACCCCUCAGUAAUGUGGUCCCUGAUUAUAAAAGAUUAUAAAAGUGUGAAGUGUCUGAUGGUGUUUUUAGUCUAUGCUAUAAACUCUUUCUGUAUGCAGAUUACCUUCUGUCUUAUGUCUCUAAUUCAGCCUCCCUUCCUCCCUCCCUCCACAUCACAAGUUUCCAUCAGGGAAACUUCCUGCUUUUAACCUCCCUCUAUAGAAAUAUGAAAAUAUUCCUGUAAACUCCCUGACUGGUAGGCUCUCCAAGCUCCCGUUCCCUUUGUACCCUCCAAUCUCCAUAAAAAUUACCUCAUGAAUACUAUCACCAAUUUGCUGGCCAUUUCAAACUUCUAAGAGCCAGUUUUUCUUCCUGGUUAUGACCCUCUAUAAUUAUUCUUACUCAGCAGCAGCAGCAGUCGUUUAGCCCCAACUCUGCCUGAGAAAAUCCUCAUCUCGUACAGGAUCUUCCAGCAGAGCUCAACAGAAAUCUCUUUAAUUCUGUCUGUCCUGGUUUUAGUGUUCGCUGAUUGUGUCCUGCUCAACCAUCAGUCCUCACUUUGACGUUUUGGCCUCAUGACCGUAAUGUAUCCUACACUGUGGCGAUCCCUUCCUCCUUAUCUCACCCAGGAGACAGCCUUGUGCAGCUCAUAAAUCAGAAAUCAUUGUUUGUGGAGCAGAUCCAGGUCAGCUCCAUCGCUCUGCCCUUUAUCUCUCUCUGCUCCUCCAGCCUCGUCACCUUCCUCUUUGACCUCAUCCCUCAAACGAAUAAAUCUGCUAAUCAGACAUAUGAGAACCUGUGCAUUACAGCGUCGACUUGACUUUCACCUUUAAAAGACGCCUUCAAAAUGUCAUCGCUCGCUGACAUUUACUGUGUGUGUGUGUGUGUGUGUGUGUGUGUGUGUGUGUGUGUGUGUGUGUGUGUGUGUGUGUGUGUGUGUGUGUGUGUGUGUGUGUGUGUGUGUGUGACACUGUAGCGUUAGGACGGAGUGUGUUGGAGCUGCUCAGCCUCUGCCUCUCUCACUCUACCAUCUGGCCAUCAGCGCUCACUUCAUUUUUGCCCUCCCGCUCUCUCAGCCGCCCCCUCCAUCCUGACCCCAUGUGUGUUUAUUAGAUUAGCAGCAGUACUCAGUUCUGUCUGUCUACUGUUAAUCCUAAAUCCCCCGCCCCCCGCCUGACACCUGGUUUAGAUCUGCAGAGCCCCACUCAGGGUCUGUGUUGUUACAGAGCCCAUUAUUACCACACCACCAUGUCAGCUUUCUGUCAGUGAACUCAUGGCACACGCCUGAAUCUCAGCCUCACACAAGAGUUGUUGUUGUUGUUGUUGUUGUGAAAAAAUCAGAUCAAUAUUAACACAUACACUGAUUGUGAUCUUAUCAUGGUACCUUUAUUUCAUUGAAACAAGCUCGACUGUGUUUUUUGAACAGCACACACAUCAAAAGAUGGACUGUAAUUUUAAUAGUGUUGUGUUUAUUACCAGUACUAACAUUCAUUAAUAGAAUAACCAAAAUAAAAAAGACAACAGCCAAAUCCAUUCUGCAUUUUAUUUCACAUUUUGAAAAAAACAUAGAGCUGCUAAAAUCCCUGACAUCUCUCACCUUGAACAUACACUGAGCUUGAUUUACCUUCAUAUCAAACAAAAAUGUAAACAACAGUCAGAACUUCAACAAAACUUAUGUGAUGGAUAAUUCAAGAAAACUACACACAUAUGAAGCCAAGAGGAAAACACUAUUCAUGUAAACAUGCAUUCAAAUGCAUGUAAACAUUGUGCUAAAAUAUGAGUUGAAACUGAGGUUUAUUAUCCUUGAAGAUUCUUUCUUUAAGAACUUCUCGAUGCUUCCACAAGAGACAUUGAAAGCAAGGCAAGUUUAUUUGUAUAGUACCAUUCACACACAAGGCAAUUCAAAGUGCUUUACAGAUGCAAGGAAAUACAUUUUGAAAAAUACAAAAGGAGAGAUUAAAACAAUUUAAAUCAAAAAGACAUAAAACUAUUUCAAGUCAAAAAGAAAAAAACAUGAUAUUAAAAAGACAAAAAAAAAGGAGGUGUAUUUCUCUGUCCACAUAAGCCCAGGUCAUUUCAAUGCUACUAGGCUGCAGACUCGUUUAAAUGUGAAAUCAUUAGAUGGCUUGAAAAGCCCCAAUCAGGUGAUUUAAACUCGGGGUCGAUGAAGCAGAGGUGUUGAUGAUGCUGAGCUGCAACAGCUGGUGGUGACAAAUUUGUCAUUUAGGACCUUUGAAUGACUUUGCACUUAGAGAGGUGAUUUAGUUAUGUAAGUGCUAUCAUUAAAUAACAACAGAAACAGGCUGUUGUUAAAAUCAGGUUGUUGAGCAUCAUUGGAAAGAAAAAAAAACAAAAACGAUUUAGUCCAUAUGUCAAACUGGAUGUUUCUCAUUUGACCUACAGAUGUUGUUUUUAUAGCUUCAGCGUGUCAAGGGUGAAAAGCCCAGAACACAUUUAUGAACCUGGUGCUUGCAUUACUUACUGCAUAAUAUUACCUGCUGUGUCAUGCACAUCAAUGUUCAGCCUCAGAUUUCUGAGACUUAACAAUGUCAAAAAAGAGAAGUCCAACGCAGAUGUCGCCCUCUGCUGUCUAUGAAAGAAAAAAGAGUUUCAUGUUUCAUUACUCUUAUUUAAACCCAUUUUUAGCCGGGUGUGACGGUAUCAAGGUGUCCUCAGAUCCAUCCUUUAUGUGUUCACUUAGGUACGACCAUAGACUGUAUAAAGAAUGGACAGAGUCUGCCUCCUCUCUGGGUGAAGCCACUCCUAGAACAGCACCCUCUGUUGAUGGGCUGCAGUACAGGUCAUAAAUCCCUCCUCUGCCAGCAAAGCUUAUGGAGCUGUGGACAAACUUUAGAAAUUUACUACACAGAACAUAGAUUUUUCUCCCCCCUGCUUGUGAUGUUGACAUGUAGUUACAGUAAAACUGGUUUGUGCUCAAUUCCUCUUUUUUCUUUGAAGCUCCCUUUUUUUAAAAGUUAUUAGGGGGUUACUAUUUUCUAUGAUUGACACCUGAUACAGCCUAUGGGCAGUCAGGGAUUGCGCCACCACAGCAACUCUCUGCGACUGCGCGGCCAAAUGCGUGCAUUGCUACUGCGCGGCACUGGUUUCAGGAAAUGAAGAAAAAUCCUGGAAAUACUGAGAGCUUUUUGGCCUCAAAUCCGUAUACAGGCGGAGGGCGGAACCAAGUUGUCCAUAGUAUAUACAGUCUAUGGGUAAGACUAACCAUAUAAUAGCAUAACUGAAGAAGUUUUAAUUAAUCAUUUCUUUCCCUGUUUCUGAAUGCUUGACACCAAAAGUUUAAAUGAUUAAAAGUACAGGUACUGGAAGAUAUACAUGCAGACUACAGAUAUGUCUUUAAAUCUCAGUCAAACUGGCUAAAUGAAACCUCUCCUUUAAUAAGAUCAUUCACCCUUACAUGGUCUCUCUUUUUCCCGGUCCUCCUUCUCCUCCUCUCCUGUCUGAAAGUGUGUCUAGGUUGUACUGGUUGUGGUCUGUUUUUCAUUUGUACCUCUGUUUGUUCUUGAAGUCCCCUUUCUAUGAAAUCUCAUCUCCUGCUAACACAGAGUCUGACCGAGGAGUAUUUGCACACCUUCAGCUCUGAAAUUGAGUUUGCCUCCUCCCUGAAUGUGUGUGUACAUGUGUGUUAGUGUUUUUCCAGUAAGCACAUGACACACGUCUUACAUCCAUACAAUUAUCCUGAGUGACAGCUCCUGUAAUGACAGCAGCUGUAUCAAUUACUCUGAUUACUGCUCUCAUUAUGCUGAUGACUGCUGCUUUGAGCUGGGGAGGAAAAUCAACUUUGGGGAGUACACAGUACACAAAAACCUGCCUUCAACAUGAACAAAACAUGCAUGGAGCUGUUUGAUCAUAAACAUCUUAAGAGGGAAAGAUAGACAGAAAGAAAAGAACCUUUGAUACUGUGCCAAGAAUAAACAAGCAGAAAUACUGAGUAAUGGUGAUAGAAAGAUAAAUGAAGGAGUAGCAGCAGCUGCUGGUGAGCUAGCUGUAGCAGCCGUCUGAGAGAUGAUACAGCACUUUUGUAAACGGAUAUUCAAAGAUGAGCUGUAAGUCAAAGCAAAGUGUGAGCUCUUCUGGAUGGUUCUGUAACUUGUAAUCUAUCAGGAGUGGUUAACUUCCAAAUCGAAGCACAGUUUGACCAAUGACCGUGCAGACAAUGGAGCAGAGGUUUGCUGUGUCCUUUCAGAUUUGAGCGCAGCAGUGACACAGGAGGCUUGACUAAUAACAGUGCUGCAUGUCCUGUCUGUUUGCAUGGAGAGGCCUUGGCUUUUUCGGCCUAUACUGCAGCCAGUCAGUAGGGUUCAAAAUGCUUUGGCUUUGCUUUUGAGGAGUUUUCAUGUCACCAUUUUUAGUUUUAGCUAUUACAAAUGCCUGGUUGUUUGUGUUUUUUUCACUCCUCUAAAUGAUUGAUUUUCUUUCCACAGUGAAGCCGUCCAAGCCCAGAUGCUACGCUGAAGGACCCACACAGGAAGGCAAAGAUAUCGUGCUGAGGUGUUUAUCCAACGAGGGCACCAGCCCCCUGGAGUACAUCUGGAAAAAGACCAGUGGUAACAAGCUGCUGCCUGCCUCUGCUGGGUUUGGUAAGGCACCCUCUCACACACUCACUCCUGAAGUCCUGCUAACGGAUCAUCUGUCUGUUAAACACUAUCUUAACGGAUGUGUUUCUUACUCUCAUAGAUUCUUUGGGAGGAACUGUUAAUGUGAGGAACGCAUCUGCUAGUGCAUCUGGCACCUACAGCUGCACUGUGAGCAACCGAGUCGGCUCUGAGGAGUGUAUACUGCACCUGAACGUGACACCGCGUGAGUACCAAAACAACUGCUGCUCAGUCCUUCUUGUCACUGAUGGUUUUAUUUGCCUGUGUGGCCAUAAGAAGCAACACCAUUGAUUUUAACCUGGUUUUGUAAGCAAUGAAAAACUCCACACAGUGGCUUUAAGAUACUCAUUUACAGAGCUUUUAAGAGAGGGAUUAAGCAGAUUUCUUCAUUUUACAGGCUGUUACUAGCUCUGUUUAAAAUCAUGUCAGAGGAGUUCCUGAAAAACUCUGUCGACUGAGUAGUCCACUCAUCACCGUAACACAAGAUUAGAGUGAAAGACUAGACCUGUGAUAAGCCUGCAUAGUAGGGUUGGGUGAUAAACCGAAAAUUUACUGAUACCGAAAUUUAUGACAAUAACCAACGUCAUAUUGCCCAUGUCAAUAUAUUUGGUGUCAAAAAAAUUAAUAAAUAAAAGUUGGCUUUGGAUAUGUGUAGGUAGGCUAUGGUCAUAUGUCCCUUUAAGACGCUGGCCUACGUCAGGACGUGACUCCACGGCUCAAAAGUUGUAGCAGCUGGAGCAGUCGCUGAGGAAGACAAAGUUAAUGUGGGAGGGGGUGAGCAGCUCGUGGAGUAGUUAUCGUCCAUUUAUCAUUAUUGAGGUGAACUGCUCAUGUAUCGUGAUAUUGAUUUAAAGCCAUAUCACUCAGCCCUACUACAUAGGUCCACACAGUUUGUGGAAAUCUUCAUCUGUGCUGUUUUGUAACUGUAACUAUCUUCAGGGUUAUUGAGGACAGGUACUGACCUUCUCAACUCCUUCUGGUCAAAAGGUGUGAUUUGUUGGAUCACUGGGUUAUUGUGAAGAACUCAAAAGCAUCAUUCUUCCUGCACUCAUGAGAGCGCUCGAUGUCUCAGUUCUCAGUUCACAUGUCAGAGCUGAAGCUGUUUCACUGUUUCUGAGUAACAAAUGAGCUGAAGCUGUGAGGCUGGAAGCUUUGGCACCUCACGGUGACAGACCUGUCAUCUCAGAGUGUGGCCGUGUGGGGCAGCUGCUGCAUAGUGUGGAUAUUAUCAUUUGCUCUUGUUACUGAGUUUGGUUCUUACACACUCUGAACUGCUGUCUUGUUAGUGAGUCCAUAAGCUGCAGAAAGUGUCAGAGAAGUACUUGAGCAUGCCCUGAGUUCUGACACUUUUUUUUAUCCAGUUUGUGCUCAAACUCUUGAUUAAGGGCCAGAUAGACUCAAACCAGCUUUGUGUCUUUACAGAGCAGCAACUCUAAAGUCUGUUUUCACACAAACGUGUAGUCAGCAGAUGAUCAAACUCACAUCACAGGCGGUCUGUGCUCUCUGUGCAGUGUUGAAUCUCUGCAGAUCUUUGAAUUCUUUUCAUUUUUGUACUUUUUAAGACCCUUUUGUUAUCCAGAGAACUAUCCACUUCAAAGUCCAAUCAUAUUAGUUGAUUUUUUAUUAUAUUAUUAAAUCGGUAAUAUUUCAGUAUUUUUUGAAGUGAGGUUGCAUGAGUCACAUGUCAACAACAAGUGUCUGCUAAGGACAUUCCCAGCACUUUUCUUUGCCAGCACAAAGCCCAAUACACUUUGAUAUUAUUCCACAUGCAGCCUGAUCAGCUAAUCAUAUCUACGAUGUUUGAGUCACUGAUAUAUGGUAAUGUUUAUUAUUAUAUAGUUGUGCACCAAUAACCAGGACUACCAGGUGGACACAGUGAUGAGUGUAGAGUUUGUUAUUCCAGCUCAGUCGUCUCUCUUUUAGGUGGUUUUUUCAGUUUGUAGGUGUAUGCUCACAGUUUAUAGCCCACCCCAACCCCCUAGCCCCCGCUCUCUAGUUCACAUCCUCUUUGAACCUCGGUUCAGAAAGAUGUCUGUGUGUCUCUUCAGACAAAAACACAUCAUCAUCACUGCUGUCAGGAUCACUCAUUAUUUACUUUUGGUUAUGUAUUUGUCUUUUUGAGGUAGGGGUGUCCUGAUACAAUUUUUUUUACUUCCGAUAUGAUACCGAUAUUGUAGCCUAUAGUUUUGGCUGAGACCAAUAUUGAUUCAGUAUCAACGCAAACUUGUGCAUGACGACUUUAGUACUCAGCAGCAUCAUCUUAUUCAGAACUAGAUGAAAAAUACUGCCUCACAGCAGACAUCACUGCUAUUCCUUAAUACUUUGUUAGAACCUUAGUACACACUGUUGUUGUGAUCACAUGGUCUCUGCCUGGUGAAUCCGCUGGUGGCGCUGCUGGAAAGAAGUGCUGGAGCGCAGUCUGUAAUGGACUGCUAGAGGCAGGUCAAUACAAUCCAAUAUUCGUUUUUGUGCUGAUAUCGGCCCGAUAUCAAUAUCGGACCGAUAUCAGUUUUGGAUUGGGACAUCUCUACUUUGAGGUCCGCUGACCAAACAGCCGAUCAGUGUCCUGCAGAUGGAAGUGUAUGUAAAAACAAAUGGGCUCUUUGGUGCAGGACACCAACCCACAGCUCUGUUGAUGUCAGUGCUUGCAACCUUACAUUUACCAAACCUCAUAAUCUUUCCCUCCCCGUCUUGUCCAGCUCCCAACACCGCAGGCAUCAUCGCAGGAGCCAUAAUUGCAGUGCUUCUGAUCCUCCUCAUUAUUGCCAUCAUCCUGUUCUGCUGCUGCCGCGCCCGUCACAGGAAGAAGUACGAGAAGGAGAUCUGCAAUGAGAUCAGGUAAGUUUUGUGAGACAUGAUCAGAGAGGCUGGGCUCUCAGGCUCCAAAAGCUCCCUUUGAUGGAGGAAUAUGUCGUCUCUUUGCUCUGUAAUGAGAAAUGUGUCUCAGGUUUAUAACAAGGGAUUAUAUGCAGGCCUUUAAAUGCUUACCCUUUAAAAUGAUUACACUCAGCUGCCCAUGCUGUGCAACCUGUGGCCACCUCAGGCACACAUGCAUGCACACAAACAUGUCUCCAGCAGCUAUGAAAAUGGUUUUUCUCCAUCAGCGUUUCUCUUUUUUCACCUCUCCUCAAAUAAACAGCUGUGGUAAUCAGUUUGAAAGCUUUGUUUGCUCUGUGCAUCCUGUGUCAUAUCGGCUGCUGGCUGCUCCCCCUCUUCACCACCUCCCACCUCCCUCCACUGCCACCUCCCACCCCCCCUCCGGCUCUCCAUCCGGCCUGUGGCCUCUGUACCACCGACGGGCUUCCUAUCACUCUGCUGCGGGCUGAAUCUGUCUGAGACCACAAUGUGACACUGCUCUCGCUGUAGGACAAAGAGGAUUAGACCGCUGGUGCUGUCUGGUACACAUAGACACACACAUUCUCUGAAAACAGCACAACAACACCAAGCUGUGGACCAAACAGGCUGCAGCCCCUCAGGCUCACUUUGAUUGAGCAUUUAACUGGAUUAUUGCUGCUUAUUAGUAGUUAAUGUGGUGGCAGAGGGUGUGGAGGGCAUAGCUGUGUUUGGAUGCUCAGCUCAGUCACUAAAGGCUAUUACACAGUCUGUGUGGUGCAGCCCCGACCAAUCAAACAGACUGACUCCAAUUAUCUGUGCCUCUUUAUUGAGUCCAAUUAUGUUUCGCUCUUGAAACGACUCUCGCAGACUCCUCGAGUCGCCAUUGUUUUCCUUCUUUGUUGACAGCUGGAGCUCUGCAUUCCAAACUUCUGUACCUGUAUGUGAGCUCACUUCAUUAUCGAUUAAAGCACCUGAGAAAGUCUUUUUGGGAUUCAGUUCUCUUAGCAGAUGGACUUUUUGCAUUUUCACAUCUUAAGUUGUAUGACUGAGUAUUGUUAUAUCUCUGUUCUGGUUACAUCAGUGUAGAAGCUGCAUGUCAAUCACAGAUACAGGGAUUUGAAAAUAUAAACACUUCCUAGAAUUUAUUCUUUUUAGUGUUACCUAUAAUCAAUAACACUUCUUAGUUAGGGUGGGCGGAAAAGAUUGAUACAGCAUAGUUUUGCGAUAUUUUGUCUGGUGAUAUGUCGUAUCGUCUCAUUUACCAAGUAUGGAUUUUUUCAAAUUAAUUGUUAAUGUGAAGUCAAAUGUAUGAUCAUGGAAAAAUCAAAUAAAAUCGGCACAAAUGAGAUGGACCUGACACAUAAGGUUUGCAAGAUGUGCUACGUGAAAACAAAAUACUGCUUAAAAAGACAAACAUAAAGGAAAGACAAAUGCUAAAUUAGCUGAAAACUUGAAAAAAUUUUAUAAAUCACAAUAUAUUGUAUCGCAAUACUCACUGUAUCGCAAAAUGUUAAAAAUCGCAAUAAUACCAUAUCAUGGCCCAAGUAUCCUGAUGAUAUCGUAUCGUAGGGCCACUGGUGAUUCCCACCCCUACUUCAUAGUUUUAUUGAUUAUUUUCAAUUACAGGCACAGCUGACUCCCAGCUGUUAACUCGGAGGCUAAAGGCCCACCUCAACUCCGCCUCUUUAUCUCAUGUAAGGUCGACGGAACGAAAGCACCUAGCAGAGUAUAAAUCGCUGCCAUCUGUAAAAGCUGCAGCUCAGAUCAUCCUGUGGCUGAUGACCCUGAUUUGAGGGUUUUUAUUGACUUGAACUUUUGUAUAUUUUUUGCCUUGUUUCGCUUUGUUUUGUCUCACUGAAGCACCAUGUAAUCUCAUAUCUCCUUGUUGUAAUUACUUUGCUGUCUGAAGACCAUUAGGAGAAAAUUAGAUUGAGGAAACUGAUGCUGAAUUAGCUUUACUUAGAAAUUAAGAGGCUGUUUCCUUGUCUAACAGAUAGUCCAUGCGUUGAGGUAAUUUAAUGAAAAUGAGUUUACAGUCAUGUCUAUUUUGCUCAAUGUGCUGAUGUUUCUGUUUCCACUCAGAGAGGACGUCCCUCCUCCAAAGAGUCGCGUUUCCACGGCUCGCAGCUUCACUGUGGGCAGCCAGCGCUCCUCCCUGGGCUCUAUGUCACCUUCCAACCUGCACGAGUACGCCCUGAAGCCCCAGUACGACAAGAUUCCCUCUUCAGAGGAGUACGAGAGGCCACCAAGCCACGCCCCUUUACCCCCACCCACCACUGCCAAGGUGGCCGGCCCCAACCUCAGCCGCAUGGGUGGCAUCCCCGUCAUGAUCCCUGCGCAGAACAGGGAUGGCUCCAUCGUCUAGCCCGAGGAGACAGAGAAAGGAGAGGAGGGAUGAGAGGAGGGUAGAGGGACAUAAAGAAAUGAAGAAGGCUUUCUCAGCUGACUUGAACUCUUCAUUCCUUGCAGAACAGGAGUUUUCUCUUCUUCUGAAGACCAGCUCUGCUGUGGUGCUGAGAAGUGAAAUUGAGUUUUACUGGAAUCACAACAGAGCACAUUCACUUUUUAUGAAAUUACAAAUAGAAAAAAAAAUGAAAUAAAAAUUUUACUUCCAGGAUUUUAUCACAGAAAAACAUAAUAGUGUGGAUAUAAGCAGAGUGGUCAAAAUACAAAAUCUAUUGUACAUAAAUGGAUGCAUGUUUUUCUUUUUUACUGUAGCUGGCCCGUGCUGUAGAGAUACUACUGUAUGUUCAAGUCAGAUCCAGGCCCCUGUCGGUCGGCUGUGCAGCUGUGUGCAUGCAUGUUUGUGUAGACCUGCAGCUGCGUGGACUCAAGUGUGUGUAUGAAAAUGGGAGUUUGGGAAUUGUAUAUCUCAGUUAUUGUCCUUAAAAGCCUACGUAACAUGAUGAUCAUAUUCUUGUUUCAGACGGAGUUGUAAUCCAUGAAUUUGCCGUCAGAUGAGAGUUUUUAACCUUUGGAGGCAGACUUUGAAGAAAACUUGCAAAAGUGAAUUAAUCCUGUGACAGAGUUGAGAAAUUUAGGUCAGCCGUUUUCUGUUGAGCUGUUUGCUGUUUGAAUCAUCCAGUCUGGUUGUAGAAGAAGUCAGGAUUGGCUGGUGGUGAGGGGGAGGGUUCAGGCCUUCUCCUCCUGUGAUUGGGUGGAUUACUGCUCCUUGACUGAGCUUUGGAAACAAUGAAAGACUCUCAUCCUUCCCCCCACAGUACUAGAGGAAGAGAAACAAAGGGGGGCAGCUGGACAGUAGGGUUCACCGAGCAGUCUGCUUUGAUAAUGUUUGACUGUCAGCAGGCCCUGACCCCCACGACCACCACAACAUGUGGCCCUCCAAAACACCAUAUUAGGAAAAGAGCAACAAGUCUUUGUCAUCAUCUGAAAUAUCAGUGCCCCUCUUAGAUCUGUAGCAUGUGUAAUGCUCCUUUAUUUGCAUUACAAGGAGACAAUAUCUUUAUUAAUCUCCCUGUGGUCAACAAGACACCUCACACAGCUCCUGCCAUGUAAACUGGACUUUGAAAUGAAGGAUGUAGCAAGAGGCAUCAACAAAGAAGUAGACAUGUAGAAGCCUCAGAAAGAUACUCUCUGAACCCACCUUACCUGACUUUAAUUUUAAUUCUUCCACUGCCAGAUUAAAGAUGAGAAACAUCAAGUUUUCUUAUUUUAUUAGUCCAUUUCGUCAAAGAGUCUUUUUUUCUAAAUAAUUCUCUUAAAACCAGUCAUCUUGUGAAUGGGUCAAUAAAGUAAUCCAGACAAGAGGUGGAGCUGAGGCCGUAAACAGCUCAAUGUGCCCACCUGCUAGUUGAGUCAGCUGCAUUCUUGAUUGUUUUAGCCUAAAAAAGAGUUUUUACAAGACUCACUAUCUGGACAUUUGGCACCAAUCGAGAAAUGACCUUGAGACCAAAAGAGGUGUUUUUACCACACUGUCAACACUUUUAAUUCUGCUGUAAAAAUACGCUUUUAAAUGAGGUCUCCUUGAUGUGUGGAGCCUGCCUCAAGUGGACACUCGAGGAACUGUAGGCUGUUUGCACUUCCACAUUGUUGUUUUAUCUUUCACCCCUUUGAUGACAGCAGCCCAAACACUCCAGAAACCCUAAAAUUGGAUGUUAAACCCUUGAAAUAGGCUCUCAGCUUAGUAACACCCCUCGAGAUGUGCUGCUGCUGUUUAAAACCAUCUUAAUGACCAAAAUUUGUUUGAUCAUUGACUUUCUACAACUGUGAUAGAUUACGAUCUGGUUAGACCUCUUUAAAGCUCCUGCGAGGAACAUUUAGUUUGUGUCAACAAGCGAAAUGUAUUCGUUUGUGGGGCGGUAGUAGCUCAGGAGGUACUGUGGGGACGUAGCGCGGUAUAGCGGUUGUCCAAUGAGUGAAAGUUGGCGUCAGUCUGCCCCAGGGCAGCUGUGAGUAUAACGAUAGUUUACCACCAUCAGAGCGUGACUGUCUUAGCGAAUAAAUGAUGUUUACAAUGUUAGGCUCUUCAAGGGUCUUUGAUAAAGCGCUAUGAAAUCUGAUGCAUUAUUAUCAACUUUGGUGCCCCCUUGUGGACAUUUCAGUCUUUGCUUAUCAUGUCCUCUACAUGCUGAAGUGGUUUCUAUUACAAAACAAUCCAGCCCAGCAGGCUUGAACAGUCAAAUGUGUCAUCUAUUGUUAGUAUUUUAGGAGCAGGUUGUAUAAUCAGGGCUGUUUCUGUAGCUGCUCGUCUGACCUCCUCAAACCGGUUUCAGGAAUCAAAAUGACCUAAUAGAAUUCGUCAGUCUUGUUUGCUUUUGAAUAUCAUGAAAAUAGGUCAACUUGAAUUUUAGUCCAUUUCAUUAGUUUAAAUAAAGUCCUCACAGGAGCUUUAAAGCAGUCUAAUUAAUGGAUUCAUAAAUAGGCAGGUUUACUUGCCUAUUAUCCAUCCAUACAUUUGGGGCUGUUUCAGAGGCUUUGCUGUUCUUGACAUAGAUCUGGAAAGAAAUCAAAAUAUACGUUUAGUCUGCCCAUCCCUACAGUUAUUGGGUUAUUUUUGUCUUUAUUUGUUUGCAGUUGUUUCUGGAAGCCCCACUACACCUCAUCUUGUUUGGUGUCAUCACUCAGAGUCGGCCAGUUGAGUUAAUUUUUUUUUUUUUUCAACGCCUUAUCCUCCUUUUUUGCCUUACACACAGACCUUCCCUCAGUGCACCUCUGUACAGCCCUCACAGCUGGACUCUGCUAACUUCUAUUGUGCCUUGUAGCCCCAGCGGAGUUGUUUCAUAGCGGCCUGUCAUGUGUGCAGGAGCUAUGUGCAGUACAGUAGCAUCUUUCAGAGCGUCACAGCCGCUAGAACAAUAUAACUAUGAGUACUCAUUAUUGACUGUUUUCUGUUGGUUUUUUCCCCUCACACACUCACCUCAUGCAAAUCUUCUCAGUGCUUCAAACAUCUAUCACUGUCAUAAAGCUUUGUUUUUGUACUCCAAACAUGACUUACUGUUUUUUUUUUUUUAAACUUUAUUUAAAUGAAGUAAAUUGGUGUGGUUCUUUUUAUUUUUGAAUAACAUGAAUACUACUUGCUGUAUGUAGAAGUAUCCUGUUGAAGUAACCUUAUCUAAUCACAACACAGUGGAUGAUAUAAGAUGAAGAUGUUUGUUUGUAAAUGUGAUGCUCUGCUGUGCUGUGCUUGGCGAAUCUAUAUCUAAAACAGAAGAAGAGGGGCGGUGUGUGUCUUUUUAGUGUGAGAGUUGUAGGAUGUAAGAGGAGGUGACAGCUGCAGAAACAUCUCAGCCUUGUGCUUCCUGUAGAUUGGAUGUUGCACCUGCUUUCUAACACCGAGGCACAUAGGAGGCAAAGGCAGAGAAAUUACACCUGUCACUUCCUCUUUGUGUGUGUGGGAGCAAGUGGGAUGUUCAUGAAGGGAGUUUGCUGUCAGAAUGGGCCCCUGUAGGACUCUAGUUAGACUUUCACCUGCUGACAAACUGUACAGAGCUGUGGGGGAGGUGGUGUCCCUCUGUGUGCUCAUGGCAGCAUUAACAACUACUAACAAUAUUAACAGUAGCUUUGAAAUCAGCGUACUAAUAUUGUAUGAAGAUCUCCUUUGAGGUUUGCACACUGUGUGAAAACCAGUUUUUCUUUCUUUUUUUGUGUGUAUUUUUGUGCUGUAUUUUUGAAUAAUAAAAGUCAAUGAAAGUAAAAAGCA